GGUGGCCAGAAGGACUGCUUGAGGAGCAAUUAGCUGAAGGCUGCUGCUUGCUGCUGCUGCUGCUAUAGGAGAAGAAGCAAAAAAGAAAAAAAGAAAGGAAAAGGGAAAGGGAAAAGGGCAGAUUCUGUUGGAGUCUCUCUCUCUCUCUCCCGCUCCCAGUAGGCGCUUGCUCAUUGCAACUUGCAAAAGGGUUUCAGAUGUCCCAGCACCGCUGCUUGACCCCCUGCAAAUAAAACUUGACCACCAGAGGCACGUCCCACCUCUCUCCUUCCUAAUCUCUAGCAUUUAGGAUACAGCUUCCAACCUGUUGGCAACCCUACGGAGAGAGAGGGGGAAAGGACUUGUUUUGCAAUCUUUUUUUCUUUUUCUUUUUUCAGGAAAUAUAUAUAUACAGAUAUUUGAGAUACAGAUAUCUAUCUAUUUCUGGAAGAUUCAAGAGAGGGGGGUGCAAGCCCCUGUUUUCUGCUUCUGAGAAGGACUGCGUUUCUGGGCUUCGGUGAGAGGAAGGUGCAGAAGUUGUUCAGGGUGGGGGGGCGCUGACCCCCCUCCCGUUUCGUUUUUGCUUUCUCCCGGAUUUUUUUCCCCCUUGUCCACCACCAGCUCCGCUGCAAGUGUCGUCGCUCACCCGCCUUGUCAUCUCUCUCUCUCUCUGCAGACUUUCCCUCCUUGCCUCUGCGAGAGAUGGUGCACAGGGCGAAAUAGCCUCGCGCGCUCGCAGCAGCAACAGCAGCAGCAGCAGCGGCAAAGCGGCAAACCAGCCCCCAGGAGUUUGGUGAUGGGGGGUUGAAAGGCCUGGGGGAAGAGAAAGAAAGAAGGAGGGAGAAAGAAAAAGAAAAAGAUCGCCAAGAAAAUCUGCAAGCCAAACAACCGCCUGAGCUCGCCCAGAAAACUGUAAGGCAACUUUGUGUGUGUGCGUGUGCGCGCUUGUGCGUUUUUGGAAAGGACUCGAAGGAUUAAUAAAAGGAGGGCGAAGGAAACCGAACCAAGGAGAGCGCGUGGAAGUGGGGGAACCCAAAGUGGAGCGAAGGCACCGUUUCCUGCGGAGCGCUUGGCCCCCUGAGGCAUGGAAGUCGGCGCCCUCCCUCCAGGCCAGAUCAGCGCGCCGAGGUCUGUGAGCAGGAGGGCUCCCCAUCAGCUGUCCCCUCGCCUCUCCCCGGGGUUCCCCCUUCCAGUAUGUUUCUUUUCAUGAGGCAUCUCCCCGCGCCUAGAGCUUCAGUACAAUGUGCAAAUGGAGACUGAUACAGGGUGCCUCAGCCUUCGCCCACCUGCCUUCCUCCUCCUCUUCUUCCUCCUCCUCCUCCUCCCGCCGCCGCCGCAGCUUCGUCUUCCUGCUGCUGCUCUGGAUGUCGUCGUCCCUGGCUGCCCCCUGCCAUGAGCACGGCCAAGACAUGCUGCUCCUCAAGGCCACCAACUCUUCGUCGUCGUCGUCGCCAUCCUCCUCCUCUUCCUCCUCCUCGCCCGCCAGCGCGGGGAGACACGUGCGAAGCUACAACCACCUCCGAGGAGACGUGCGCUGGAGGAAGCUCUACUCUUACAACAAGUUCUUCCUCCGGAUUGAGAAGAACGGCAACGUCAGCGGCACCAAGAGGGAGAACUGCCCUUAUAGUAAGUCUCUCUUUUCUUUUUUUCCUCCUCUUCGCCUUUCCCUCGAAACGCGGGGAUGGUGGGGCGGGGAGGGUGGCGUCGCGCAAGGAAGGUUGGCGCUCUGCGCGCGCUCAGAGGCGCCCUCGCCCUUCUGAGGGGUUUGGAACCGAGCGCGCGAGAGGAAUUGCGGAAUUGCGCCCUGGUUUUAUGUGUGUGAGCGAAGUUCUCUUCACAAACCACUUCCCAGGCAUUGUUGAAAUGGCUUAGAGCGUUACCGUUACCGUCCUUUCCAUCUCUCUCAGAGGUGGAAUCACUGUGGGGAAGAGAGAGAGAAGCUUUCAUCGUGAAGCUUUCUCUCUCUCUCUCUCUCUCUUCCCCCCCCCCCCGCCUCUCUCAGCAUCCCUUCAGGUCCGCGCUGUCUCUCCCUCGUCACUGGAAUAACCAGCCGGCCCUUUGCUGCGCCUCAGCCGGGGCAGGAAAGUGUGAGGUCUUCGGGAAAGGCGGCAAGAGCCAGGAAAGUUCCGGGCACAACUUAGAAAGUGUCAAAAAUGAAUUAAUAAAACCGUUGCGCGCUAGUGUGUCUGCUCACACUCAGACUCGGCAGAUCAAAAGGCUCGACGAAGUGAAGGAAGGGGCUGGGGCGGAGGGAGCUCUGGCGGUAUCCUGACACGAAGCAAAUGCUCUCUUUUGACAGUGCUUUUUAAAUUGAGGGGCGAUCUCUUCAAAGGGAGGGGAGGGCAACUGGCAGAUAAAACGAGCAAGAUUUCUUUUAUAUGGCCAGUGGGUGCUUGAGGGUUCCCCUUCACUUCUCAAUUUCCCCCUAAAUUUCAUUAGCUGGAAAAGCUGCUACCCUAUGGAGUUUAUACCGUGACACUCAUGGGUUUUGUGUGUGUGUGUUUUGUGUUGUCAAAUUCUAUGUGUGGCUUGGUGGCGUCCUGUCAGUCCUUUCUUUCUCCCCCUCGCCCUGCUUUAAACGGUCUCAAGUUGCAUCCCUGAGAGAGCCUUGUAAACAUCUGGGGCUGCAUCAAGUCAUCCAGACCUCACACACAUCUCGCUGUCAUUUUUUUUUUCUUUUAAAAAAAGAAGUCAUUCUCACAUAUAUAUCUCUUUCCAGACUGAAGUGGAUAUAAGUAGUUAUUUUUUUAGUUGUUUCUCACAGCCUGUUUCAGGGUAGUUUUAAACGACUCUGUCCUGGUGGGUAGAUAAAUAAGUAAAUAACUGCCAAGACAAAUGUCUCUAGAUAAGCCGAUUUUAAAAAUAAUAAUUAAAAAUUGCCUCUUGAUAUUGGUUGGGAAUCCAGCGAAUUCAUUUUAUUCAAUGUUUUGUUCAGGCAUGGCCCUUUCUCACUCAUCUCAGGUUUAUCCUCACAACAACCUUGCAAAGUAGAUUAGACCUAAUGAUGACAUGGUGAAUGUGAGCAGGUUGAUCCGGUUUGUUUCAGGGAGUGUGUGAAGGUGUGAAUACUGUUCUUUCCUGGCCAAAUCAGUCUACCACACUAGCCUCAGGAGACAGUCAAGGGAGAAACAGGUACACUUCUUUUCUUUUUAAGUACACUGCUCUACAUACACACACACACGACCUAUAAAUAGUGUGUGAUUAACUCUGUGCCUCACAGCUAUAUCUGGACAGAGCAGUGCCAAUUUAAUCCAAACAAGAAGCAUAGCUAAUGGGGGACUUCUUUAAACAGAAGGCAAUGUGCAGUUUUGAGAAGUGUGGACAAUGUUGCCUCUUGCAGAAGAUAACUACCGUAUAACUCUCACCAACCCAUUUAUUUGUGCUUAGUUGGUUAAAGCAGCUGUGCUUUUAACAACUCAUGCAUUCCUCUGCUGUGGCCCCUGCUGGCUGGCUACACUUGACUUUCUGUCUGCUUUCACAGGCUUGUGUUAUUUAUUAUCACAUGUGUCAAUGUGUGCAGCGGGAAAUGCUUGCUCCAUUGAAGAACCACUGUAUAUGCCAGAGACAUUGUUUAGUUCAGGCUUUGUGAAACAGUAAUGCCAGAAAGCAAUCAUAUGACACAGAGUAUUCUGGGAUGUCUGAGGACUGCUUCAUGAGUUCCAGGAGAAGCAGGUACAUAUUAAAUAUUGUACAGUGCAGCAUAUUGUAUUGGUGCGGUGAUAAACUGGGAGUUCAGACAAUGGAGAUCUGGGUCCAAAUGACUAGAGCAGUCAUCUUCGCUCUGCUUCACCUACUUUGCAGAGCUGUUGUGACACAGAAAUUGGACAACCACCGUGAGAUCCAUGGAAAUGAUAUUAUUAAUAUUGUUUGUUUUCAAAUAUAUAAUAAUAAUAUCCAACAGGCUCAAAGCAUUAGGAGUGGUGACAGCUUAAGUGGUUAUGCUUGUGACAAAGGUGCAGCAAGCAAACUCAGUUUUCUAAUAUUGCCUCUGACCAGAGCUGUCCAGACAACAAACCUGUUUUCAUGUGUUCAGUGAAUGUGCAAAUGUUAGAAUGGGAUUGGCCAGGGUUCCUGCUCAGAGCCUUGCAUUCACAGUCAUGCCAAACAAACAUGGACUGUCAGUAGCUGGUGGCAUGAACCCCUUUCACAGAUCUGUAUGAACAGCCAGCCAAACCUUCUUGAGAGCUUUGUGCACAGUGAGAAUGCAGUAUGGUUGAGGCCACGAGCCUCUAUUCUCUAAAGACAGCCUUAGCUCUGCAUAUUCGUCUUGCUGUGUUCGUGAAAGCACAUUGCAGGGCACCAGAGUUGCUCCCCAGGUGUGUGCUGGGUAUGCCAUUUGAGGAACUGAGCACAUACAGUUGCCCCUGUUUUAUGUGUUGGUAGUAUUAAAUUCUGCAUGCUAAAUAUUUACUGUGUACUUGUGUCAAGCCGGCGUUGACAUAUGAAGCAGACCUUUGUUUUCGACUGGCUGUUAUCUUUAUUCAUGUAGGCAUCUCCUCUUACAGAGCUGGCUCAUUGUGUUUACGGAAAGUGCAGUUCUUAGGGCUUGUGCUUUUCUUUUUUCUUUUUUCGCCUUUGCAGGAUUUUCUCUAGGGUAUAUUAGUUUUAUCCUAGAUAUGUUGCCAUCUGUCGUCACCUUAUGUUAGAAGUAGGCUGCAUGUAUUCUGAUCAGAAGUUCCCCUCUGCUCCUUCUCUGUCUCACAACCCUAGAAUUAAGAUUUACCAAAUGAAGCUGACAGGGCAGCCCUUUUCAAGGCAGGCUUCUUUGCGUAACUUGCAGAAUUCAACCGCUGCAAGAUAUAGUGAUGGCUGACAGCUUAAACAGCUUUGAAAAGGAUUAUUAGACUCGUGGAGGUCUGUCAACAGCUAUUAGCCAUGAUAGCUUAAUGGAACCUCCACAAACAAGUAGAGUAUACCCCUUAGUACCAGGUGCUGGACAAACAUGCUAGAGAAGGCUAUUGGUUUCAUGCCCUGCCUGUUAGCUUCUCAUAGCCAUCUGGAUAGUGUUUGGGUCAGAUCCAACAGGGCAAUUCUCAUUCUUUCCCAUUCUGAAUUUGCUGCCCUCUCAGUCACAGUGCAUUCUGUCUUCCUUUGCAUUUUGCUUUUGGAAAUAUAAUUUUGUUUGGUCAUAAUUCUGACCUUGGAAAAUAACAUGGUGAUAUGGUUGCCACCUGGCUCUCUGCCUCUGCAGCUUUUUAACACGAUCCACAACUUGACACAGAGGUGUGUAGGGUGGUAGUACUGCCGUUGCAACCCACCUUAGAUCCGGCUGUGGUGAAGGAGUGGGUCCCGACUCAUGAGUUGAUGACCAAUGUGGAUGCAAAUGGUCUGAAUGCACCAUUAGUCUAUGCUUCUCAUAGGAAGAUAUCUGUUAGAUACAUCUCCCAUUAAAAUUAACUUGUGACUUUAUGUUAACAGGAGAUGUAUCUAACAGAGAACCCUGCAGGCUAUUUCUCAGUGUGGCCACAGAAGAAGACCUCUGAACAGAUAUUCACAAAAAUAAAACCCACAUUUUGUUUUCAGCCCUUUGGGACACAUUCUCUUUUGUUUUGGGAUUCAUUUUGGAUGUUCUUCAGGUUUUUGAGUUUUUGUAUUUCUUGCAAGUAGCAUUCACGAGGAACGGUUGCCACAUGGGUAAGCUGGGAUGCAGAGGACUUCAGGCGACAGAUAAUGGCUGCACCUAAUGGCAGCAAAUUGCCAGUUGUCCAUUUGUUUGCAAUCUGAGCUUUCUACUGCAGGUGCCAUUAUCUUGGGCAGAUGCUGGGGAUGAACAUAAUGACAGCAGUUUAAAGAUGGGUGCUUGGGAGCAAAAUUCAGAGUGAUGUGGGUGAACAAGGAGGACAUAACUUGGAGCCUUAUUUAAACUGAUUUUCAGCAGAGUUCAGGGCAGGCUGCUAUAUCAGUUGCUGCUUUUGCACACAUAGUGGGUAAGUAUCUGUUUUGACAAGGCAUGGGGCAUGUGCAAUGCCACCUGGGCUAAUUCUUCGUGCCAAUUCUGGAGUCAUGCAUUUAAAUGGGUCCUGACUUCACUGGGCCUGAUUUCCUAGGUUAUGCUUAGGGUUUCAGAGGGGGUGGGGUGGGGAGAAUAAACAGAAAGUUGGGGAGAGUAACCAGCACCCGCUGAUUAAAGUAGCUUCAACAAGAUUCAUUUCCAUAGCAGGUUUGCUCUAUAAAUACUGUAUAUUAAGCACUAAAUAAAGGUUUACUUUGGCAGAUGUUUUCCAACUUGAUUACACAGAGCUAUUACCUCAGCCUUUUCUAUACCUUUAGGAUAAUGGGAAUUGGGGGUGAAUUAUGGUGGUUCUGUCAAAAGUCUGGGACAGCUUGCAUAAUUUAGCAUUGCUGGAGUAUAUCUGUCACUAGAUACGCGUAGGAUGGCUUGGGUUUUGUUUUAUUUUCUUUGCAGUUAGAGCUUUGCCCUGAAACUUGACCACUCAGCACUCCUUCUUACCUCAGUAUUGCAGCUGCAAAGGUCCCCCUGAAAAGCUGCUCUUGAGAAGCUGAUUUCCAGGAGUGAACAAAGCAGCUGUAAGUCUCUCUCUGAUGAUGAUGACUUAUAACAUGUGUGAAAUAAUAGUUAGGAGUAAGCACUCCAACUUCACCCCAGAGACGGCCCAUGAAAAGUUUGAGGAUUGGGUGGGUCUCUCUCAUCUGUAGUAGAUUGCAAAAUAGAGGACCAAAUUUUGGGAUGUUUGCAAUUCUGUCCUAAACAUGAUUACUCAGAAUUAAGCCCUAAAGAGUUUAAUCUGUCUUACUUUCAUUCUGGAUAAGUUUGUAUAGGAUUGCAACCCCAGUAUUGGUCUAAAGAUGGGAAAUGUAGACCCAUGUGAAUUUCACAGUGAUAAGCUACUGAUGGGGGGGGGAUAGGUGCUUGUUUUUGUAGUUGCAAUCUUGGGGUUGCAUUAGGAAUAUGUUCUGCUGAUCUUUCAAGCAUUAGUUUUGGGGGCUUCAGGCUCUGAAUAAUAAAAGUUGUCAAAAGCAAUUUGAAACUGGGGAGCAAAAUGAGUCAAUAGCCUAAGGAUGCAUUACCUAUAAACCUUGAUAGCUGCUUUUUCCUAGGGAAAAGCCAAUUUUGUAGGGGACAGUUUCGAGCAGACAAGUGCAGGCGAGGGGUGUGUAAGCCAAUCUCCUCCUGCCGCUCUUCUUCAGUGAUUUUUCCUCUUGCCACUUUUGUACUGCUGCUAUCCUUUCCCAAGCAGAUACAUACACCCAGCCUUGUGAGUUCCAGUUAAAUUGUAACCCCUAGGAAGAAAAGCAUCAAGGGGAGAGGGAGCUGCAGUGGGAGAAAUGACAGCCACCUAAAAGGUUAAACACACACAUGCACACAUUAUGGAUUCACCAGUGUUAACAAGGUUCUUUAAGACCAGGAUCCAAAUCCUCACUCAGCCAUGCAUCUCAUGGGGAAAUGUGGAACAUAAACACAAUAUUAAAUAAUUUCACAAAAAGGAGGUUGCAUAUUCACAGGGGUAUGGGCUAUUGAACAGCAUAGCUGUCAACCUUUCCCUUUUUUAAAGGGAAAUUCCCUUAUUCUGAAUAGGAUUCCUCGCAAGAAAAGGGAAAAGUUAACAGCUAUGUUGAACAGCGGUUUCCAAACUUCUCCUUAAAAAAUCACUUUCAACUUCAGCUUGUUUACUGAAGAGACGCUUCCCGCCUGCCGUGGAAGCCCUCUGUUUACUUGCAGAGGAUUCUGGGACAUAUUGUAGGCUAGGGCUAAGAAACCUGCGGCCCUCCAGGUGUUGCGGUACUGCACUUCCCAUCAUCCCUUGGCCAUUGGCCAUGCUGGUUGGGACUGAUGGGAAUUGGAAGUCCCACCUCAUCUGGAGAGCCACCGGUUCCUCAUCCCUGUUCUUCUGCUUUGAACAAAGUUGGCUUCUGUUGCACCUACGCCCUAGAACAUACCCAUUGUUCUCCACAUGGCUGCACAAACUGUCUUUCUCGGAAGUUUGUCUGCCAUUGCUCUUGUCAUUGACAAAGUCUGAUGGGUUCCUGAAGAUCCCUAGUAUUUAGUUUGAAAGCUACUGCUAUGUAGCAUAAUUCCUGUCACAGGGAGUUUAUUCCCAACAUAGCCUGAGUCCAGCUCCUCAGUUUUAAAACCAUCAAACAAUAGUAUGGCCAGUUUGCACUUGCUGAAGAGGCUUUGCAGUGUCUGGUUACAUAAAAACGCUGGUUCCUCUUGAGUCUUUGCUGGCCAUUAUAUUAACUUGAAGGACUGUUGGAAAGGUUAAAAUGGAAAUAAGAAUGUGACGAACAACAGGUGACCAUGAGAAGGAAUGAAUCUUUUGGAUUAGGCAGCGGUUCUUGGAUGCUUUAUAGGAGAAGGAUAAGUGGACAGGUCAAUCCACUUGCUGAAAUACUGUUGCAGUGCUUCCUACACCAGAGUAGCAUUCUGUUCCUGGAUUCGUUGUGAAGGUUAUUACACACCACUGAAGCAGGGAUGCAUCAUUUAGGGUUGACCCGAGUUAACAUUCUCUAAGCAAUAAAUGUUAAAUGCAGCCUGAAUGCAAUAAAUUAGGCAUUUAUUUGUUUUUUAAUAGUACGCAUGUCCAAUUCAAUAUCCUUCUGUCUUCCAAUCCACUUUCCAUUUGCGUUGCAUCUUUUGAUUGUAAUCCUGAGGCCAGGGACCAUCUUUUCCUUUAUUGGUCUUUAAGCUGCUCUGGGAGACUUCUUCGGAUGAAGAAAGGGAUAAAAUUAUUAAAUAAAUAACUGUUACUCGAGUCUUCCUUCAAAUUAGGACUCCUAUAUUAUUUAUAACUGGUGUUUGGAUGUUCCCCUGACUACAGCAUUAUUAGUGAUGCAGUUAUAUAUCUCAUUCUAACUAUGUAACUUAGAAAUCACUGAUUGCUGCAGAUCGUGUCCCAGCUUGGGAUAAGGCAGGCAUAGGCAAACUUGGCCCUCCAGAUGUUUUGGGACUACAACUCCCAUCACCCCUAGCUAACAGGACCAGUGGUCAGGUCCACUGUAGUUCCAAAACAUCGAGUUUGCCUAUGCCUGGGAUAAGGCUUCGUUGUAGUAACAUGAGAUUUUGAAUGGAAAUGCAGCAAUUGGUUUUCAUUGUACUAAAAGCAUUUCACAAAUAUGCUGCUUUCUUUUUUCAAAUAUGUCCUAUAAAAUACAAAUGGGAUCAAUUUCUCUGCCAUCAACACUGCUCGUCUUAUUUUGAGAUUGGAUCUAAUCUGUAAAUUUGUCCAUGUUGGCAACCUUGAGUAUCAGUUUCUAGUCUUGCUCUGAUUGUUUUGAAAUUUAAUGGGGAACUGCUUACUUUCUUUCAUUUUGGGGGAGGACUUCAUGUGUAUAUAUAUAUAUAUAUAUAUAUAUAUAUAUAUAUAUAUGAUGAUGAUGUUUUGAAAAAUGUAUGUGGCAAAACUGCUAUUUGGUUAUUUUCUUUCAGUAGUUUCCACAUUAAGAGACAGAUCUUACUUGCUGUCAAGAGUAAUUAAAUCAUUUCAACAAUUUUAUAAAAUAAGUGAGAUAACGGCACGUUAAAUUCAGAGCUAAAACCUUAAACAGAAUAAAAGCAGAAUUAGCAAUGUGUGCUGUUUUAUACUGAAUGAAAAUGCUUCUGUAAAAUCACAUUUAAUGUUCCUUCAAAGUCUUGUCUUGCAUGUUAAACAAGUAAAUUGGUUUUUCUUAGAAAUAAGUCUUCACAAUAUUACUGUUUUUCACUUUCUAAUAAAGGUUAGUUCAUGUUGCUGAUAGAUAAAACAAGCAAACAAACAAACAUGACAUCCAGAAAAUAGAAAAUUAUAUACGGCCUUCUAAUAGAUACUGCUGUUUCCUGGGUAGGGAAGUUGUUGCUUUUUAUUAUACCAACUGCUUUCUCAUUUAAGCCUGGACCCAGGUUACAUAAUUUAUAACCAGUGACUUACAACUGUGGGCAUUUAGGAUUUAUGAAUGCGGAAGGGAUUGUAUUCUUUAGUGUCUACAUGACACUCUCCUGUUACCUUUACCACAUUCCCAUAGGGUAGACCCUCCACACACAUCACCAAAGCUUUAUCAUAAAUCUAUUAAAAAUAUACAGUUGCAAGGAGCCUUUGUCUUCAUAAAUCUGAUUUAUAGCCACCUGCUAAAGAUGACUAUGAAAACAUUUGGUAGGAAUCACCCUGACAACCUGAGAGGAGUACAACACAAAGGCCAAAGGAGCUUGAGUGUCCCACGCUAUUUCAACAGGGCUAAUCUUACGGCCUUACAUAAGCAAAAAACACAUGCUCUGGUGGGGAUUUUGCACAGGGAGAUGGAGCAUCACAUAGGAACAUAAAGUAGGGGAAAUGGGUCAUGGCCCCACCAACCUCAAUCUGUCCUCAGCCAGCACCAGUACCACCCCUUACCUGCUGUCAGAAACUGGUUGGAUGCAAAGGAAUGCUGGAGGAACCAGCUGGGGAACCCCCAAGGGAAGCAGGCUCAGUGCCCAGGGAGAGGUGGUGGGAUGAUGAUGAGUAGUCAGAGGGAGAAGACUGGGAGGAGCAGGAGGAGGUAUCAGAAGCUGAAGAGGUUACAGGGCUUAGUGAGAGGAGAAGGUAGUUUCAUGCGGCCACAGUCUCAGAUUGCUUUGGGAAAACCUUGGAGAGAGGGGGACUUAAGCAGCUGUGGAGAGGCAGGGACCUUCAGUCUUAGCAACUGCUUCAUAGGGGAAAGACUUACCAAAGAUGACUUGCUGUGCCCAUUAGGCCUGACACUCCUGUGCAGAUCCUGUUUUUGCUAACUCCACUUGCUUGGUGCAAUUUACUGCAGGUUUGCUCCUGUCACCUGCCUUCAUACUUACAACCAGCUUGGUGGGUGACACUGCCUGUCAGCUUCCCCCUCCUUAAUCUCAUCGUCACCGUGUUGGAACAAGUUCUCAACCUCAAGAAAACUGAUUAUAAAAAGUGGAGAACUACAAACUGACAAUUGCAGCUGGUCUAAGAGCUCUGGCAAAGGUUUAAAAAUGGUGCCACCUGCUCAGUGAUAAAGGGCCUCUCCACAGGUGGUUUAGGUGGACCCUCGGUGAUACUGUGAUGAUCAGGGAUGGUUAAUACAUCUUCAACAUUUCGUGAAGAUCUGCAUAUCUGAGUCAUCAGAUAUUAAAUUGCCAUCAGGUAAAACUUUCAUAUUCAGCCACUGAACUUCAAGUCACCCAUUCAGCCACUGAAGGGUUGAGAAGCCAAGUGUACACGUGUCUCUCUCUUUGUGUGUAUCGGUCUUACGUUGCACCUUUAGCUUAGAAAUAAAUAUUUUUGUAUGCAAAGCACUCACAUCUAAAGUACUCCCACUAGAGACUUGUUUAAGCCUUUGGGAGUUAAUACGUUAGGGAAUUGCAUUUUUUAAACCUUUGAAACAACAAGUUUAACAAGCUCUGCAAAUACUGUGUAGUUUUCCAUUGGCUUCAGUGAAAAGUUUGAUGGGGACCAUAGUCUACCUUCACUCUUGUACUUAAGGCACAACAGUCUACAGUAGAGCUGGGUGAUGAGAGCUUGUACACGUACCCCACUGUAAUAUGAAUAACAUAAUUAUUAACCCCCCAAAAUGUGUGUGGAUUCACACAUGUGCAUGAACUGGACACCCACCCACCCCUGCUUCUCAAUCUAUGGUGAAAUGGAUAGGGCAGCUUUGGAUUACUUCAGUUUUGGGAUCUAAUUUGUUUAGGGAUAGCUUUUACUACAAAAUCUUAAAAUCAUAAACCUUUUUGCACUUACUCCCCCCCCCUUUUUUUUUACUUAUCAUGCUCCAAUCUUCUUUGGAAUAAAUCAGGAUACAUUCUAAAGCACACACAAAAAGAAAGUACAAACCAUUUCUCAGAAUUCUGUAUUCUCCUUCUCCAGUGGAUUGGUUAUUAAAGCAAGGUUAAUUAUAUUUGUCCAGAUUUUUAUUUUUAUUUUUACUCAAAUGUGAUCUAGGAGAUAUGAGGACCUUUAAAAUGUGACUUGGGUCACACAUUUAAAUAACAGCUUUACAGGCAUUCUUUGCUUUUAAAUUAGGUCACUGGUGUUCUUUCUUUGAACACUCUGUUCUAAUUGGAACAAUAAAUCAUUGACAAUAUGCAGAAUAGAUUCCCUUCUAAGGUGGACAACUGGACUGUGCCUUAUUACUGCUCCUAACAUGUGCAGUGCAUUCUGUUAUUGCCUGUUAAGAGACAUGGUGUCAGUAUGAAAGCAUUGCCUUGUUUCAUUGUUCAGCUAAAGCCAAUCUCCUCCUGCAUUUACUUGACGUUAAUUAAUGAAUUGAGGCAUACCUUCUACAUGCCUUUUGCUGGAAGAAGAGCUUAGGGUGCCCUAAGAUAUGUUAAAUCAGGGUCAUAGAUGACAUAAGAGAUAUCACACUUGCAGAUAAGCAUUUGUGUUCUCAAGCUUAGAUAUUUGUGAAAGCAAAAACAAAAAACAGUAGCAAAUAGAUUUUUCCCUUAUCCCUUUGCAUAGGUCAUGACUUACCCAUCCCAUACAUACCUGCAAAGGAUUCUCUUUAUUCCACUUCCAUUGAUUGAUCACUGUAUCAUUCUGGGUUUCUUGUUCAGAAAAUGUAUUUCCUUUUGGUAUAUCACAGUCCUAUGAUUAUUUACCUGGGAAGAAUUCUCACUGAACUCAGUGGGGCUUAUGACUGAGUAGGCAUGAAUAGGACUAGACUGUUAAAUGUAGUUUAUUAAUUCUAUCUCAAUUUUCUCCAGCUUUUCAGUUCUCCCAACCCAGCCAGGGGAAAAAAAAAUUUCAGCUAAGCGAAUUGCAAAUUUGUAAUACAGCCAAAUUCUUCACAUCCUCCUGGUUAUUACUCUAAUAUACGAACAUGACAUAUGCAAAUGGUGCAGAAGCUAGCUAUAUCUAACAUGUCCAUACCUCAGAGUUUUGCAUUCAGGCCAAGGCAGAGUGCGUUCAUCAACUGGGUUUGCUUUAUAGGCAAAUCACACUGGUGGAAAGUAAUAGCCUUUGAUUGUUCUUCUUCUAGCCAUUUGAAUCUAUGACAUUCAAGUCCAUUUAUUUUCAGUUUGUAGUGUUGAUUCCUACCCUUUUAUUGCCUCAAUCCAUGAGAUUAUUCAAAUCCUCUUAAUCUAGUGUACAUCUAUUUAGGAGUAGGUUACAUCGAAGUCAACUUGCAUUACUUCUGACUGAAUUCUGCAUUGGAUUUGACUGUACACAUCUGGACAGAGAAAUGAGUGUUUGUUCUGUCCCCCACCCCAAGUGGAAACAGCUCCAGAUUGCACCUGGAAAAGCUGUGUUUUCCAUAAUCAGAGUUGAAAGCUUGUUAAAUAUGGGCAAUUCUUAUUGGUAGCUGCACACCCUAGUUGGACUUGAUGGUUCUUCUCCCUAUACAACUACUGGAGCUAGCGUACGUAGCUUGGUUAGAAAACUAGCUUUGAUCAAGUAACACAACUGCAGGAGGGGAGGGGUAAAUUUACUGACUCCUGUGUGCAUACACAUUUAGAUCAGGCUGCUCAAAUGGCUUCUGAAAUGCGAGCAGAUUUGUCCUCACAUGUCAGAUGUUGUGGUGCAAGACCCAGAGGUGGACUUAGCCUAUAAAAGAAAACAGGCUUUUAGUGCUGGAGGUGCAGCUCUCUGGAAUUAUUUACCUGACAAAAUCAGGCAGGCACCUAGCAUGUUGCUGUUUUGGCGCCUACUGAAGACAUUUCUGCUUAGGAAGGCUUUAAUGGAAGAUAUUAAUGUCAUUAAUGGAAGAUAAAUUUUAUAGCUAGUGAGAUGGUGUUGUUGCUUUUAAAGGUUGUGUGGAUGGGUUUAUCCUUUUUAGUGUUGGAUUGAUAUUAUUGUUUUUAGGGCUUGUGUUUUUUAUUUUCUAUAUUGUACACUGCCUUGAUGUUUUUAUGCUAUGAAGCGGUUUAUAAGUGUGUUUAAUAGGUAAUGAAUAAAUAUUUGUCUACCCUGGUGUAAAAUCAAUACAUGUUUGCUGCAUAGCCUUGCAUGGCUUUCCAAGCCCUGUUCAUGCAGCAGCAAAUAGAAACGUUUCUGUUUACCACUCUGUUGGGUGGUAAAUCAGAAACAAAAGCAUGGGACAAUGGAUUAGGAUAGGGUCACUGAGUAGCUAUAGGCCAAGAAAACUACAUGUUGUAGCCAUGGUGUUUGUGUUAAGAAGCCUAUUUUCACAUCCCCGCCUCUCAGAUGUUCUGAUGAUAAGUGUUGGCAGAACAUUGUCAUGGUAUAAAUCUGUGAAUUCCUUCGGAGUUGUUGUGGAUAUUUAGGUAAUCUACAGUGAUUAGUAUAUUGGAAAGCUUCUUUUUGGACUUAAUUUUUGUCAUAGGAAAGAGAAGUUCUGUUCACAUGCUGAGAUCUUAGAUGCAUCAGGUUUCUGGUGAAAAUAUCAUUGUUUCCUCUUCGCUUCACUUUCUAAUCUAUCUUCUCUUCUUCAGCCUAUCCAGAAUUCUCUUUCUGAGGUUUCCUGGUAUUUACUCUUGGCUGAUGAUUGGCAGUCAUUAUUUCAUCCUUUUAAGGGGACCACAUAAUUAGACUGUUAACAGUCACUUACUUGUCUCAAUAGAAGUUUCUAUAGGGAUUGGGGAAUUUUCAGCACCUCUUCAAACUUUAUUUCCCAGGAUCCUUGGGCCAUGACAGUUUAAGUAACAGAAGCCUAUGAACACUUUGGAUAUAGAUAAAUGCUCAAUUUUGAGAAAUCAUUUUAGAGCUAAUCACAAUCCUUUUUUUAAAAAAACCAAACCAAACCAUUCUGAAUAACUGAGUGUUACCAUCAAUCAUCACCACCCCACUGAUGCAGGCAUCUUCAACCUUUUCAGACCCAGGACACACUUUUUACCCAAACAUGCACUUGGGGAUCCAUUUCUUAACCAUUUACUAUAUAUUUGCAUGGUGCUCGUGCUCCUCUUGUGACCUACAUUGGAUCAGACCACAGCCCACUAGUGGGCCCUGACCCACAAGUUGAAAACCAGUGCUCUAAUGAAUUUGUUAUGAAUUGCAUUUUUCACAUUCAAAUGCUACAUUUUUAGGUGUACGCAUGUGUGAAGAGUGGGAAUGAGGAAGAAUUUUGAUUCAGCAUUUAAAGGCGAACCUAACACAAGUCACACUCUUCACAGCAAUAUGCAAACUUCACACUUCUCCAAAUUUUGCAGUGCAGAAUUUAUCCAGACAAGCAAUAUGUACCGAAAUGCAUGUAAUAGGUUAAAGUGAGCACAUAAAGGUAUAUAUUAAUGAAACUAACAUAUUAAAAAUGCAUUAUAUUCAGGAAAAUGGCUUUACAAACCUAUCUGUGUUAGGCAAAAACGUGUCUAUAAGGAGAAACAUGCAGUAAAAUGCUGGUUAAUUUUCAUGAGGACUAAAAAAUACCACAUAAUUUCAUUUCCCAAGGUUAGAAAAAUGAAAAACUUAGAGAAAUCAAAAUUGUCAGAUCCACCCAUCCCCAGUGAAGAAGACUACAAUUCAUAGCCAUUUUAAAUGGCUGAGAAGAACCUUGGAAUGUGUUGCUACUUCUGGUUAAAUUGUCCAAAUUGGCCUUGCAACUUGAAAUAUAUACUCUGUGAAUGUGUUAAGUUAGCUUUUAAAAAAUGGUGAGACUUUGUAACAGGGCUGGGGAACCUGUGACCCCGCUGAAGUUGCUAGACUAGGCUUUCUUCAUCCCUGACAACUGGCCAUGCUUGUAGCUGGAGUUGAAGAACAUCUGGAACUCUAAGGCUCACUACCUUUGCUUUCUAGAAACGAAUUAAGUAAAGCAAACGAAAGAAAUGUUAUGAUAAUUCAGCAUGUUAUAUGCUUCCCUGAGCUACCCUGCAAUUAAACUCAGACAUUUCAAAUACUGAGGUGAAAUAUUACCUUAUGCCUUUUAGUUAAUAUUAAGAUAUUAUAUACACUCGUUCAAAAGUAGUAUCCACAACUUUUGUGUUGUGCAUAGAAAUUGGCAAGUUGAGAGAGAGAAACUUCAGUGUCUCCUGCCAAACACAGAAGCCUGCGAGAUGCCAAAAUAACAAUGUUUGACAUAGCCUUGUCCAGUUCUGGCACUAAGUGAUGAUAUUUCAGCAUGGCGUAGGUUGGAAUUGGUCUGGAAACUGUGCUGAGGGGAAAGGCAGGCACAGUUCAGCCCCCAGCUAAAUCCUUUCUUAGGCAGCAUGCUAGGGGAAGUCGCGCAGGCUUAAAAUCUGUUGGCCUACUUAUUUUAUUGGCUCUCAAUACAGCUUACAAAAAUUAAAGUAAAACAUAAAGGCACAACUGAAGAUAUCAGGAAUGCCUUCAAUUUAAGUUACAACUUUUAACACAGAGAGAGAGAGUGUGUGUGCUGGUGCACAAAUGCAUUUCUCCCUUUACUUGAUUCUUCAGUACCCGAUGACUCUCGGUUAAUGUGUGAAUUGUCUCAACUGAAAAGUAUUGUUUGAGAUGAGAUUCAAGUACAGUGGUACCUCUGGCUACAUACUUAAUUCGUUCCGGAGGUCCGUUCUUAACAUUCUGAAGGAGAAUCUCCACCCCCAUCGUUCAGCCUGGACACUGAGAUCCAGCGCCGAGGGCCUUCUGGCGGUUCCCUCAUUGCGAGAAGUGAGGUUACAGGGAACCAGACAGAGGGCCUUCUCGGUAGUGGCGCCCGCCCCGUGGAACACCCUCCCUUCAGAUGUGAAGGAAAUAAGCAGCUAUCUUCUCUUUAAAAGACUUCUGAAGGCAGCCCUGUUUAGGGAAGUUUUUAAUAUUUGAUGCUGUAUUGUUUUUUCUGGCUGGGGAAACUCAGCCAGAUGGGCGGGGUAUAAAUAAUAAAUUAUUAUUAUUAUUAUUAUUAUUAACCUGAAAUUGUUCUUAACCUGAAGCACGACUUUAACUAAUGGGGCCUCCCGCUGCUGUUGCGCCGCCGCCGCACAAUUUCUGUUCUCAUCCUGAAGCAAAGUUUUUAAUCUGAGGUACUAUUUCUGGGUUAGCAGAGUCUGUAACCUGAAGCGUCUGUAACCUGAAGCGUAUGUAAUUUCAGGUACCACUGUAUAAAAAAUAGGGAAAAACAGAUUGCAGUCUGCUCCAAUGACCAGCAAUUUCUGUGUCCCUUCCAUGGAGAACUGUCAUAUAGACAAAGCCUCCACUACUGGGCUAAACAAUCUGACAAAGGUGCCUGAAUAACUUUACAAUCCCCACCCCAACCCCCUUUUCAAAUGUCCGUAGAAGUGAAGUGCUGCCCUUUAAGAUACCUAUUUCACAUGAGUUUUUGGUUCAAAAAUGUGUGGUAUGCAAGAAAAGGAAUGAAUUAAUAACAUCUUCCUGGUAGUUACCUUCCCUUGGGCAGCUGUUGUUUUCUCUUUAUGCUUUCCAGAGAGAAUAUUGCAAAGUCAUGUUGUGUCAUCAGAAAGAAAUAAAAUAAAAUUCAGUUCUGCCCAGUAUAUUUUUUGGCUGUGGCGUGAAAGCAUCUUUCUAGGCACGUACGCAUGCAUUUAGCCAAAUGUUUUUGGAGGUUUGGCAGCCACUGGCAUACGUGCAUUCAUCUGGAGAGCCAGUCAUCUGUGGCCAUGUCAUAUGGUGGACUUGAUCCUAUCACAACCUUUUCUGAUCGGGUUCUGAUCAGCGGCGUGUAUGUGGUAGAAAUUGUUUUGCCAUGCAGCCAGAUGAAACUUAUUGGACCAGAUGCCAAGUAGUAUAGGCUUCCUGUUAACCACAGUUAAAAGACUGCGAGUGCACUGUAGCAGUGCACCAAUCUGAUCAUGCAGUGCCUUAUCUUCUUGGGAGUAAUGUGUAACCCACCUGCACACCUGUAUGCCACCAUCAAGGUAUUGGGUACUAAGGAGGAGGAGGAGUUGUUUGGACUUGAUAUCCUGCCUUUCAUUCCCCUUAAGGAGUCUCAAAGCAGCUAACAAUCUCCUUUCCCUUCCUCCCCCACAACAAACACUCUGUGAGGUGAGUGAGACUGAGAGACUUCAGAGAAGUGUAACUAGCCCAAGGUCACCCAGCAGCUGCAUGUGGAGGAGUGGGGAAGUGAACCCAGUUCACCAGAUUAUGAGUCCACCACUCUUAAUUUCUACACCACGCUGGCUCUCUUUAUGCAACAUUUCAUUGUCAAAAUUAGGCAGCCCUUGAAGCACUGAGAAUCUAUGCCUCUUAUGGAUGGAUUUGUCUCUUUGUAAAGGUAAAGGUAAAGGUAAAGGACCCCUGACAGUUAAGUCCAGUCGCAGAUGACUCUGGGGUUGCGGCGCUCAUCUCGCUUUACAGGCCGAGGGAGCUGGCAUUUGUCUGCAGACAGUUUUUCCAGGUCAUGUGGCCGGCAUGACUAAGGCACUUCUGGCACAACGGAACACCGAAACCAGAGCAGUGCACAGAAAUGCCGUUUACGUUCCCGCCAGAUUUAUCCCACCUAUUUAUCUACUUGCACUUUUUGGCAUGCUUUAGAACUGCUAGGUUGACAUGAUCUGGGACCAAGCAACGGGAGCUCACCCCGUUGUGGGGAUUCGAACCACUGACCUUCUGAUUGGCAAGCCCAAGAGGCACAGUGGUUUAGACCACAGCACAACCCACAUCAUUUUUGUACUCCAUUUUAAUUUUACCAUAUGUUGAUUCAUAAAUCCAUUCUGCCCCAUUUCUGCAUAAAUCUGCAUUUAAAAAAAAAAAACCAACCAUGAAAAGUAAUAUUUAGAUACACACCUCAAUAAUAUUGAAAUAAGUAUAUUAUCUUAAUGUAUGCAUUUCUUUGAGCUGAAAACUCUGUUGCAAAAUUCAGAUAAGUGUGAAAUCUGAAGGAGAAUAGCAUCCUCAUCUAUGCAUUAGACUGGGACUUGUGAAUUUGGUUACUUCCUUAAAAACAUGGACUGAAAGAAAUUCACCUCCAUGCUUAAAGCAUCUUAGUUACUAUCUGUAUCACACACAAAUCAAUAACUGUAGCACAAAACUAAAAGAUCCCAAUAUACUCUGGCACAAUGCAGGAAAAUCAAUCAUUUCGUAGUAAAAGCACCAGUUGGAAACCGAGUGCUCCUAGUGGUAGAUUUCCAGUAUGAUUUGAGUUAAUGUGGUUUGAUAUUUGGCACCAUUUGUAACCUUGAACAUUAUCAUAAUUGUUUCUCUCUCCUGCAGACGCAAUCCUCUGUGAAUAUGGUUUCACACAAAACCAGCAAUUGCAAGAUAAACAGCAGUUGAUUGUGGUACUUUGGAAAGCCUAUCUUGGCCCUAAAAGUCCUGUCUCUCUGUCUCUCUCUCUCUGGCAGGAAGGAGGGAAACAUAUCAAAUAACAUCUGCAUUUAACAUCUGAAUAUGGGUUUUCACCACUUGUCCCAUGGAGAACUCUGUCCCUGAUUUUCCUCCCUUCCCAUGCGUUCUCUCAAAAACAUGUUUUUUAUUCUUCUUUUCUUUCUUGUUUUCACCCCACCUCCUUUCUGGAGAAGACAGCAGAAUGUGUGCACACUACCUCACGCAAUAGAUUUGGAAAAGGGGCAUUACACACCCAGUUGCCUUUUUUACCUGCAGCAACACAAUUGCAUGUAUUUCUGCACUUGUGGGGUCUGGAAUGUGUUUAAGGGGUUCGAUGAUGGCAUAGUUCAAUAGCUUUAAACCUUUUAAGAUCUGAGGUCCAGCUUGAGCCCAUGUUGUGCUUGGAGUUACAUUUAUUUUUAUUUUUGAGCAAAUAUUCCUGUCCUUGGUUUUCUGUCUUUCUUCUUCCUAUUCCCCUUCACUCGAUGCCUGUUUUGGGACCCACUUUUAUUUAUUAAAUUUCACUUUUACCUUGCCUUGCCUCCAAGAAACUCAAGGUAGCAUACAUAGUUAUGAUCAUUGCUUCCUCAUAAACAGCCUUGGUCACUAGGUUAAGCUGAGAGAUAGUGACUGUGCCCAGAGUCACCCCGAAACCUUCAUGGCUGAGUGGGGAUUUGAAUCUGGGACUCCCCAUUUCGAGUCUGACACUAUGAUUCAGGGAUGGGAAGAGCCUGUGGCUCUCCAGAUGUUGUUGAACUCCAAAUCACAUCAGCCUCAAGCCAACAUGGCCAGUGAUCAGGACUGAUAGGAGUUGGAGGAGUCCAUCGACAUCUGGACCAACACAGGUUCCCUAUCCCUGCUAUAAAUGCUAACUCACACUUGACCCACUUUACUCAUCAGGAGAAUAAUAUUUCUGGUUUUGAUUUUUUUUUUUUAUGCUACAAUUUGUUUUUCUUCACAAGCAUUUCAAGAAUGUAAAAAAAAAAAGUGUGUUCAACAAGGGGAAAGGAAAAACGAAAGACCACUGAGAGUGAAGGGUGGAGAUGUAAUCUAUAUUGGAUAAUUACCUCAAGGAAUACAACAGAACAUAGUGGAGAAAUUUCACUCACCAGUGAGGCCCCUAUGGUAAGGUUAUAUAAGGUUCAUUAAUAAAUCUAACUUGGAGAUCAAAUAAAAGCUGAAUCGUUUGCGUAGAACAGUGCUGCAAGCCAAAGAACCUCAUUAGUUUGAGAAUGGAACUGCGUAAAACUUCUUGAAGGUCAUUUAUAUGCCGAACGGACAUAUACCAGGACCAGCAUUUCUUUUUUUUUAUCCUGUGCCCACAUAAAUCAGAGAAAGUAAAGCAAAACCAAAUCAACACUAGGGUAGAAUAAAGAAUGUAAGCAGGCGGAUGCUGCCAUGUUCCCUUGCAGGAUCUCAUUUGUCAUCCCACAGGCUAUUUAGCAGGCAAGCCGCAAACUGGAUUAACCUGCACAGCAUACCUUAGCAAGGGAUCUGCCAAUUUGGACAGGUGCAGCCCAGGAUAGCUUGCUCUCCUACGUAGCUUUGGAUUCUGGGGUCCAACUUUAAGCUGAAGCCUUUAUAGGGGAUCCCGAGGGAGGCAUCCCUCUAAGAUCAUGUGAUGCCUUCAUGGGCACCCCUAAAAAGAUUUCUGCAUCAAGCAACAACUUUGAUUAGCCAACACAGCCAGUGGUCAGGUAGAAUGGUAGUUGUAGCCCAGCUAAGCUGGACGGCAUCAGGUUGAGGAAGGCUGGCUUAGGUUGAUUUUGUAAUCUAGCCAGCCAUGAGUUUGGAACUAUCUACCAAAGUGGUCUCUCCUUAUAACACAACUAUUGCUUACUAAACAGUUCUGCCUGAUAAUGCCUGAAGGAAUAAAUAACGCAGCUUCAGUGCUUUUUUGGCAACUUUCCCAUCACCCCUCCUAUAGGGGACAGUUUUUCCCCCUCCUUCUCCCAACCUGGAGAGAAGUUGGGUUUUCCAAAGAUAGACAUUGGGAUGAGAUACAGAUAUUCCAGAUUACUUCUCUCUUCAGCCCCAGUCAGCAUGGUCAAUGGAGGGCACCAGGUUGCUUAUCCCUGGUCUAUUCCAUUACCAACUGCACCAUCCUGAAGUCCUGAUUAUAUAAUAAAACAGCAUCUGGAAGUGUUCAAAAAAAUUUUUUUUGCAUUUGACUGCAAAAAUUCAGAAAGGAAUUGAUCUAGUCUGGUAUUAGAUGUGUAAUGAGCCCCUCCUAUCUGUAUGGUCACUUCUCCAUGACCUGACUUAAGGGAAUAUGUGAAAUUCAUUUCAGUUAGUAAACGGUAUUCUGUGGCUUUGCGCCUCAGACCACACACCCAGAAAGAAGCAUCCAGAUUUUUGCUCAAAAUUUACCGUAUUGGCUUUGCUUCUCACAUUUUGCCACAUAUACACUUGCAGACAGAGCUCACAGCUGAUUCUGCUUAUGGAACAGGAAGUGUUUUGCAAUGGCAAAAGGUUCACAAAGGGAGGAGGAGUAGGAAAGAGAACGAGGGCUUCUACAAAGAGAUUAUUUUGAAAAAGGCAAUGUUCCCUUCACCACCAGUGAAUAAGGCUCAGACAGGAUGGCCUGUCUUGGGGUAAUAAUAAUAAAAAACAACAUUCUGAUGUGGCAAAGGGGUUUGAAGAGGAAUGUGUUUCCAAACUAUUUCCAGUGCACCUUAAGAAUCUUUUUUCAUACUAAGCCAUAGGCCAUGCUGUUAACAUGAGAAGUCAGCAUAUUCAUCAUUCGUUCACUGCAUUACAGCAAUUCACAAUGGUGAAUCCUGGAGCUGGAAGCGACCUCAGAGCUCAUCUAGUCCAACCCUCUGCUGAUAUAGUGUAUCUGCUGCUACAGCAUUUUUGAUUGGUGGCCUCCUGGGCUCUGCUUAACAGUCUCCAAAGGAGGAUGGUCCAUCAUCUUCCAAGGCAAUCUGUUCUAUUGUCAAACAGUCCAUACCGUCAGGACAUUCCUCCUAAUCUCCUCUCUCACAAUUUCAACCUUUGUUCAGGUCUUAGAGUUACAGAAGACAAACCAGCUCCAUCAUUUUUUGUGACAGAUCUUCAAAUAUUUGAACAUGGCCAUCAUAUCACCCUGUAAUGGAGCCUUAUUCAGGCUAGACAUACACAGGCAUACCUUAUAGAAGUCAGUCUCCAGGACCUCCAGCCCCACACCAUGAUGGUGACAUAAAUGGCCUCUCACCACCUUUCUUGCAAUCAUCCAGUACUGAUGACGCUUGUUUUCUGAGCAAACCUUCGUACUAAAAACGUAACACGAAUGAGGGCAGAGAUACACCAGAGAAAGAACAAUGCAUGCCUGUUCAGCCUUCAAAUGGGUAUAGGAUCUAGAACUGGCAGCAACUAGGAGCCAGUGUGUGUAUGUUUAUAGGGGAAGCAAAAUACAUGUGCAUGGGAUGAAUUCGAAAUAUAAUAUCAUGUUGACCAGAGCUGGGAACUUGUGGCUUUUCAGAUGUUCCUGGCUUUCAGCUCCCAUAAUCUCUGACCAAUGGCCAUGCUGGGUGGAGCUGAUGGGAGCUGGCAUCCUACAAAAUCCGAGGGCCACAACCCUGACUUAAAACACAGCACCAGAAAAUACACUGCUUGUGAAACUGCCCAAAACAUGGUCACUACCAGCCCUAAUGUGUUUUCCCCCCUUGCUUGUAUCAAAAUAUUCCUGCCAAGUAAUCAUGCUCACUUUGUAAGGCUACAUGGGAUAUAAGAAAACCAGAUAUGCUUGCCUCACAGCCAGCCAGAUCCUUACUGCUGCCUGAAGGAUGUCUUGUUUGAAGGAAAGUUUUGCAAUCCUGGUUCAGUUGAUCUCAGCAAACUGGCUAUCCAGCAACUUGAGUUGGCCAAUGAUUUUGAGCAGCUGCAGGACCUCUUGCAAAGAGGCCAUCUGGGAACUUAAAUUUGUGUUGGACUAACAGUGGUCAAAUAAUCUGGGGCUAGAGAGACGGUGUUGUUGAGCAGGUGCAGAUUAUCCUCUCCAAAAUUCUUCAAGACCGGAUUGAUUGUGCACAAAAAAUUGUUCAUGUUAUGCUUUUAAUGUAAAAGGGGAGCCAUAAGAAUGUUACUAUAUAAUUCCUGUUUGCUGUGUAAUAUUAUUACCCGCUUUGAAGGCAGGUUGAAAUUUUCUUUUGCAAAUAUUGUUUUCUACAGCUCCAGUUACGCAAUAAAAUUAAUCAGAUAUGCUUAAGGGCCUUUGGCUGUUUACAACACUUGCUAUUAACUACAAUCUGCAGAGUAUUAAGGGAUGUGGUGGGGUGAUCAAUCUAAUAAACUAAAUGUGGCUGGGCACAUGAAUGUUAAAAGUUUUCUUUGGUGUGUGUUUUUGUUUUUUGUUAUGGAGCUUGGGAAGACAAUUUGUUAUAUCCUGUGAAGUUACAUCUAAUGCUAUAAUUGGCACAGUGCCUCUCUAUGAUGCCAUUUUGGGUUACUUCCUAGCAGCCAAUUCAUAAAAUUGACAAAAAGCAGGAGAUUUUUUUCACCACAGUUUGGCACAAUCCAGCAACAGCAAGCUUCAUUUGGAAGCAGUCUCUUUUCUUCAUGGAACCCCUUAUUGACCACACUCUGUACAUGUACAGAGAGUGAUGCAAAUGGUUAACAGCAAUAAAUAAAUAGAACUGAGUGCUAUUCAUGAGUGGUAAACAUGGAACAAGCAUUUGUGGGGUUAAUUUUCCAAGACUUUUUUUUUUUCCAAAGAAAGAAAUAAAGAAUGUCUGAGAGAUUUUGGCUCAGUUGAUGCUGUUUAAAACUCUGUUGCUAUUUCAUAUUGAUGAAUAAUGGAAUUAAUGAGCUGAAAGUGGAGGACUGGUAGGAUUAGGAGACAAUCCUAUUGCUUCCUUCAAGAAUAUUUAUAUAAGCAAUAUUAAAACUGGACCCACAGUUACACCCAAAAUUCAUGGGUGGUGAAAGUCAGAAGGCUGUGUUGCAAAAAAAAUAAUUUUCCAGACAAGGACUGAAGUUUCCCAACAAUUGAAAAAGAGCUCAUGAAGGAAGAAAAUUCAUGUGUGUGUGUAUUGUAUUCAGUCCACAGAGUUGUGUGCUCAACCAAAACACAACCUUGUCUGUAGCACCUACUCCUAUAAGUCUGACAGCUUUCCCUACAGAUAAGGAUGUAAGUACGCAUUGUUUUUCAUUCCAUCCUGUGUUUGUCGCAUGCAGCUCUGUUUCUGUUCCGCUGCAAUCCAUCUUCUGCCAAAAGGUACAUUAUUGGUUCUUGCUGUCUGCCCUUGGUGAAAAUACACAAUUUAAGUAAUUUGUGUAAAUUACGUUGUCAUUAUGUUAAUCCACCCCUUUCAUUUCAAUGCAGAAGAAACGCAAUGCAAAUGUUGAAAAGCUAUAAUCAGUUGCAUAUUGUUAGCAGACUGAAAGCAAUAGCAGUUGUAUUUGGUGGAUUGAUUUCCAUUCCAGACAUGGGACAAAUAAACGAACACUCGCAAUUUCUGUUCCCACUUCUGUUUGUGUCUGAAUUCCCCAAGUACCGGACUCCUAAGUUUCAUCGCCUAUUUACAAAUCUCUUUCUCUGGGACAAUUGUAAACUGGCAGAAGGUUCCCCACAAAACAAAUACUUUGCACAUAGCAGCCAUACACUCAACGUAAUCCCAGCCUUAACAUCCCAAAUCAAACCUCACGUUUGCAAAACUGGUCUGGCGUGAAGUAAAACCAAUCAUGAGCAGGACCAACUGGGAGAGGGUUGAAAAAUGGCUAAAUGUCUUCUGUGAUGAUAGAAGCCUUGUUCACCCUUUUGACGUAGAGUUUCCCCUCCCUCAUGGUAGAAUGGCUUCAUGUUUGACAGAUAUUCCACAGAUUUACAGGAUGUCUAAAACUAAUCCCAAAUUUCAUUUGGAUAAAGUCUUUUCCUGUUUCAGCAAACGCCUUGUUAAUGACCUUCCCUCUUUAUAUCAGUUUUCAGUAAUUUGCAACUGAAUGUUAGCAUUCUGUGUACAAAUGGUAGAUUUGUUUUUUCUGGCGUGCGUUGAGUGGGCGGAUGGGGGGCGGCUGGUACUCACAAAUCGUAUGUCAGAAGCCACUAAAAGUGUCAGAAUCCCACAGCAGGCUUUUGGUGGCUUGUUAAUAUCUUCUCCUUUCAAGGAAACAGCCUAAUUCACUUAAAUAUAAUGAAAGCCAUGCCCUCAAUGGUGAAACCUCUAAACAGCGUCAACGUUUACAAGUCCUGCCUUCUUUUUGCACCUCCUCCUUUUCUGGCUUCAACCAUUUCAACAUGAACUAUGAUGUUUUUCUGUCUGUGGUCUCUCAGAUGUCACACAUGCGGAAAAAUUGAAUCUGUAGUUAUUGGAAGGGGGGUUCAUAUACAACAACAAAAAAAGGCAUUCUGUAACUGGUUUCCUUCCACCCUCACCUCCCUGCUAUCUUCUAAACUAUUAUCUGCACCAGGUAAAAAGAAUAAUCCUAAAUGCAGUCUGGACAGUUAGGAAAAUCCAAAGCUGAAAGCGCAGAAAUAUUUACCUAAGGCCACCCAGUAUAUUCAUGGCAAAGAGGAGAUUUCAACUGGGGACCCGUCCCAAAUAUAUCCAGCCCCCCAAUGAUGAUACUACAAUUGGAAAUUUAGUUCUUUAUUGGCAAAGUACAUCAGCUCCUAAGGUGCAAGAACAGCAGGCACCGUUUCUGCUAAAUAGCUAUCUAGGCAUCACCUUCUUCAGACCUGUGCCUCAACCCAGACGGUUGGAGCAACAGCACAACCACAGUUAAAACCCUCACAAGCAACAAGCAACUUCUGUGCAUCAGUCCUUGGGGACAGUGUUGGAGGGGGGAGAUUUUAAUGGUUCAACUCUCUCUGGGACUGUAUCUUCCACGUCUGCACCUCCCUCCUCUUCUCCCUUCUCUGCCUGACCCAUUCCCUUCCUCCCUGCCUCAUGGGUGGCACAGAACCCCCAAAUCACUGGCCCCUUCCUCUGUAUUCUCCUUCUGCCACCUCUGCCGCCUCCUUUGCCCACCCUUCGGACUCCUGCCUGUCCCUGACAUCACCUCAGAUCAGUUACUUCACUUCUGUUUUACAGUAGCUCAUUCUGACACCCCUAUGUUGCAAAGGUGUUGACAGCAAACACUGAACUUGAAAUCUUUAGGGCAUCUCUCAUCCAUCAGUCAACAUGUUCCUUACACUCUGUUUUCAGUUUUGGAUGGCUAAUCAGUUUGAUCUGUUUUAAAUAUUUUAGCUAUUUUGCCAUUUAUUACCCUGUUCCAUAGAUGGCAUACCUUGCAAAGCAAUUAUCUUUGCUCAUUAUUCGGAAUUUCCUAGGUAUGCCUUGGGAAUUACUGAUUCUAGUUUCUGUGGCCAGUGCAAUAGACCCAUUGGCUGAGAUCCCGAGCUCCACAUGACUCUCUGCACAUCUCUUUCAGUGUGGGGAAUGUUCCACAUAUACAGUCAAGAGAAUUAGGCAGGUCUUGCUUCUACAGAGCUAUAUUCCUUUGCAAUAGAAUCACAUCUGUUUGCCUGUCUGUUUCUCUAUCUAUGGGUGCUUCCAGAUGAUGUGUUUACCAAGCAUUCAGCCUGAUUUGUUUGCAUGUAGAUUUGACAACAUUGGCUAUUUAAUGAGCAUUCAUUCUGAUUUGUUUGCUGUAUGAUGUCAAGGCAGGUUGUCAUCCUAUACUUUCCAGCACAUUUCACUGUCACUUUCCUUAUUGCAAAAAGUUUGGAGAAGACCUGCUUCCCUGAAAAAAAAAUCAAACAGUUUUAAUUGGGCAACCUGGUUUGCUGGUAUGUUAUUAAAUCCCACCAGGGAGGGGAGCGGGGACAGGCAGGCAGGCAGAUUGCUGUGCCAACUUGGAGCUACCACAGUGAUUGGGCUAAAUUCUGUCACAUGACAGCACCUAAGCUAGCAUGGGAUCCAAUGGCUAGCUGCCAUCGACUUGGAUCCUACCAACUGCAGUUCUGGCUGCUCACGAGUCCAGUGGGCAGAAUGAGCUUGUGUCACUCCAUAGGCAACAGCCAACUGAACGCCAACGAAGGCUGGCAGGGGCAUUUCCACCCAUUCCAACCCCAUGAGCCUGCCAUAAAGGGAGGUUGAGAUGCUUUGUUGGCUAGCAACCAUCACCUCAUCUUGUUUCAGUGAAUUGUGUAAAGGAAUAAAGAAGGCACAUGCCUAGUACACUUUCAGAACUAUAAUAAUAUGCUAGUGCUCGUUUUUCAAAAUCAAACAUUUGGAAGGAAUUAAUUCCUUCAUGUUUAGACUCCAAAAUGGCUCCUAAAUAAGAAGUCAGGGAGAGGGGGAAUUUUCCAUGCAUACAGGGCAUUCCAUCUCUCUCUACUUAACAUCUUUUUUGGUUAUGGAUGCUGAACUCCAAAACCUUAGGCUGUUACACUGACAACUUAGAUGCUGUAUUAGUUUGACGAUUCUUUAUGGCAUUUCCUGUUUUUACCAGUGAUGGAUUAAAACAGGUAUAAAAGGACCCCAGGGGUAGAAAACAAAAACUGGGCUGUGUGGUAUGUUCAGGUUAAAAAAAAUCUUAAAUAUUACUCCAGCUUUGAACUGAGAGGGUGGGCUUGGCCCUAAAUUUUGGUGUUGCAAGCCAAAAUCUCAAUCUUUCUUUCUUUUUUCAAGAAAUGAAAAAGAAAAAAACAAAUAAAUAAAAAAACCAUUCCUUUGUACUUUACACUUGGCAAACCCAGGGAACUAAAGUGCUCAUGCUGUGAGUCUAGCAUCUACCCAACAUGUUUUUAUAAGGCUCUAGGAAGAAAGAUAAUAUACUUUGGCCCUAUUUGACACAUGGGUGGGGGAAACAUUCUGAAAUCCCAAGAGUAACAGAACAGAGUGGCCAGCAAUAAAGGUAAUGGCACGGCAUGUUGUAAUGUGGCAAUGUAGGGGAAAGGAAGGAAGACCAGAAGGGAUAUGCCAUAUUGCAAAUUAUCUGCCCCUGGAAUGUUCUGUACUUUGGAGCAGCCUAUCAUGUUUAUGUGUAUUUCCCAAAAAUGUCCAGGCGUGGUCAACAUCUGGCAGCUCCAAGCCAAUUGUGGCCUUUAAAAAAUGUCCUCCUCUGUGUCCCUGUGCUCCCCCGCACCGGAUUGUGUAGCCAUAAUUUCUAUAACAUUAGAGCCAGUUUCAUGUUGGCAUGGAAUUACAUUCAAGAAAGAGGAAGUAGAGAACUGGGUACUUCAUAGCUAAUCCAGACCCUCCAAGUGUCCCUGUUUUCCAGGGACAGUCCAAGAUUUACAGAAGCUGCCCCAGUUUCUGAUUUGAUCGAAGAAUGUCCUGCUUUUCCUUAGGACAUCUCUAUUUUCACGAGAGAAAUGUUGGAGGUUAUGGUAGGACGUCCCUAUUUUCGUGAGUGAAAUGUUGGAGGUUGCAGAGUUAUGCAACCCCCGAGCCAAGGAGAUAAGUAACUAUACAGCUUUUAGAAGACAUCUGAAGGCAGCCCUGUAUAGGGAAGUUUUAGUGUUUAAUGAUUUAUUUUGUUUUUAUAUAUGUUGGAAGUCGCCCAGAAUGGCUGGAGCAUUUAUACUGCGGGGUAUAAAAAAUAAAAUUGUUGUUGUUGUUGUUGCUAUGGAAUAGGACAUCCCUAUUUCUAUCGGAGAAAUGUUGGAGUGUAUGCAUAACCUAGAGGUAGCAAAUGCUCUUGCUUGAUAGACAGGCUGAUUCCCUUUCCUCUUCCCCUCAACCUCUGAUAAUAAUCUUCAUACCUGCAUGAAGUUGGCUAUAAUAAUAGCAGUGCCCUCUACCUAAUCAAGCAACAGCACCAUCAAUUCCAGGCUACUCUGCCAUGGCCAGGAGAAUGGAGGUGACACCAUUGCUUGGUGGUUGCCUGACAACUCCCAGAUCAAAGGGAUCUAGCAAAGGCAGGAAGCCUAGGGCAAAGGACAGUGCCAGAAAAUGGUGGAAAUCUUGUGAGAGAUGCAAAGCUAAUCACCCACUUGGAGACCUCUUGUAGUUUGGGCCAAUGCUAUUGGAAGACCCUUCCAGAGAUCUCUGAAAAUGGCUUCCCUGGCACAGGCAUUGCUAGCUGCUCAGCCAAAUCACUUCAGCCUAGCUGCUUCCUUUCCUAAAAAAGCAAAUCAAGUUUUCCAGGUGGAGGGAUUCCAGGCUGCUUUUCAGAGUUCAGGCACAUUAUGUUAAUGGUGCUGCAUGGAGCUGCUAAUCUUCUGGUCGUGAAUUGAACUCACACAUGCAACAGUGCAUGAUUAGUGCAUGGUUUCAUAGAAGAUAUCCAAGUUAGGUGGGGUAUAAAUAUUGUGGUGAUGAUGAUGGUGAUGAGUUGAGAUAGGCCAUGAGAGAAAAGCAAAACACUCCAAAAAUACUCAACAUAAGCCAUGUAUAAUCCUUUCUGGAAAACGGCUGAAGUUUUAACAAUGAUCAUUUCUAGAACACCCUUCACUCUACUGGCUAGGGCUGAUUGGAGCUGUAACCAAGAACAUCAAAAAGGUGCCAGGUAAUGCAUUAGAAAAUGAAUUUGUAGGUUUAAACACUACUGAAAGGUAUGCUGUACGUUUGAAGUUUAAGUUAAAGAGUCUUUGGUGAUUUAUUAAUGAUGUAUAUAAACUCUUAUCCUGCAGCAAUUAUUACUAAUUAGUGCUGUGCCCAAACCAGUUGUGCAAUUUUCAUAAAGUUUCCUUAUGCUUUUGGUUUUCUAUGUCAUUCGCAGGGCACCUUAGAAUUUCUUUAGGGUUUUGGUGCAUUGGGUGGGUUCCUCACCACCACCACUUCAUCUUUCCAUUAAAUGUUUUCCCUGCACUCUGCAGCCUCCCUGGCUGCCUGUACUUCCUGAUGUGAAAAGGCCCAAGGAUGCACCUGCCCUGGUGCAUCCCUUUGAGAUCACCAACACACCUUCCCAAUCUUCAAAGGGGCAUGCAGAGUGAAGACACUUCACCCUGGCGUGCCUCGUUGAAAUUGUCAGGAAGUCCAACAUUCAGGUGGCACCUUGUCCCCAUGGAGUUGGUGCACUUGACCCCAUGGGCACCUGGUUCUCCACUGUGAGAACAAAGUGCUGGACUAGAUGAGCCUUUGGCCUGACCUAGUAGGUUCUUCUUAUAUUCCUAUGUCCUUCAUGUGUAUUUUGGAUAUGCCUGGACAGAACAUUCAGUGUUUUUUCAGCCACACACACAUUUUUGGAAUAAAGUUUUAAAGUCCAGUAUUAAAAGCAGCAAACUCUAUGGAGUGCUCAUUGAAUACAUUUCUUUGUUGUUCCAUGCCUUUUGCCUCAUUGCUUCCAUCUGCAAUUGCUUUGACAGUCUGCUGAACAUAUUAUAUCUGAAAUGUGCAAUGCAUCAACAAGAAACAAGGAAUACUUUCUGGCACACCCCAUACUGGUGGCAGUGGUGGUACAGGAUGAAAUUUAUUAUCUCUUCCCAAAUAUAACAGAUCUCCUGAGAUCUGCAUGGAAUCCAUGGCAGGAAAUCAUUGAUUUAAUGGAACAUCUCCACAUAUUGUGCCUCUGCACAUAUUCUGUAGAAAGAUUGAUUGCAAAAAUAUAUUCAAGCAGUUUCUCAGACAUCGUAAAAUCAUCUCUUCCUUCCCUGCCUCGUCUCUUCUGCACCCCCUCCAAGCAUCUGAUGCCGAGUUUGGAAACAUUAUUUUGUUCCAAAUCAAACCUGAAACCCAAUGAUGGAUAUAUAUUUUUCUUAAGCUUUUGAGUCCAGCAAAAGAAAGGGUUUGGGCAGAGAGAAAGGAGGAAAUGGCAAGCAAUAAGAUCAGAAGAUCUACACAAAUAACCUAAAAUGAUAUGUGCAUAACUGUAAGGUAUGUCAUUCCUUUUAGCUGCUCUUAACAUACGGUUCUUAACAACAAAAAUUUAAACUUUCCUCGGUUUUUCUUUUUUCAAACUCCUUCAGAACUUCAGUCCUUCCUGGACAAUAUUCAGUGCCUCCCCAAUUUCACCAUCCAUUAAUUUUGUAUCCAGGUGUAAUAUUGAUUAAUGUUACUUUAAUAGUAUUGAAGGAAGCAAUGGACUUGUCCCCAAAUCCUACCUGCCUUCCUCUCCUAGUGCAUUGCAUCCUUCACCCACUAGAAUGAACUAGCAACAGAGUUUAACUCAAGAAUGGUUUCUUUUUGGCCUCUGUCUGUCUCGAAAGACAGUGGAGUGCACCUCCGGGGGUGAAGUUAAACCACUGUGUUAGCAGCAUUGAAGUGAUCUUCCUGGGGCAUAAGCCUGGGCAGUGUAUAUGGAGGUCUUGAGCUGCCUAGACACAAGAUCCCCCACUCUUGGCCUCACUCAUGUGGGGCAAAGGAAAGCACAGCAGUAUGUUUGGCACCAGCUUGGUUGCAGAAGUUGCCAAAAUGACGCCUACAAGGCACCAUCCAACUGUCUUAGGCAUUCGACUCCAGAUUUGUGAAGGGUUUCCUUCCUUUUCUUCUCCUGAGGAUAUCCCACAAGGCAGCGGGGGUUUAGUAUCAAAGUUUUCCUUCUCCUAGAUGUGCUACCUUCCUAGGUUGAUGAGCCCCACACCAAUGAAGAGAUGAAAACUGAAUUAUAGAAAUAUUCUAACACCCUAAAGCAAACAUCAGCACCGAAACCUCCUUCAUAUAUUGAGUGGGCCAAAAUCUUUCAAAUGACAAUUUUCUGAGAAAAACUGUUGGCAGAUUCCUCUUCCCGCUCUUGCUGACCACAAAGAGCAUGGAGAAUUUUGGGAGGCAAUUUUCACUUGUCCCUAGAUUCUAUGAGGUGCAGAUGUAUCCUAGACUGUUGUCAUUUAUGAGACGGUCUGGGAGAUGGCUGGCUCCCAUACCUUAUUGCUCAAUGCUUUUUUUUUAUUUAUUAGUCAUUUAUUUUAGUUAUUUAUUAUAUCCCAAGUUUCAGGACCAAAUCUUGUCAAGGCAGUUUAAUCAAAUUAUUGUAAGCUAUAUCAAAAAAUAACAAGUCAUUGUGAUUUUCCUCAGAUGGUAAUUGGUGGCAGUGGCAGAUGGAGUGACGUCCCAACAACUGAGCCACUUCUGCUUACUGGGGCAGGAGGAGGACAGUGGGGUGGGGGGUGAGGCAAUGAGGACAUUGGCACUGUGCAAGCAAACCAGCAGGAGUGCCAUAUUAGUUUGCUGCUGCAUUUUCACAGCACUGAAUUGCAUCUUCAUUACCUCUCUUGAUUUACAGCUGAAUGUGUGAACUAGUGUCAUGCACAAUAAACUGAAUGAGUUGAUGUGGGGUAAUCAUAGCAUCAGUGAUAGCUUCUUCAAACAUACAGUCAUACAGUUCACCAUUUAAUGCUCCAGGAAUGAUAUGCAAUUUUGGAACAGCUUACCAAGUAGAUGAUUUAAAAGCAUGCCUCACUGAGUUCAGUCGGAAUCACUCCCAAGAAAGUUGGUAUAGGGUUGCAACAACUACAAUUGUUUUUGUAACUUUGCUUCAUGUUUGGGACUCCUAUCUGCAAUACCAAUAGAUAGAUGAUAAAGGUAAAGGUAAAGGACCCCUGACAGUUAAGUCCAGUCGCAGACGACUCUGGGGUUGUACAGGCCGAGGGAGCUGGUGUUUGUCUGCAGAUAGUUUUUCUGGGUCAUGUGGCUAGCAUGACUAACCCGCUUCUGGUGAAACCAGAGCAGCGCACGGAAAUGCCGUUUACCUUCCCACUGGAGCGGUACCUAUUUAUCUACUUGCAUUGUUUGGUGUGCUUUUGAACUGCUAGGUUGGCAGGAGCUGGGACCAAGCAACGGGAGCUCACCCCGUUGCGGGGAUGCAAACCGCCAACCUUCUGAUCGGCAAGCCCAAGAGGGUCAGUGGUUUAGACCACAGUGCCACCCGCGUCCCCUAGAUAGAUGAUAAAUAUACAUAAAAUAAUGGAUACAUGGUAUAAGAAAUCCCUAGCUUGCUAAUCACUCAAGAGCUGUUAAGAUGAUGGUUGGUGGGAGGGAGGUUUUGGGUCUGCUAUUACUUUUAUUAUUGUUGAUAUAUUGUGAGCAGUUUUUUUGUAUUUUAUAAUGUUGUAUGUUUUAUGGAUUUGAAAUCUUAAACAUUGAAUAUUAUUCACAUGCAAGCCUCAUGCUUGCUCCUGAGAUCCAACUCUGUGUGGUGCAUCUUAAGAUACAGAUCCAGAAGUUUGUGGAACAUGGACAGAAGCUCUGAGCUACACACUGUUCUGAUCACAAAGUUUGCAUUAUUAUAUAUUUCAUUCAUCGUUUUACCUCUAGAAGUUCUCAGAAACCUUUAGAAGUUUUCCAUCCAGUACUAUGCAACAGAAAUAGGAUGCCAGACCAAAAUAUUAAAUCUGGUGUUCCGAAAGCCUAAUCUAAGCAUUUAAUCUAUCGGAACCCAAAUAUUGCUACUUGGCUCCUUAGCCAGAAGCCCAUGGGUUUGGGGCAAUCACCAAACACAACUUGUUUGUACCACACAAAUCCACCUUAGGUCAUGAAAAAGCUCCUGGAAUUUACAAACCAGGAUUGAAGCUGACCAGUCACCAUCACUCCUAAAAAGCAACAACCACAUUUUAAGCAAAUAACAGUAUUUACAAUUAUCUGCACUGUGUAAACAUAUGGAAAUGAGUAACAGGCAGAUUUUUAUUCCAGGAGAGGAUGGAUAUAAUAUUGUAGCUAAUUUUGUGGUGCAAGUAUAGUCCAUGCUCUAUACUGUUACUCCACUCAAAAACAGUAGCAUAAUGCAUUUAAUAUCUGGUACUUGCAUGAAUUAACUUUUAAUCACUGAUAGCGACUUAUCCACUAAAAAGUGCCAUUUCUUUCUCUCUUUUUUGAAAGGUGAGAUAUGAAAGAUCCAGAAUCUUAUACAAUAUCAAAAUGUACCUUUAUUUUAGUAUGUAAUGUGGCUCUUUGAGUAUGUAAAGCACAAAGAACACAUUUUAGCAAAAUUUAGUAAGAUCAUUCUAUAAACACCUCCUAUCUAUGAUCCACCAAUACCUCUGUUUCAGGAGCGUUUAAAAUAAACAAAUGAAUAGAAACCUUGAUAGAUGUGUUUUCCUAUUGUGACAGAUCUUUCUAAUAUAAUAUUUCCUGGGGCCAGUGUGCGCCGUUUUAUCUGUUCAUCACUUUUCCUGACAGAUGUAUCAACAGGGGAUAUUCUCAGCAAACUGACUUUUAAAAUAUGUCAUGGCUAGAGUGUUCGCCAUUACAACUGAUGUAUGCAGAUAAUGUACACCACAUGGUUGGUUGGGCUUUUUGUUUUUUCCCUUUAAGAAUCCAUCUUCGCGUCUGGCUUUAAUCAUUGACUAAUCCAUGAAAUGUUGCAAUCUUGGAUUGGAAGAGCCAUUACACUCUUCUGUAGAAUAUAACUGUGGAUUAUAGGUGAAGCUGCAUUAAGAGACUACAGGAGUUAAUUAUGCCUGAAGGUUUCCAGUGCUAUCUGCAUCAGCUGACGCUCUCGGAAAGCUAUAUAAACAAUUGGGGAGGUGUUAUUAGUGGAAGGAGAAAUCAGCCAGCAUUUUCCUUAACUGGCGGCAAUAUCUUUGGGAGGGCUGCCGAAGUUCUGCCUCUGACUGUACAAAGCCCACCCCCACUGUCUUUUGCACCUCCUGACGUAUGGGUCUUCCAUCCCUCUGGUUAUCCCCUUUGCCAGUGGCUCUGAGACCACAAGGGAGACUCAGUGAGCUGCCGCCUUUCUAAUUUUUCCUGGCAAGGGCAACGCUGGGCACCGUUUCUUUCAUUAUGUCCCUUUCGACAACCCCUUCCCCCUUUCUCCCUCUGUCUUCCUCCUUUUUUUCUCUCUCCCUUUCCUUUCUUGGAAGGAGUAUUCUUGGGGGCCAAGUCAUCAGGCCAAACUGUAGAAAAUGUAAAUUUCUAUAUGUGAAAAAAUAAAUAAACUACAGCUAGGAAUAUAAGGACGUGGAAUCAGACCUCUGGGCCAUCUAGGUUAGUAUUGCCUAGAAUAGGGGAUGGGGACAUUUUCAGCCUUUCUCAGAACCCUUCCAAGAGCCACAUACCAGAGACAAAUGUGGACUGAGCAACAAUUGUAAUUUUUACCUUUGUACAGUAAGCUAGUUUCAGCAUACUCAAGUACUCCACUCUGUGUCUUCCACCUGGACGAGCAAGAGUAAUUAUCAGAGUUCAAAGCAGGGAUAAUGAGGGGUGUGGACCAGGGAGAGUUCCAAAUACCAGGUGGAGAGGUCUGGAGGACCACAUCUGGCCCCCAGGCCAAACAAACAAACAGGCUGUUUUCUACAAACAGGCUGCAGUUCUUCAGGGUUUCUGAGAGGGGUCUUUCCCAUCCCCAACAGGAAGUACUGAAGGCUGAACCUGGGACCUUCUGUAUGCAAAACAUUGGCUCUAUCCCUGAGCCAUGUACCUUCCCUUACUGCUGAAGCUAUUAGGAUUUGAAAGAAGAGAAGAUGUCAGCCUUCUUUUCUGGCCAAUUCACACUUGCUAAGAAACUCAAGCAUAAAGGUCAAUUUAAGGUACCAUCAACAGCAGUCGUGCAUCUCCUUCAUCCUCUCUGUGUGUCAUCUAGAGAGGAAAUAAUGUGGCAUCGUGCUGGUGUCAUCAUGUGGUGUGUUUCAUACACAUCAACUGCCCUGCAAAAAUAAGGGACAUGUUGCUUUUUCCUGUGGGAACAUGGCUGCCAUUUUGGGUACCUUGCUCUUGGGGACUGAGCUCUCACCCUGAAAAAGCACUUUUCCCAGUCCACAGUCACCUGGAAGAUGGUGUUUCAGAUUUAGGACAUGUCUUGUUGGCGGGUAUGCUGUCUCCUUAGCAGACUUUAUUACAGAGGGAGAUCUUCGUGAUAACUGUCAUAGAAGGCUGUCCACACAAUAGCAAACAUCAAUUCAUUGUGUAGUGUGAAACAGUGAAUGUAAACUUAAAGACUUUAACAAAUGAUUCGCUACAUAUUACCUUAGCACUGUCUCCCCUCCACCCUGCUCUUAUUGGGGAACCUAUCCUGAAAGAGGCAGGAUUGAGAAUUUUCUUAGGCUGCAUCUGAACUGAUCACAGGUGAAUGACUAAGGCGUAUGUAAACCAAAACGAUAUACUGCCACUUCAGAUUCCUUGGAGAGAUGUGGCUGAGAUUCUCUGCAAUCUCACUUGUUGAGAUUGGUAAUUUAAAAAGUUUAUCAGUCUUUCCUCCCUGUCAAAUGGUAAAUCGUGUUUAAGGAAGUUAAGAACAGAUACUUGUGAUUUUAAGAGGAACAUAGACCCUUCAGCCUAGGAACUGAAGACAACAUAGAUCACCCACCCUAUUUUGCCUUCACAACAGCCAUGUGAAGUUGGUUAGGAUAAAAAUCCAAGGCCUCCCUGUGAGCCUGAUGGAUAGAUGGGCAUUUGAAUCCAGGCUUCACCAGCUCAGCUUCAAAACUCCAUGUACAACUCCAUUCAAAAAGUGAAUGGAAACCCUCCUGGUCUCUUUGAGGGAGGCAAGGUUAAAGGAAUGUCAUGUACAGUAGAUAUGCUCAGGUCCUCUGUAUCUGCAAAGUAUGGGAUUAAUUACAUAAGAGAGAUGCUAUAAAAUAUCUACAAUAUCCAAAUACAUUAGAGAAUAUUUGAGAAUCCAGACCUGGCCAUUGCCCGAUUAAAUAACUAUGUGUUUAUCAACUUGCCAUUAUCCCCCUGCCCCAAACCACCACUUUCAUCUCUACCCCUUGGCAUUUUUUUCUAUGUAUUCCUGCCCCCUCCACCUUACCAUUCAUCCCAUUAUUCUGUUUCUUUCCUCUUUGGCCUAUACUUUCUCCUCCAUUUGUAUUCAGCCAGGAAAGACGGGUAUGAAGGGAGAAAACUGAAAAUCUCCAACCCAGCUGCUUGAUGCUGAUACUUGGGGAAACAAACAGUUUUAGUGGGGAUAGGGGGUGAGGGGGAAGUGCUGCUAUCUCUUCAAACUUGAGGGAUAGCCCUUAGGAAUUUGAAAUAUUCAUUUUUCAGCCUGCCAUGAGGAAUGGAUGAAGAAAGGUUCCCUAGGCUAGUAUAUAUACAUCGAUGAGCUGAGCGUAUUAGUGCAGCUGUUUCAAACCACUUUGGCAGAUGCUUGAAAAAUUAGAGCUCUUCUGAAAUGUUCAGACACUGGAGGAUUCCCUUUCCCCUUCUUAUUGAUGUAAUGCAGGCCUCCUAAACCUGAUGCUCUCCAGAUAUUUUGCACUGCAACUGCCAUCAUCCCUGACCACUGGCCAUGCUGGAUGAGGUUGUGGUCCAACCCCAGGUUGGGAAAGGCUGUCCAUGCACCCUUCGGCUUUUCUUUCAGUCUUAACACUAGCCCAACGAGUGUAUCGUACCAAUACUCUUUACAUGUUUAAAUAGUUUAGCUACAGGAUCAGAAUGCACUGAUCUGACAACACUGGAAAGAAAGUUACUGUGCUGUGCACAUGUACCAACAAUUAAAGUAAACUAAGGGCUUUUACGGGAAGUGAGCUACUGCUCAUGAUGAUUACAUGGUACCUCUAUACUCUUUACUUCACUUUGGGCAUGAACAUCCAUGCCAUCUUCAACCACAGCAAAGCAACCUUUUAAAAACAUGGGUGAUGGGCAGUGUGCAAAUUACAGGGUGGCGGUGCCCUUCUUCCCCUUUGUAAUGGCCCCCUUUAGCUAUUGGUUUAGAUCAGGGGUCAGCAAGCUUUUCCAGCCAUGGGCCGAUCCACCAUCCCUCAGACCAUGUGGGGGGCUGGACUAUAUUUUUGGGGGGGCAGGGGGAAUGAACGAAUUCCUAUGCCCCACAAAUAACCCAGAGAUGCAUUUUAAAUAAAAGGACACAUUCUACUCAUGUAAAAACACACUGUUUCCCGGACCGUCCAUGGGCUGGAUUGAGAAGGCAAUUGGGCCGCAUCCGACCCUGGGGCCUUAGGUUGCCUACCCCUGGUUUAGAGUCUAAACUUUGGAGUGCUUGGGGGAAUGAUUUCCCAUGCACACAUCCCACAUGUCUCUCUGUGGCUCUGUUCUUGGCUGAGGUAGGCAGUCUGGUCUUCAGCUCAGUCUCAUUUUGUUUACUCAUGCUAUCUAUCCAGAAAGACCCAUGUCCAGUGCUCGGAUUACAAGAGGGCCAGAGUCCGUUUGCCCUUGCCUUCUUACCUUUUGAGAUGCCUUCCCCUUAAUUACUGUUUUUAGAAAGCUGUAGGGAGCAUGAAUCAGCUAAAACUGGGAGGAGGAGGAGGAGGAGGAGGAGGAAGGGUGGAGGAGUUGGGAGACCUGCCUUUCCCCCCGCAAUUUGAGCACUGUUGAUGAGCUAUGUCAAUCAGUCAUGCAAAGGAAAGAGAUCGUAGGCAUUUAAUUAGCUGGAUAAGUGAAUUUGCUUGCUACGUGAGCACUGAUGUUCACUUGAUGUGUCUAGAACCAGGAGUGCAGUUCAUACCUGCCUGCCAGGGUGGAGACUGAGGCCAGUACGCUGCCUUCUCUGGACAUAGGAGGGCUGGAUUGAGUUUUUGCUAUAGGCUGGCAAGAAGUUGGUUUGUGAGUCAUGCUGUGGACUGUUGCUGCUCCGAAGAUGGAGAAAGUGGUGUGUAUGUUUUCCCACUAGAGAGUUGAAAGCAGUUUGAAAGAGAGAUCGCAGCUCACCAUGUGUAUUCUCAUUUCCCUUUUCUACUGGCAAACAAGUUUCUGUAAGCUACUCUUGUUUCAAAAACCUACAGAGCCUACAGUGGGAUAAAGCAGUUAGGUAUUUUUGUCGUGUUGUUAGCCACCUUGAGCAUGGUUUGAAUUAUGGAAAGGCGGCAGACAAAUAAAAUUAUGUAUGUAUGUAUGUGCUUCACAUGGGUAAGGUCCUAGGCUUAGUUUCCAACAUUUCACACUAAAAAGGGAUGAGGCAGCAGGUGUUGGUAAAGUCCUCUGCCUAAGGCCUAGCAUUCAUUGUAAGUCACAGCAGAUAGCUCUAGACUAGACAGUCAAAUAGUGUAACCUACUGUAAGACAACUUCCUGUGUAGGGGUGGGUAAAUCUGUAAAUUCUAGUUUCCCUUGGUUUUUCAUUUUUCCAAUCUUAAGUUCAGUUCUCUACAUUUCCCCAUCAGUUUGUGAUAGUUUUAAGGCCUCAUGAAAAUUCAACUGCUCUUUAGUGUGAAUUUCUCCCUAUAUAGACAUCCUUGAAUGCAGUUUUGUUCAAUCUAAACAUUUCUGCAAAGCAAUUUUAUCUUACAUUAUGUUUUUUCAUAUGCCAUUUUCGUAUGCGUUUUUCUAUGUUACUUCGCAUUGCAAAAUUCAGAGAAGAGUCCAUUUCAAAGGAUGACUGUGUAUCAGUUCACAUGUUGCUUUGGAACAUGCCAGUUAAGAAGGUUCACCUAUAAAUGCAAACUGCACCAAAUGUCUCCCCCAUCCCUAUACCUAAGUCCUUACAUCCUUAGCUUGGAGUUGCCUACGUACCUGCAAGUUCUUUUCUUCCACUCAACCCAACUCUGCCUAUAUUAUAUGUUCUUAAAUAAAUUUGACUAAUUACUAAAGGAAUCCCAAGCCUCAGAGGUCACCUACCUUGGCAGGGGUGUGUGUGUCCUGUUGCCACAUUUCCCCAUGGGAUAAACUCUCAUCUCCCAAGGAUACUUGCCAUGGCUGCCACUGUGCAGUUGUUACUGUCUGGGGACAGCGGAUAUAGUUAAUGUGCAAUUUUGCAUAGGUCCCAUCUUCACUCUACAUUUAGAGCAAUAUCAUACCACUUUAAACCAAUAUGCAUUCUCCCAAAGAAUCCUGGGAAUUAUAAUUCCCCUCACAAAGCUACAGUUCUCAGAGUGUUUUAACCAUCAGUGCCUCUUCCCAGAACCUUCUGGGAAUUGUAGUUCUGUGAGGUGAACAGCAUUUUCCUCAACUCUCAGCACCUUUACCAAGCUACAGUUCCCAGGGUUCCUGGCUGUGGUUUGAGACUGCUUUACAUUUAUAGUGCAGAGGGGGCCCUAUUAGUUUUCCUGAAAUAGCUUGUGGGCCAAGAGUGCCAAGGCACAUACAAUUAAAAUCUUUUCCCCAAAGCAUUCCUUGACAAAAAAUAAUAAUAAUGGAUUUCAUUUUAAAGUUAGAAACGAAAAUGCAUGUGCAAGUGUGGAGAUAUAACGCAAGACAUUUCUUGCUGUCAAAAUGUGCUUAGAAAUGUAUAGCAGAGGCCAGCAGGAUGUUGCGGGGGGUUGGGGAUGGGGAAAGAGGUACACAGUUUGCUGGUGUCAGGUGCCAGUAAAUGUCUGCAUUUGUUUAUACAUUAAUACUGCAUGCGAAAUCCAAGAUGGUCAGUCGCCAAAUGUUGCGCUGUGCUGUCCAACUUGGUUCUCAUUCUGAAAUCCUCUGUGCCAAAAGUGAUGUUUAUAACAUUUUAAUGUGUUGUGUAAGAAGAGAACUAGGUAGUUAAGCUGAUUGAAUAAUUAAUCUUACUGUCCUGGGCUGCAUGGAUUUAAACCGAGUGUACAUCUCAGACUAUUCAUGGAAAAGCAUUUCUUUCGAAGUAAUUGAAAUAGGCUUGGCGAAUGCUGCAGUUUAAAAUCCUCCAGAUCAGCAUUUUAAGAGCUGAUUCUGCUAAUAAACAACAUGUAAGCUGCUGAAUACCAACACCCACACUCAGGCUUCUGAAAUCCUUGGCCGUGCUUAUAUCAGAGCAAUCUUUUUUAAUAAGGAAAGAACCAGGUAUAAAACAGUGUGACUGCAAAGGAGGUACACAUUUGAAAGUGACAACUGAGCUACACUGCCUUAUCUUAUUUCUUUUUCUCCUUACCCCAUAUUUCAUUUUCCUGGCUCCUUCAAACCUUGUUCUUUUUCCAAUCUUAUCAUUUUUGAGAAUAAACAAUGUCUAUAAUGAGUUAAAUACUAAUAUGCUUUAUGUGACAUAUUAAAUUUGAUUUUUCAGCAUUUUGAUUUAUGAUUCAUACAAGUCACUGGAUAAAAACUCAGAAAACAAUUCAAAAAACACUGGAGAAAAACUCGGGAGAAAACAACUCAGAAAACAUAUAUAAGCAUAUAUGCUUAAUACAGCCAUUGAAAGACAGUCAAAAGUGGGAGGUCUUCUUAUUGCACUUCCAGAAAAUUCAGGAUCCUUCUCUGUACACUCUUUCCGCACAGUGCAUCAUAUUCUCAAAGGGCUGAACUUUUGGAGUCAAACUGAUUUUUUAAACAAAUCAUAAGAGCGUUAUCUAAACUGCAAAUCUCAGGAAAUUGAAGCAUUUCUCUCUUUGCGCCUAGGGCAGUUCCUGCUCUGAAUAGACCAUAUGCCCCUAGUGACUCUUUUUGUGAUGCACAAUUUGGGAAUUAGCCUCUACAACCUAUGGGGAUUUGGAAUUAGUGAAAGACCUUUCCCAGUGUUUCUCCAUACAUUUCUAGUGCUUUUUAUGCCACAUGGAUUAGAAUCGGGACAAAGAGUUGGGCACACUAGAAACAGCACAGGGAAUGUCAGAAUGAUAGUGACAGGCAGUCAGGGCUUAGUUAGUUUUAGACUUGCAGGUUUGGGACAAAAAAGAUCCUAACAGAGUUUCAGCCCGCCAUCUCCUCCAAUAUGGGCAUUCAUGCUCCCUGGCUCCCAUCACCUUAAUUUUUUUUUCUUUUAUAACUAUUACUUUGAAUUCUCCAACCAAGUAACCUGUGCAAAUAUACAUACAUUAGAGGGAAGUGUGCAUAGACAUACAGCAAUGCAUCAUGUUAGGGAAAAUUCCUUAUAAAAAAUGAGAAUCUGCUCUAAAAUGCUGACAAAUGUUCAUGAGGACUUCUUUAAAAAUGGAAUUUGCAAGCUGGAAAUGUGGAGAACUGAAUGUUUUGAUGAUCUGCAGUUUGAUAAACAAACUGCCUGCUGUGGGAAGUUUUUAAAAGAUUCAGAUUGUUAUUUCACAUUUGUGCAUUGAUAGUUCAGCAAUGGUAUGGGGGAAUGGAUAUGCAAACUUUAUAAUGACUCGAAAUACACAUUUCGAGGGGACGUUCUCAUCAUUUGCUCAUCCGUGCAAAAAAAAAACUUCCCCUUGCACUGUAAUAUUUUUCUAACGUCUCUCAAUUUAUAACCUUCUUUGGAGGAUCUCUCUGUCAAGUGCUUAAGAAUGUGUGACUUUCUGGCAAGGCACAUCCAUUCAACAGGCUAAUUAUAUCAAGCAUGUGCACUUUACAUUUGCAAAAGCUUUGAAAAUGUAAACUAAUUAAUGUUCCAGAAGCACAGGAAGCAAUAAAGUUUUAGUAGGGCUUAGCAUGGAAUGGAGCAGUGCAGCUUUAAUCAGUCUGUUGGACUAAGCGGGAAAUUGGCUCAGCUGAACACCCUGGUAUUGGGCUAGUUGGAGCUCAGUGUCUGAAGCAAAAACUAAUUGGAAGUCUUGGCUAUGUGCAACAGUCCUUCAUGGGUCCUUCUUACCCCAAAAAAAUAUGCCCUGGCUUUUUCAGGUGUCCAAUCAACAUGUUUAGCCUUAGGAUGUCCACAAAGUAGUAUAUUCAUAGAGCAGUGUCUCAGUACUAUACAAAUCUACUAGGAAUUGAAGUCCCAUUGAGCUAUCCCUGGCAUCUCUGGGUAAGACUGGAUAAGACCCACUGUUGUCAGUCAGUGUAGACAAUAUUGAGCUAGAUGCACCAAUAGCCUGACUAUUAUGGCAGGUUCAUGUGUUCCAAUUCCCAGAUAAAUAGAUAAAGAAUAGCACCACUCAAAACUACAAGCUUACUACUUCAGUAUAUUAUAUAAGAACAUAAAAAGGUAAAGGUAAAGGACCCCAGACAGUUAAGUCCAGUCGCAGACGACUCUGGGGUUGCGGCACUCAUCUCACUUUACAGGCCAAGGGAGCUAGUGUUUAUCUGCAGACAGUUUUUCCGGGUCAUGUGGCCAGCAUGACUAAGCCACUUCUGGUGCAACAGAACACCAAAACCAGAGCAGCACACGGAAACACCGUUUACCUUCCCGCAGGAGCGGUACCUAUUUAUCUACUUGCACUUUGGGGGGCGUGCUUUUGAACUGCUAGGUUGGCAGGAGCUGGGGCCGAGCAACGGGAGCUCACCCCAUCACAGGGAGUCAAACCACAGACCUUCUGAUCAGCAAGCCCAAGAGGCUCAGUGGUUUAGACCACAGCACCACCCGCGUUCCGAUAUAAGAACAUAGAUACUUAUUUAUUAAGGAAAAAGGCAUAUAAAUUGGGAUCGCGUCUGUGGGGUUGGGGGAGCACAGCCAGUUUAAGCUAAUGCUGAAAAUGGGUUUAUAAACUUGGCAGCCCCCCACAAGUUGGGAGCAAGGGUGGCUGCUUGUUGGCUCUCGUUGCAUGUGUAGAGGAGCAGAUUGCAUGGAACUUACAAAUUGGGCAUGUGACUGGCACAAUUUCUGAAAUCAUGGCAGCUUGGAAGAAGCUGUUUGUCUACUGCCCAUGGAGAUGCACCACCUGUACAGUGGACUCAACUCAGGGUGAAGAUGACUGUAAGUGUACUUUAUGUACUGAGCACUAGAAUGCCACUGUUUCAUACUUUGGAUUUGACAAGUACACCUGUUCUGAAGAAGGUUGACAAACAGGUAUAUGCCAGAACAUUUAUUUAUGGAACAUGAAUUGGUUCGUUAUAAGCAUUUCGAAUAUCUUCUCUAUUGUUUCCAGAUAGUUUUUAACUUUUCAAAUUUGUAUGAUUUCCACCACGCACACCCCUCAUUAGAGGAAAGUUUUAUGUGCCAGCUAAAUAUAUCCAGCCAAUGACAGCUCUUAAUUGUACAAAAGAAUUUCCCCAUGGGGCAAAUAAAUUUUCUUUCUACUUUAUUGCUUAUUGGACAUAUGGGUCUGUAGUCUACUAACCAGUGCUGCUACCAGAAGCUUGUGCAAUGGGACUUUCCCCACUUUCAUUUCUGUGCAACCCACCCCAAUGGUUCAGGGAGGUUGGAAGAACCCUGUUUCCACCACCGCCACCAAAGAACAGAGGAGGAAAAGGGAAGAUUGUUCCAUCUGUCAAGCAGAGAUUAUUUGUUUUCAUGUAGACUUAGUAACUUUGGCCUGGCUUGGUGAUGUGAUCUCGUUUCAACUGAGAAUCGCACAUACAGCACAUGCAUUUUACAGUCAGUGCAUUUCUACACAGUGGUUUGAGAUUCAUGGGAGAACAGUUUGGAGAAAUCGUGAGUCAAGAAAAGGAAUAGAGGAAAGAUUUUCUUCCUCUCUCUUAACACUAGAACUUGGGAACACCCAGUGAAGCUGAAUGUUCAGAACAGAUUCAGAACAGACAAAAUAAAGUAGUUCUUCACACAGUGCAUAGUUAAACUACGGAAUUCACCCCAAGAGCCCACUGACUUGGAUGGCUUUAAAAGAGGAUUAGACAAAUUAAUGGAGGGUAAGGUGAUCAAUGGCAACUAGACAUGAUGGUUUUGUUCUGUUUCCAGUUGCUGGUGAACACUUGUGGGGAGAGUAGUGAUGCACUCACAACCUGCUUGCAAGCUUCAUUUUGGGUCAUUUGGUUGGCAACUAUGAGAACAGGAAUGUUAGACUAAAUGGACCUUUGGCCUUAUGCUCGUAUGCCAUGAAAGAAAUCAGGGUGAGUUUGGUAUAUGGAUGGUAGUGGUGCCAUACAGUGUCUAAAACUAGCAACUCACAGGCAGUAUCUGGCUUUUGGGUGGCUACCAUCUGACCAACAAACACUGAACAAUACUGUCCUACAGUUUCAUCAUAUGCUGCCAGAAAAUUGGUGGACCUAUUGUUUCCCACAUGAGGCAUCUCAGAUUUUGUCCUAGGCCUGACCAAUGGGGGAGGAAGGGGGUGCGGUGGGUGCGGUCCACCCCAGGUGUCAUCCGUGGGGGGGUGACAUUGCUAGCCCCGCCUCCAGGUGCACAGCUAGCUCCGCCUCUGGGCCCGACUCCUGGAAUUCUUAGUAAUUCAGUCACUCACAAUCAUCACAGCUAGGAUUGCAAUGUGAUGGAUGUUUUCUUUUGCCUCUUUGGAUCUUGCUAUUUUCUGUCCUGCCAGGAUAGUUGAAUGUGUGACCCUCCCAAGCUGAAGACAGCACAUGAGCCCAGCCAGCAGAGCUCAUUAAACCGCCUGUUUUUGAUGACUGCCAGUGACUGGGCGGGGAGGGGCAGCUGUUAUCAAGCACAUGGUAGAGCGCAAGGCAUGGCUGCUGCUGAGGCAUACAGAAUUGGGCCAAGAACAUUUAACACGUGUAUGUUGUUAAUGACUUAGCAUAAUUCUCUAAGAAAUCUGUGAGAGUAGUGUUCCCCCACUUCUGUUCAAGAAAUACUAAUCCUGGGUCACAUCCACGCCAUACAAUCAAAGUGCAUGACACGUCUUCCCCAAGAAACCGAAGAACUGUCAUUUUAAAUGUGUUUUAAAUGCAUCGUGUGGUGAAGCAGAGGUCUGCAAGAACUAGUUGCAGGAGGGCAUUCCAUUGCUAGAUGGUGUGCUUCCAUCUUCAUUUGAUUGGAGUGUUUCAAAGUAGGUGGUAUGUACUUGUCAGUCAGCUUUUGCCAACUUCGCUGCUUGCUAAACGUUCUCCUGCUCUCUUCAUAAGUAUUUAUGUCCCAAAAGAAUGAGUGAGAGCUGCUGAGUGAGACAGUUGCUGAUAAAUUAUUGUGCCAAGUGCAAUUCAAAAUAGGGAGGUGCCCAAAUAAAAAACAAAUGUUUCAGCAGAUGGGAAUUUUUUCAGCUAAGGAUUCAGGGUUUUUGUUUUAACAGGGCUCCAUGGUUGGGAUCUGCUGCUAAUUCUAAUCCUGCUGUUGAACGCUGAAAAAUAUAUUUGCUACACUCAAUAACUUCUAAAGAGCUGUUUCACACAUUUCGCAAGGCAAGCCAAAUUUGCCACUGCGUACACACUCAAUGAAUCCCCGUAACGGGGUGAGCUCCCGUUGCUCGGUCCCUGCUUCUGCCAACCUAGCAGUUCGAAAGUAUGUCAAAGUGCAAGUAGAUAAAUAGGUACCGCUCCAGCAGGAAGGUAAACAGUGUUUCCAUGCGCUGCUCUGGUUUGCCAGAAGCGGCUUAGUCAUGCUGGCCACAUGACCCGGAAGCUGUAUGCCGGCUCCCUCGGCCAAUAAAGCGAGAUGAGCGCCGCAACCCCAGAGUCGGUCAUGACUGGACCUAAUGGUCAGGGGUCCCUUUACCUUUACACACUCAACAGGGAGCAUCACGCAAUCCAGUUUCCCCAAAAGUAUAAUAGACGUUUGUCACAUUCAUGUUUUACAUUUUUAGCUUUGCACUUAUGCAACUACUGCAUGACAACCCGCAGUUGCUGCUUGUUGAUUUAGAUCAGGGAUUGUGAACCUGCAGCCUUCCAAAUGCUGUUGGACUUCCAAUUCCUUCAGCCUCACCCAGCAUAAUUAUUGGCUAGGGAUGAUGGGAAUUGUAGUCCAACAAAAACGAGAGGGCAAUCCCAAGCAGGUAUGAAAAACAUAGUCAUUGAGCCCAUGAUUGGUGAGUAGACCUUAGCUGAUCACAAGUAGUCCAGGCCCAAAAAUUACAAAUAACAGGACCCAUCUGCACUAUACAAUUAAAGCAGUAUCAUACCACUAUAAAUAGUCAUGACAUCCCACAAAGAAUCUUGGGAACUGUAGUUUGUAAAGGGUGCUGAUCAUUGUUAGGAGACUCAUAUUCCUUCCAGAGAGCUACAAUUCCCUGAGUUCCCUGGAAAGAACAGGUGACUGUUGGCAACAUAGGGGAGCCAUGAUUGUUUAAUGUGGUGUGAUACUGAUUGAAAUGUAUGGUGCAGAUGGGGUCUUAGUUUAACCACCAUGUAAGCCUUGUGCGAGCAAGAUGAAUGCUCCGUAAACAUGUCACCUGGAAGAGCCCUUAGCUGUGAUUCUUUGAGAGAAGCCAUAAUGGUUUAAAGUGGUAUGAUACUGCUUAAAAUGUAUAGUGCAGAUAAUGUCUAAGACUCAAAGCAUUCCAUUUUCGGUAGUAUUUUCAACGUGACCCUGAACUUGCCCUUGACAAAUCAGAAAUGUUUGUUUCCUUAUCUCAGCAAAAGCCCUUACACUGGUACCUCGGGUUACAUAUGCUUCAGGUUACAGACACUUCAGGUUACAGACUCCGCUAACCUAGAAAUAGUACCUUGGGUUAAGAACUUUGCUUCAGGAUGAGAACAGAAAUUGCGCAGCGCCGCCGCGGUGGCAGCAGGAGGCCCCAUUAGAUAAAGUGGUGCUUCAGGUUAAGAACAGUUUCAGGUUAAGAACGGACCUCCAGAAUGAAUUAAGUACUUAACCCGAGGUACCACUUGGACCCCACUUGGAUUACGUAGGGUUUACAGAUAUCUUGAGGCCUGGUCACUAGAAAAAACCCUUUUUUUACUCAUAUAAUCCACAUUUCUUAGGUCUUUCUCACUCCAGUCUCUAUAAUGAAUUGUAUCUCAUGGUGAUAGAUGGAUAGAUAAACCAGGAUCAACCUUGACACAGAAUUUCUUGGUCAUAAUCCACCUAUUAUUUAACUCAACUCCAACAUGAUAAAUACUGAAAUCAUUCAGGUCAUUAGAGCAAAUCUGCCAACAAUUUGAGUGCUUAUCUUAUAUUGAUCCAUUACUAAGAUAAUUAGUGGUCGGCCAAAGUAUACAGACCAGACUUUUAUCAGCGGGCAAAAAAUGGAUUAAUCGGAGUGGGGGGAGGGUUGGAAUAUGAAAUCAAAGAAUCUAGGAUGGGAGUGACAAAGUGGAGAGGUUCUCCUUUUUGACCUUAAAAAAGUGUGUAGCAAUGCUCACCAAAAAUGACUAGCUGAAGUCUUAUUCAUUGCCACCUUCAUUGCAGCAUUAGUGUUCUGCAUUUGAACAUUCAAAGACUUCACAUGACCCUGUCUCAGUAAUCAGUGACAUAGUUUGCGCCUGAGCACAGUCUCAAUCAUCCCAGAAAUCCUGUUGGGAUUAAAAAGCAAUUGUCAAAUCCCUUCAAAGAGUGUUAAAAACAUAGGAAGCUGUCUGCUGCUCGGUCAGACUACAUGUGGCAAGCCCUGUAGUUUCUCUCCAGAGUCUCAGGUGCUGCUGCUGAUGCUUUUAGUUAGAAGAGUAAGAGGUUGUACAUGGAAUCUUAGUGCUUUGGCACUAAGGUGUGGUCCCUCCCCAAAUAUUAUACUAUCUCACCUGAGUUAUUGAUAGUAAUCUAAAGUUGCAAUAAUUCCUCUAGGCUUGAAUUUUCCAGGGCUUGGGGGAUAAUAAUCAUGAGUUAACUUUGGUUACACACGUUCUCCAUGCCCAACAGAGUUACAACUGAGACUGCCUUCUGACAUGGGUUUAUUGCAUUGGUUUUGCUGGUUAUAACAAUAGGGCAUCUGUCCUGGUUUCCAACAUUCAUUUUACACCACAGUAAGGUAAAGGUAAAAGUACCCCUGCCCGUACGGGCCAGUCUUGACAGACUCUAGGGUUGUGCGCCCAUCUCACUUAAGAGGCGGGGGGGCAAGCGCUGUCCGGAGACACUUCCGGGUCACGUGGCCAGCGUGACGAAGCUGCUCUGGCGAGCCAGCACCAGCGCAGCACACGGAAACGCCGUUUACCUUCCCGCUAUAAAGCGGUACCUAUUUAUCUACUUGCACUUAAGGGUGCUUUCGAACUGCUAGGUGGGCAGGAGCUGGGACCAAAAGACGGGAGCUCACCCCGCCGCGGGGAUUCGAACCGCCGACCAUGCGAUCAGCAAGCCCUAGGCACUGAGGUUUUACCCACAGCGCCACCCAUUUCCCAUAACCACAGUAGCUGUUUGCAUUAUGGACCUGUGGCUUUUUCACCUAUAUAUUGUCUCGUCGUGCUACAUUUUAAAUGACAGGAAAGAACUGUAUGCCGGAAUACUGCCUCAAAACUCCUCUGAUUUUCAAAGUUAAGAUGGGUUGCAAACAUUUUUUUUUUUCUGGAAACAACAGGGAAAUGAGAGCUAAGUUUCGACUAGGUUCCACUAGAUUUCCAGAAGUGGCCUUUUACAAAAUGUAAAAAAAUCACAUAAAACAUGAAAAUGAACAGAUAUUCCAUGAAGAUGGAAUAAAGUGACACCUAAAUGCAGCCAGAGUGCAUAUUCUGCAGAACACACAUUAUUGACCAGGUUUUAUCAUGUACAAUUAGCUUCCAGUGCCUUUGUUCCAAAAGGACCAGUUUCCAAAAGCUUAGUAAAAAAGAGGGUUCGUUUUAAUUACCAUGCAGACCACAGAUAUGCAACAGGUCUCCUCCGUACAUGCAGGAAGUCCCAGGUCCAAUCCCUUGUAUCUCCAGUUGAAUAGAUCUCAGAAACAGCAAGUAGAAAAUACCUCUGCCUUAAGUUGUGGUGUGCCUCUGCCAGUUGGAGCAAGUAAUUCUAGCUCUAGCAAAUCCAGCUCAGUACAAGGCAGCUUACUGUGUUUGCUCUGCUGCAAGCAGCUUAUUCAUUGCAUACUUGUAACACAAAGGUGAGGAACUUUUUCCAGCCAAUGGGACACAGUCCUUUGUGGGCAACCUUCUGCACCCCACAUGCUAGUAGUGGGGCAGGGCCAGGGGCAAAAGUGGGUGAAACAACUGGUGUGACUCUUUCCUUUUGUAUCAAACUAAGUAGCGCUCUGAGUACACCCACUGAAAUUGGCCACGUCCAUUAAAUUCAGUGAGUCCAAUCUGAGUCAGACUAAGACUGGAUACAAUCCUUCGAAUCUUUCUUUACAUUUAUAACAUGACUUUGCAACAUUGUCUUCUACGGGGUGUAAAACUGGUGCUGCAGGAUACAAGGACUGCGAAAAAUUCAUGUUAUCCUAUUUCUUGUAGUACUUCUAAAUUUUUUAAAAAAUAUAUGAUCUUGCCUUGUUUUUGCCACACUCUAGGAAAAUAUGUAGGAACACAUUAAUCAGUUGGACCUCAAGAAACAGCUGUCUUUUAGAGCAGGGGGAUUUUGUGAAGAAAGAUGUUCCAUCACCCACUUCCCUACUGAAUUCCAUGAAACUGUAGAAGUUAUUUUUCCCAGCUCCCCCCUUCCCCCACCCCCCGCUGCUGAAGAGGAAGUUGCCAGGAGAGCUUGUCAUAAUCCUGUGCUGGGUAGUGUGGCCCCACACACUGUGACUCCUAUCAUCAUAAAUUUCUCCUUCCCCUUCCCCGCUUAGACACACACACAAAAUCUAUUGCAUUAGAGUUAACCUUUUCAGUUGAUGUAGUACCUGGCAGCUCACAUAACUCUGACAGAUAGAGAAGGUGUCAAAUGCUCAAAAGCACUUGAGAGCAGAGGCACUUUAAUCUGUCAGCGGGUGAUCAUUAUGCUUAUGGUGUGUGACAUACUUGUGAUCACAGCUCUUGCUUUAGAGCUAGUUGUCUGGCCUGUGGACAGCCAUUUAUAAUUGGUGCAGGGAGCUCAAAAUAUUGUUUUGCAACAAGCAGAACCUGUAGCUCAAGUUCAAGAUCCAAUGCAGAGAUUUUUUUGUCCUUGGAUACCCAUACUGAAAAAUCUUUCCCCAAAUUAUUGAUAGAGUCAACCAAGUUUUACUCUGAGUAGACCCAACUUACCAUAAAUUAAUGGCCCUAAUUCAGUCGUGUUCGUUAAUUUCAGUAGGUCUACUCUGAGCAAGACUUAGUUGAAUACCUCCCAAUAAUUGCAAAUGAGAAGUUGGGAGGAAUUCAACAUUGCUUGGAUGGAACUGAUUGUUCCAUCAGUGGAAGCAUUCUUGCUUGCCAGACAGAACAAUAUCCCUUCUCCUCUCCAUCCCUUGCACUAUUCUGGGAGUUCUCCUGCCCCUACCAAGCUGUUGGGGGGGCAUGUGUGGGGAGGGGAGGAGAGAAUGUCUCAUUGUGCUAGUGGCUCCCACUAGCACAUCUAUUUAGUUUGGCCCAAUGUGUUUUGACCAUAGCUGAGCUUCACCUCUGACUUACAUUUAGUUCUUAAAAUUACAUUGCUAUUGACAGAGUUCGGCACAAGUAAAAUGAUCACCUUUAUUGACCAACUCUUGAAUUCCUAAGUUGUCCUUCAACUACAAACAUGCAACUGACGUGUCAUGUCUCAUGCAUAGUCCUUCUUCAUGCAGACUGCAAUGUGUAGGUGUCCAGGGGUGGGGACCACCAGAUGUAAUCGUGUACCCAGUCUCAAGAGUGAGUCUUGGCAUUCAGUUCUACAGCCGGCUUCUGUGUGCAAAAGUUGAUGGAGCUGGGAACUGCCGCUUAUAUCCCAGGUAAAAAAUUAUUUUUUUAAAAAAAAAACCAAAGCAUUUAUAUCCCACUGUUGGACUCAAAAGAUCUCCUGCUGCUGCUGAAAUUGGACUUGAAUGGAAUAGGCUGUGGUAUUUGCUUGGCUGGGAAAGGUGUGAGUGUCCACAUCCAUUUCUCCAGUUUGCAAAUGUACCCACAGGCUGAAAAACAUUGGUGACUCCCAACUUUGGUGAAUUUUACUGAGCUGAAUGGCUCAGCAUGCAUAUCGUCCCAUUUUGAAGAGGUGACUUUUUAUUGUAGCUGCCUUCUCUUUCUAAGAUCUCCAGCUCCUGCUCUUCAUUCCCUCUUCACUCAAUAUGGUUCCUUCUUUGAAACAACCACAUGCAGCUGCAGUGGCCCUUUCAUUUCAACAGCACAUGCACACAUUCCAAGCAAGGCACCUGGCAAUGGAAAAAGAAACAAGGAAGGUUUUAAAACUGGAUAGUUAAGAGUAUCAGAUUUUGUGGAUGUGUAUAAAUAAGUUUAAAAUAAUGGAACCAGGAGGGAGAGUUGGAGGGAAGUCACUUAAGGUGUAUGAUUUUGAUUGUGAUGUUUGGUUUUGGUUUUUUGUUAUUAUAAAAUUAAUAAAUUGUAUCUUUAAAAAAGGAAAAAAGAAACAAGGGAGUGAUAGGAUUGGUCUACAAGAAAACAGUAGCAACGUUUAUUGAAAUGCCUUUAAAAAUAUGUCCCUGGUGCAUCUUCCUUCAAACAGCAGUGCAGGCGAUUCAGCUCCUCUUGAAAAAGUUGUAUGGGUUGACUUUGGCAUGCAUAAAUAAAAUGGCCCAUGAAUUCUCCAGUUCUCCCUUAAACAAAUCCACAAAUUAAAAUAACACACAGUUUAUGUUAACAUGUAUUAGUCUAAUUAUUGUUCCUAUAUGUGCAGGUUGAUUUCAGGUUAAGAUAUAGAUAUUGCAAGGGCAAGUAUGGUUGGCAACAACCCAUGGCCCUCCAAUAUUCUCCAUGGGGACUUUGUCCCCUGCUUUGAGUAAGACUGUAAUAACUUCACUAUCAGGAUUUGACACGUUGCAGCCAGGUAAAAGGGGAAGGUGUGAAGCUGGGCAGGUGUGUGUCUAGAGAGUGAGGGUGGCCUUUAGGGGGACUCCUGGGGGCCAGAUAGGCCACAGGGAUUGGAAGGCUAUAGGGAGUUCCCACCCUAUUUUACAACUUGCUUUCCGCCCUCCCUCAUAUUUUAAAUUUCAGCUUUAAUAAUCAAUAGGGGGAAUCACUGGAUUCCCUUUAUUCACAACAUUCCAGCUAUAAUCUUUGGAAACAUCUUAUUGGACUUAAAAAGUGAAUGGGGGGGCAUAUCCUGGGUUCAAACACCUCCCACACGCACACCAAACUUUUUUAUAUUAUCUUUGUCUCCACACCUGAGGGAGGGAGAGGAGGUCCAAGCAGCUCUUUCGGAGUGUGCUAGAUGAAACGGAAUGUACUAAUCAUUACACCGCUCACUAAAAUUAAUAGGCUACAUGGCUUUGACUCAGAUGUGGAGGCAUUUCUGAUAAAUAAAGUUAUACUGAUGCUUCUUUGGUGUUGCAGCAGUUCAAAGCGGCUAGGAAGCUUUGGUUACAUUUAACCUCCUUGUAGUUCUUUGAACUUGUACCUCAAUGAGGGGGAAAGAUGAGAAAAGGGUUUUCCUGAAAUUCUAAGCACAUCAAAGGCUUAAGAAACCAAACACGUUGGACAGAUGCUUUUGUCGACCUGGCGAAUAUCUCCUCUUCCCAUCUUCCGCAGCACAAUCGUUCCCGUUUCCUACCAAUAAGAAGGGGGGAGUGCUAGCACAACGCCAGGAUAAUAAUACAGGGCCUCAGUCAAUAUCCAUCGUGGCAUCUGCCAGUUCAAGUGACGAUGCCCCACAGAAACCUGCUGAAACAAUGGUGAGAAGAGGAGGUUGUGGCUGAACUUUACCUCCGUGUGACAGUGCUGGCCCUCUGUUCCGCAGCUUCAGCAUCUUGCACUCUCCUUUCCUGUCUCUGCAGCCCUAGAGCAAAACAACAUGAUCAGAGAGGCAUAUGGAAUGUGUUUUAAGCUUCUGGCCAAAGCUGGAGGGUGGGCGGGCUGGGGGGGGGAGAGAGAGAGAGAGGAAUUUGUUAUUUCUGGGAAACGGGGCUUUGGCUCACCUCAUUUCAAGGAACAGGUGCAUCAGUUGAUCUGUGUCCGGUAGACUUUGGCCAUUUCCUUAGACUACAGAAACAUGGAUACUUUUGCUUUUCUUUUUCAUGCGGCAACUUAUCCGACGAGCAAUGUAUAAAGUGGUCCUCAACCCACCCACCCCACCCCAACAAAACUUACUGCUUGUGAUUUGGUAGUUUCUGAAUGCAGGAAUUGAGCCCAAUACAGGAUUUAACAUGGGCAGAGGGAGAGCUUAUAUAUAGCAAUUCUUUGUUUGUUUCUCAUGCUAAACCCUGCGUUGUCACUGCAAGGACCUUUUGACAAAACUCUGACAAAACAGGCAUUCCCAAAGGAUUGUGUGGGUGCAUCCAAUGAUCUCAUAGGAGAAAUGAAGUUGGAACAGCACAAUGACAUCACAUUAUUGGCACUCUUCCAAGUUAAGAGGAUGCAUAGCUUGUAUGUUUUGGUGUGCAACAGAACACCAGCCAAAGAAGUAUACCGUAUUUUUUGCUCUAUAAGACUCAAUUUUUCCCUCCUAAAAAGUAAGGGGAAAUGUGUGUGCAUCUUAUGAAGUGAAUGCAGGCUGCGCAGCUAUCCCAGAAGCCAGAACAGCAAGAGGGAUUGCUGCUUUCACUGCGUAGCGAUCCCUCUUGCUGUUCUGGCUUCUGAGAUUCAGAAUAUAUUUUUUCUUGUUUUCCUCCUCCAAAAACUAGAUGCGUCUUGUGGUCUGGUGCGUCUUAUAGAGCGAAAAAUAUAGUAUAUAGUUUCUGAUGCUUGUGAGUUGUCUUGGUGAAACUAUUUGGGAGUUAAACAUUUUGAUAUCUAUGAUGAAAUAUGUUGUGAUUUUAAUCGUAACAUCCAAGAUUAAGUUUGAGGCUUUUUCACUUAGAGAAAUGGUGAGCAAAUGGGGAACAUGGAAUGGGUGUGUAAACUUUUGCAGGGUGUGGUGAAAAGUGUGUAGAAAGAAGUUUCUCUCUUUCAGGAUACUAGAAUUAGCUCAUCCGAUGAAGCUGAGUGUUAGAAGAACAAGGGGACUUGUUUCUCCACACAGUGCCUAGUUAAACUAUGCAAGAUGUGGCGAAUGCCAUCAAUUUAGAUGGCUUUAAAAAAGGAUCAGACAAACUCACAGAGGGUAAAGCUAUCGCUGGUCAUCAGCCAUUAUAUUUAUGUACAUAAGUACUUAAAUACUUAACUAUGGAAUUGUAGAGUUUUCAGGACACACCCCCCCCAAGACAGCUAACAAAAGAAAAGGAUUUUCAGAUAUUCAUAGUAGGAUAAAUAUGCUUCAAAUUAAUAGCAGAAACAUUGUGUUUCCAAAUGAUUCCCAUUACAUUUCACUUGCAAUGGUCCAGACCCCUCAGUUACGUAUCUUCCUUCCCCACAUCCACUUGUGAUGCAUGCUUCUGUGUCCGUCCACCAAAGUUGUUCCGAACCCUUAUAUUAUACCUUCCCCUUUUGGCUCCAGCCCCCACCUCAGAUGGACCCGUGCCCCUGUCUGUGGAUUUAUUUUUUGUUCUAACGCUGAAAAGAUUUUGGAAUUUGAACAUCAUGGUUAGACCGUCAGGCAUGGUUUAGACCAUCUUGGCUUCAUCUCCAAAGCCCUUCACAUCCGCGUGACAGGCAGAAAUUGAGCAGGUCAUGGAACUGGAUCCAAGCGCAGUGGAAGAAGGGCUGCUUCUUAUUCUCCCUCUGGCAGCCUCAGCAUUACUGAGCUGGUAGCUAGCAGGACAGGGAGCUUUCUGAUGGAACUGUCUUCAGGCAUGAUGAUAAAGGGAUAUCUGCUUGCUGGUGCUUCUUGCUCUGAUGCUCCCCAGGAAUGGCUAUAUGCUACAUUCAGGAUCAAAGGCAUCGUGCCUCUGAAUACCAUGGGCUUCCAAUGAGCACACUGGAGAGCUAGUGUGGUGUAGUGGUUAAGAGUGGUAGACUCGUAAUCUGGUGAACCGGGUUCGCGUCCCCACUCCUCCACACGCAGCUGCUGGGUGACCUUGGGCUAGUCACACUUCUUUGUGUCUCUCAGCCCCACUCACCUCACAGAGUGUUUGUUGUGGAGGAGGAAGGGAAAGGAGAUUGUUAGCCACUUUGAGACUCCUUCGGGUAGUGAUAAAGUGGGAUAUCAAAUCCAAACUCUUCUUCUUCUCCUAUGUGAGGAGUAAGACACUGGACCAAAUAGGUCUUUAGUUUCAUCCAGCAGAGUUUUAAUCAUGUGUUUUUAAGUUUGAUCCUAUGGGGAAAUCAGGGGUUUUUUUCUCAUUUGCUUGUGUAAAUGCAUUUAAACGCUUUAUAUGUGGUGCUGAGCAUUUACCAGGAAUGGAAUUUUCUGAAAGCCUCAUGUCAGGCUUCCUCAUAUAUAUUUUCUAAUUUCUGACUACAGUCCUAAGCAAAUUUACCACCCCCCAACCCCUGAUUGUACUACUUUUUUGGAACAAGUCUCCCAUUUUAUGUUCAUUAUUACACAUACAAUAUUAUAUGCAUAUAUUUAACUCCAGGGCUGGAUCUAGACACGUCAAAGAAACAUUUCAGUUUAAAGGGUAAAUGUAAACAGGGAAAACAGGCAGAGAAAAACAGGGCUCCAUGUCACCAUCUGGUGGCACAAUGUUAUAUUGCAUAUACAAUGCAUAUAAAUCGCUUUUUCUUAACCAGUCUAGCUGAGUCCCAGGUUUCCUAAGUAACUAAUACAUAAGCAGAAACACAAAACAGUGUGUGUAAGUGUGUGUAACUCUGUUUUAUUAGCGUGAUCUGGCUUUAAAAAAGAACGAAUGAACAUCCUCCCGCUUUUUAUUGCACUUCCAGUUGCCUCAUAACAUGGAAUCACAUUAUAAAUAUGUGAGUUGCAUUCUACAGUAUGAAUGGGUGUGGGAGUCAUAAAGCCACGGUAAAGGCUUGUAAUAUUGCAGGGUGCCCCCUGACCUCGGCUGACCAGCACUCUGAGCUUUACAAUGUAUUGGAAUGUAAUGCAGUUGUGUUUCCUCUGGGCAGUGUUGCCCUAUAUGGUGAAGGGGGCAAUAAAAGCCUUGACCGGAUGAGGUAACGUGAGACACUGGAAAACAGCCAUGCGGCUGGAGAGGGACAAAGGAAUAAAGAAACUGCAGGAGGAGAGGGAGGAGGAAAGGGAUUAAAAAGUGACCGGAGGAGAGGAAGGUCCGAAGGGAGCUGCUCCUACCAUCAUGAAAAUAUUGCUGGCUCUCUGUGUCAUAAUUUUACGCUAAACUUCGCCACUUUGUCACGGCUGGCUCCGACAAGUGGUGCCCCGUGUGAGGCUGAAUAAAAGAAUACAUCUGAGGACUAAGAAGAGGCAACUUAAAGAAAACAGUCUGAGGCAGACUGAGGCUUUUAAAAGGAAACCGUGUGAGGUUUAUCGAUCCUAGCAAAGGAUAUCAUCGGCUCACCACGCCCGGCAAGGGUUGCAAGCGCUAAUCAUCUUAAAAAGAUCCCGGUGAGUUCCGAUCCCUUAUUUAUAUUGAUUUUAGAAAAAUGGGCAGCUCUUUGUCUGCUCCCCAACAGAAGUUUUUAAAAGACUUAAAAUUUCUCCUCUCCUCCAACAAAUUGGAAGUUCCGGAUGGUGAUUUAAUCCAGCUCAUUCUGACUAUUGGAGAGCAUUCCCCCUGGUUUCCUGCAGAUGGGACUUGGGAAUUGAAACAUUGGGACAAGAUCGGGGAACAUUUUCAUGGGCACCCCAGAAUAGGUGUUCGGAUUUUAAAUGCAUGGUGCAAGGUUCGUUACGCCAUGGGCUCUUUAUCACCAAAAAAUAUCUCCAUGGCUGCAUUGCCCACACCACCUUCAGCUUCUUUAAUUCAGCCUGCUGUGUUAGAGACUGUUCCAAUACUUGCUUUGCCAGACCCCAAACCUCCAGACCCCAAACCUCCGGACUACAGUUCCUCACCUGAGGACCCAAUCCUGCAAAAAUACCAUGGUCUGGCUGGCAAUGAUCCUAAUCUUUCAGUGGCAGAACCAGCUACUCCUUUUCAACGUGCAGUCCUUGCCUCUUCCUUAAUUCAGGAUACUAUGGCAUUCCCUGUUAUUGUGCCCCCUGCUGGUGCCCCAGCAGGCACCCAAGCCCAACACCAACCUUUUGACUUUAAGAUUCUGAGAGAGCUGCAACAGUCAGUAAAGGCCAAUGGACUCCAAGCCCCAUAUACGCAGGCGCUUUUAGAAGCCACAUUAGCCCUGCUAUUGGUUCCAGAGGACAUCAAGCUUUUGGCCCAUACAGUGUUGCCCCCAUCAGCUGGUGUUUUGUUUGCCCACGAAUGGGAAACUGCCUGCCGUGCUUAUGCUCCAGCCUUGUUACAACAAGUCAGAGGAAAUAAUCCAAAUGUUACCCUCGCAGACGUCUUAGAUGCCAUGUUGGGGCGUGGUCCCUUCGCUCAAGCUUCAGUGCAAGCCACACUGCUGCAAAUCUUAUUGAGGGACACUGCUCUUGCUGCUAAACAAGCAAUGAGAAAAAUCCCAGAACCCAGUAUUCAAUCAAGGUGGGGUUCAAUCAGGCAAGAGGCAAGAGAAUCAUAUUCUUCCUUUAUGGACAGGCUGCUUACAGCAGUGAGUCGCCAAAUUGAAAAUCCUGAAGCCAAACAAAUAAUUAUCAAACAAUUGGCCUUUGAAAAUGCCAAUGAGGAUUGUAAACUUGCAUUGCGACCGAUAAUACACAAUCCUGCCACAGACACAGCAGCCAUGCUUCGCAUUUGUCAGUCUGUAGUUACAGCCACCCACAAGGCUUAUCUGCUGGCAACAGCGCUAAAUGAAAACCAGCCUGUAGCCACCGAUGCAACUUGUUUCCAGUGUGGCAAACCAGGAUCACCGAUACCCCAGUGGGGGUAGAACAGUGGCCUCUACCAAAAGAAAAAUCCGCAGCAGCGGCACCAGCUAUCUCUGAACAGCUUAUUUCUGAACAAUUGACUUUCGACCACAUUGAACCAUCUUCAUCCCACUGGCUCCAGCAGACAGGGAACAGUUUGCUUUACAUUGCCAGUAUAUAACAAUUCGCAGCCCACCCAGCGAUAUCAGUGGGUUGUCCUGCCUCAAGGCAUGCGGAACUCCCCUACACUUUGUCAACAUUUUGUGGGUGAAGCAUUGAAACCUUCCUGCAUGCGCCACCUAGAGGUGCUGCACAUGAACUGCAUCUGGCAGUGUUGCCUUCCUAACCAUUUGCCUUGCCAUCCUUUGCUGCACCGUUAUACAAGGAAGAGAAGCAGACGACCAGUCCAGUUGAAACCACCAUAUUUCACCUCAUCGGCUGGCAAGCAGCUGUCGCCAGCUUCCUACUCUGGCUGGCAGUAUCCACGGCUCAGCCACUUUCGAACUAGAAGAACAGCGUUGUUGAAUAAGACUUUUAGGGGAGAAAAUUAUCAUAAGAUAUGGAGGGAUGAUAUUUUUGUACAAGAUAUGAUUAUGUUUGCCAGUUUAUUGCAUGCUUCUAAAUGUUGGGUGUGUAUGCCAGUCAUUCAGGCAUAAUGCUUCAUGGUGUGCCUGUCAAUGGAUCUUUUCAAUUUACUAAUAUUAUAUCCCCUAAGCCUCCAGUACAAUUGACCCUCCAUGAGCCUCCCCCCAUUUAUUUUCAAAUUAAGGAGGGGAAAGAAUCAUGGGGCAUAUAUCCAAACUGUCAAUAUACAUUGAAAUUCACUUUUAAUAGCUCUUGUUCUCUUACAGGAACAUACAGUGACCAAUCUCAGUGCUAUAGGAGUGACACCAGUGCAUGGCUAAUAAACUAAAAGGAAGCCUACCAUGCAGCUUGGAAUCAGAAUUCUUAUAUUCUUGGCUUCCGGACGGAAGUUGGCUUCGACAUUUAUUGAUUUUAGUGAUCAUUAUAGUAGUUAUUGAUUUUAGUGAUCAUUAUAGUAGUUAUUUGCAUUAUUUUGUGUUGCUGUAUCCAAUGUAUUCUUUCUAUAAUCUCUAUAUGUACUGCAUGGUUCUCCAGUCCGCGGCCCGCUUCCGGUGUCAAAGAGUCGCUUAUCGUGUAUUGACUCUGAUAUAAAGUAAAGAAAGAGGGAAUGUGGGAGUCAUAAAGCCACGGUAAAGGCUUGUAAUAUUGCAGGGUGCCCCCCUGACCUCGGCUGACCAGCACUCUGAGCUUUACAAUGUAUUGGAAUGUAAUGCAGUUGUGUUUCCUCUGGGCAGUGUUGCCCUAUAUGGUGAAGGGGGCAAUAAAAGCCUUGACCGGAUGAGGUAACGUGAGACACUGGAAAACAGCCAUGCGGCUGGAGAGGGACAAAGGAAUAAAGAAACUGCAGGAGGAGAGGGAGGAAAGAGGAGCUGCUCCUACCAUCAUGAAAAUAUUGCUGGCUCUCUGUGUCAUAAUUUUACGCUAAACUUCGCCACUUUGUCACGGCUGGCUCCGACAAAUGGGAACCAGUUGUGGUGAUUGUAUUUGCAAGAUAUACCAGUACAGUGCUGACUUGCAGGUUGGAGAGUCGUCAGUGUGGAUCUGACCUUGAUUUAAAGAACAGGACUGUAUGGCACAUCCCUAUUCAAAAGUAGAAAUCCUUGCUUUUAUUCACCAAGAGGCUCUACUGAAAUUGACCAUUUGCACUGAAAGUAUCUGUCUGAGGCAUGUCUGUGGGAACAAUGAGGCGACUGAAAAAUUACUUUCUUUUGGAAUUGCUCAUCUGUAGAAUAUAAUACUGUCUUCUCCCUGUUGCCAAACUUCCACACACGGGCAGUUCAUAAAUAACUUUUACAAGUACCAUCCAAAAUACCUCUUAUUUUCUGCAAGCAGGGCCUCAAUUGCCCUCUUCCAGAGGAGAGAAGCCAGGAGGACCAUGAGGUUCUUUUUAUGUGGAAACUAAUAUAAAAUGCAUAAGUACUGGGGGAUGAACACAGUGCUGUCAAAUCCAGGCAGUUAAAAACUCAAGAGUCUCUCCCUUUUGAAUUGUAAACUUUCCAAGACCAGGGUACGUAAGGGCAUCCAGUCUCUGAAAAGAACUGCUGCUUGAUGGCUACUUUAAAAUGUCACCAUUGUGUCAGCUGUGUGAAGAGCACUGGGUUUAGAUUAAAACAAAGGGUGGUAUUCAACUAGGUUUUACUCAAAGCAGACUCAUGGAAAUUAAUGGACCUAGCUAAGGUCCCAUCUGCACCGUACAUUUAAAGCCGUAGGUAUCAGACUGCUCUAAGCAGUUGCGAUUUCCCACAAAGGAUCCUAUCCCCCUCACAGAGUGGCAAUGCCCAGACUUCCCUGGGAAGAAGGGUUGAUUAUUAAACCACUCUGGGAAUUGUAGCCUCUCCUUCUGGCCCUUUGGGGCUCUCGCCAGGCCACACCCCUUUAAUGGUGCCUUUGUUGACUCAUUCCUUGCACUCUGAUCACGCUUCUUGCUUGUCUCAAUGGGGAGGACAGAAAGCGGUGUGUGAGUGCAUGUCAAAAGUGGCCUACUGUACAAAGCUUCAUGUGCACACUACCCCUAAGUGCACAGGGCCCUUUCAUGCUGUUGCCAAAUGGAUGGCCAGAAGCAGCCACAGGCAUCACUGGCAGGAUCCAUGCAUCCCUCUCACACAUAUUUUCAACCUGUGCAAACUCCCCUCUAGGAAUGUGAAAAGAAGAUUUCAAAAUAUCCCAGUUCACACACCAUGGCUUAACAGGAAUGAGCGAACGUGGCGGUUAUGCAGAGCGAAGAUCACAGGUGCCGCACUCCUCACACGGUCAUGCUGCUGUCACAGUACCCCAAGCUAUUCCAUGGUUUUGGCUUAGCAUUAUGUCAGAAGAACCCAGACUCGUGGUUUUUCUCCCACAGACAAACCAGGAGCGGUAAACCAGCAACAAACCUUGGCUACAGCUUGUGGGGUUUUUCUGGAGCAAGACAAACCAUGAGCCUGGGUUCAGAUGUGACACAAAGCCAACUCAUGACUCAGCCACAGGUGGUACAGCAGCAGCAGGAGGACCAAAGAGAUAUUAGCCACAAUCACAAUCCUAUGCUCCAGAAACCUGCAUGUUCCUUGUUAAGACUAAACCAAGGUUUGGCUUACCCUAAUAUGUGAACCAGGUCAAGUAUAAUUUUAUCAACUUUUGUAAUUCUAUAAACCUAAGCCGUUUUUUCUUCCAAUUCUUUUUUUCCCACCACCACAGAUUGGUUACGCCACUCCACUUUCACUGAUUUUUUAUGACUGCAAUCUUUUUAUCUUUUUUAAUGCCCUUCUGUUCAAGAACUACUCAUAACUGCAUCCCCCCAUGAGCAUUUCAUUCUCAUGCCCCCACCCCCACACUUUUGGGAUUUCCUUAUCUUGCUUUAACAAAAAGAAAGAAAUGAAGAAUGUCAGCUUUGCUUUACUCUCCUAUAAUAAAAGUUCACAGCCUUUAAUCAUUACCAGCAAUAUUAGUGGCACACCAGUGUUUACAUCCUAAAUAUGCUUCUAAUUUUCCCAGUCAAAGGCAAGUUGUUGGUGAUAUCUUAAUGUUUUGUUCGUUUUAGGCAGUUAAUGCCAAACUUCAAGGUUAUGAUCUUGAACUGAAUAUUUCCCAGAUGUGUGGUAAAGUGAAAGGUGGCACACCUAACAGAACCUGACUUCCUAUCCAUGUUAGUCUAACUUAGGUGAAUUUUAAGUCAGGCUUAAUUAAAGAAUGAGCCCCGACAAGCUUUCACCUUUGCAAUGGCUUGAGAUGAAAGGUUCAAGAUUGUGUGCAUGGUAACAUAAUCCACAUGUAGGAACCAGCUGUCACAGUCUGCAUAGUUUAUAGCGCCCCCUUAACCAGUCUCUUGUCCAAGCUAAGUUGUCUUGGGAGAGCUAAACUAUGCACAUAUAUUAUUGGAUUCAGGGCCUUUCCUUCCUCUUGCUAAAGUGGCUUGCAAAGACCCUAUUAACUUCCGUGAUCUGUGUGAUUCUGGAAUAUGCUCAGCAUCUUUCAAUAAAUGUCCAAAUGACCCAGUCCUAAUCAAGCUUACCUAGAAGUAAAUCCCACUGAACUCAGAGGGCCAGCCGGAACCCAGUCAAUUCUGAACAAUAGCUAUUGCUGGGAAAAGUAACUAAAAAUUUAAGGUAUAUAGUAGAGGACAAACAAAAGGCUUGUUUUCGACUGCAUGGCAAAGAUUUAUGAAUGAGGACAAUUUUGCUUGCAGUAAACAAGUUUCCUGUGCAUGUAAUAUUUAUUCAAUUUAUAUCCUGCUCUUGCUCCUGAAGGAGCCCAGGGCAGCAAAUACGUCAGUGCAACUUUUUAAAAAGCAUUCUAAAAACAAUUUCAAAUAUUUUCUCAUCUGAUGUUUCCAGGGUUGCCGGGAACUGUAUUUUUCAGCCAUCAAUAGCCUGAGUAAACAGGAAUGCUUUGAUUUUCCUCCUGAAAGUCAGUAAUGUGGGAGACAGAAACAUUUCACCAAAAAGAGAGUUCCAUAAAUGGGGAGCCAUCACUGAAAAGGACCUGUCACAGGUCAGUGCCCACCAGGCACCCACCCCCCAUUAAUAUUUAUUUAAAAUCACUUUUUUACCACCUUUCACCAGAAUGGCAGAAACACUAUGAAACCACACAUAUAGAAAUGUUUUUAAAGUUUGAAAUUAGAAGCCUGGUUCACUGUGUGCAGUUGGACUUUAUCAGUUCUGUUCCAACAACUUCUGCAAAGCCUCCUAGCAUACAGCAGGCUAAAAACCUAAAUAAGUAAACAAAACUUGAGUUUGGAACUGAAAAUGUCCCCGUGGCAUUAGCCAGGGACUUUCAGCAGAAAACAUAUUGUUCACCCUAAAUUUGCUGGAGAGCCAAAUACGUUCUGUACAAAUCAUAUUCUCCAAAUCAUAGUGUUGACAUAAUAGGGAUCUUGAGCUGAAAUGGAUUUAAAGUGACUUGGGGUGAAACCACUCACUUCUGUAUCCAAGAAGAUAAUGUUUACUCUGAAGUAUUCAAUGGAGAUAUUUUGACUCAGAGAUUCCAGUAUGGCAGUGUCCCAUCAUAGUUGAUAAUGAACAAAAGAAGAAAUCUUCUGGAUCAGGCUCAAAGCCCAUCUGGUCCAGCAUCCUGUUCUCUCGUUGCCGACCAGAUGCCAAUGGGAAACCCUCAAGGCAGGACCCAGUCUCUUCUCCUGCAGUUUUCAGCAACUGGUAUUCAGAAGCAUUACUGCUUCUGACUGCUGAAAGAAAAGCAGACUUGGGGGAGAGCUACAUUUGGUAAAGAGACGCGGGUGGCGCUGUGGGUUAAACCACAGAGCCUAGGACUUGCCGAUCAGAAUGUCGGCGGUUCGAAUCCCCGCGGCAGGGUGAGCUCCCAUUGCUCGGUCCCUGCUCCUGCCAACCUAGCAGUUCGAGAGCACAUCAAAGUGCAAGUAGAUAAAUAGGUACUGCUCCGGCGGGAAGGUAAACAGCGUUUCCGUGCGCUGCUCUGGUUUCACCAGAAGCGGCUUUGUCAUGCUGGCCACAUGACCCGGAAGCUCCCUCGACCAAUAAAGCGAGAUGAGCGCCGCAACCCCAGAGUCGGUCAUGACUGGACCUAAUGGUCAGGGGUCCCUUUACCUUUACCUUUUACAUUUGGUAAAGCACAUUGGAUUACACUUUUUCACUGAGGCUAAGCUAAAUUAAGUUCAUGCUUAAGUUCUAUGAUACUCAAAGUAAGCGUGGAUAGAACUGGGCUUUGUUUUCCAUGUAAAUGCUUGAAAUCUGUGUGAAAAGGUUCUGUAUUAGGAAGAGGGUCUUCACCUUACUUCUGAAAGGAGGAAGUAGAAUUAUUGUGGCUAGCCGAGACAUGGGGCAACAGGCUUGCGCAAUCAGACCAUGAGGUCCGCUGCGCAGAACGCAAUGACUGCCUAUCAUCUGAGGCUAUUGGAAAGCAAGCUGGUGAAGCGAUACAGAAGUAGACUGGCGCAUAAUGAGAUCUGGAGGGGGCACAAAACAAUUGUGCUCUUCAGACAGGCCUUCCAGAUUUCCCAGCAAGACUUGAAACUUUGCCGUCCUGCUUUCGGUUCUGGUUUUUUUGUUUUGUUUUGUUUUAAUGAGGUGUUGAAAGAAUGUUUAGGGAAAUGGUACUUAUUGUUAUUACAUCAGAGUGAAUGUUAAAGCAUUUGCUCCGGGGAGACAAGCCGCAUGAUCCAGACAAGCGGUUGGGUAUAAAAGAUGAAAAUACUGAGAAAGACAUAUGUCAGGUGCAUGCAGUAUAGUGCGCAAUUGUUUACAUAUGUGUCCGAGAGUCAGCGGUCUUGGGUUGUUUUUAUUACAAUUGCAUAGGGAGCGUGGAAAGGCACCUUGUUAACCAAAGUGUAGCAACGAGCAGUUUUUUUGAACCACAGCAAGUUGCCUUUGGGGUGCAGAGAUCUCAUCAAAGGUGAAGAGGAAGUCAAUAAAAACUACAGCCAAGUCCACUAUGUCUCCAUGACCCGUAGAAAUUCAUUAUGCUCUUAUUCUGAUUGAGAUAAAGGAUAUUUACUUUAUUGGAAGGCGUGUCCUGUCCGAAUAAAGGCAGCUGCCUUAUACUGAGUCACAGCAUUGGUGCAUCUAACUCAGUGUUGUCUGCAGUGACAGGCAGAGACUUUCCAGGAUUUCAGAAAUGGUUCUCUUGCAGGCCUACCUGGAGAUUCUGGGACAUUCGGCCAACAAAGCAGAAGCUCUGCCACUAUCAUGGACCAUGCUGAGGAGGGCUGCAGUGAGGAGGAAUGGUGGGAGCCUCCCCCUGCUCCUGAUCAGGAUCCUGAAUCUUCCCAGGAGCUGGAGGACAGUAUAGAUUUGGAACAGCGGUUUGCAGAGGGACAUAGUUCAGAAGGCAGAAGCUGGGAAAUACUGGAUGGGGAACAGCUAGGAGAAGCACUGGGAGAGAGAGGGUUAACACUGUCUCUGGAAAGCGUUCAUCCGCUCAGCCCAAGGUCAAAGAGCAGCUAAGGUGGCAGCACAGAAAGCACAGUGGUUACGAGAUCAGGUUACAAGACGCGGUAGUGACGUGGGUGACUAGGGAGGAAGCGGGUGGAACCCUUAAUUGGGAGCACCUUCAUACCUAUGAAUAGAUUCUUUGUUCUCUCGCUGUGAUCAUUAAAGUUUCUAACUGGUAAGAAGACUCCUUUCCCUUUGUUCUGCUUAUCUACCGCCAAAGCGGGGAGGAAGCUGAUUCCCUGAAGCCUGACAGCCAUUGAGCUGCAGCCCUUCCCCCAAGACAUAAGACCCUAGGAAGCUACCAGCCUUACACUGAGUCAGGCUGUUGCUCCAUCUUGCUUCGUAUUAUCUACACUAACUGACAGUGGUUCACCAAGGUUUCAGACGGAAAGCAUUUCCAGCUCUAGCUGGAGAUCCUAGGGAUUGAAUCUGGGGGUUUCUGUGUGUGAAGCAGGUGCUGUACCACUGAGCCACAGUCCUUCUCAUACAGCCACACUUCCUAGCAGUUUCAAGAAGAUAUCAACAAUGCAACCAGGGGAUGAAAACCCAUCUCAACAAAAAUGGAGUGUUUCAGUUCAGUCAUUUCUAAAUGGUUUCAUGUCUUAUCACCUUUUUUUUGGAUGACCAGUCAGUCAAGCAGAGAGAGGCAAAAGAGAGUAGUGGGCUGAGUUCACAACCAGACACUUGGCAUCAUUUUGAGAAAGUGAUAGCAAAUUGGGCAAUACUGAGUUAUCCAGGCCUUGUAAAUGCUAGAACACAAUCUAAUUUAAGUGGCAGGAGAGAUUUGCGCCUUGUGUGGGUCAAGGGAAAGAAGACAGCAAAGACGGCUGUCUUGCAGCAACAGGCAAAGGAUACACUAAAAGUGAUUCAGAGGACUGGAAUGAUUUUGCAUCAUUAACUUUUAAGUGGGGCACAGCCGGAGGAUUAAUAAUGCAAGUUCCAAUAACCCAAAGGCCUCAGUUUUUAGCGUUGCCUUGAGCUCCUGAAAUAUUUAACUGGUAGGUGACCAUCUGGUAAGAUAACAUAGUUUUGACUAAGUAUGUAGCGAUCUAAGAGAACUGAUAAGAAGCCCUCCCUGAAGUAGCUUUGCUGCAGGGAACCUGCACCCUCUCAAACCAAUGCCUGUCUUUUGACUUCUUAACACAACAGCUGCUUUAUCAGUGGUGCUUGUCACCCAGUUGCUCCGAAGGGAAGGGAGGGGAAGGGGGUUUCUGGUCAGACUCCUAAUUGGAUUACCAUUAAGUUGCGCUAGCCCACCGACCAAAUGGUUCAUAGAAAGGGCUUCAGGAAUUUUACAGCCAGUGAUGCAAAUAAAAUAUACAUUGGGGUUAGGCAUGUUUAUGUUUGCAAUCCUUAGGGGUUUUAAGUGAGCUGAUAAAAAGGGAGGAGAACAAUUGAAAGUUGGAACCAUUUGUGAAUGUUGCUCCAUAAGGAAAAUUCAAAAAUCCGUAAGUGGAUUGCGGGGGACAUGUCUCUAGAUGUAAAUCACUUUCCAUCUUGUUUAACUCUCAGACUCAGAGCUGCCGAUAAGGAACAAAGCAUGGAUGAUGCCCAACUUGUAGUAUGAGUGCAACAUGUGUGAUACAUGGCAGGAGUGUGUGUCACAUCUGAGUAAGAACCACACACCUGGGAACUGGCUGUCCCAUUCUGUGCUGAUUCCUGGCUCAGAAGACUUGGAGCACACCUAGGCAGUUUGGGGUUGCAUACAUGCAAUUCAUCAUCAUCAUCAUCAUCAUUUUAUUUGUAUUCCACCUUUCCACAGUUAAAACAAUGCUCAAGGCGGCUUACAAUAUGAAAAGAUUUACAUGGUUACAAACAUAGCAAAGUAGUCAUAAAGAUAAAUAAAACACAUCAAAAACUACAUAACCAAACUGAACAAUUUCCACAUAAAAAUAAAGAUAUAAAAAAUUAAUUUCAAUAACAGCAAAAACUCCCGACAAAACUUCCCUCCAAAUACCCCAGUCCUUGCUGGGUGGCAGCAGCAGAAGCAGCAGUUCUUAUUAAGACUGUUAGGCCCCGCCCUGGGCCAGGUGGAGAGAGGCAGGAAUGGGGCCCUCAAUCUCCCAGCAGGUCAGACUAGAUGGUACAUUCUUGUGCUUUUGACUAAACUUAAUGGGACACCUCCCAGCAUACACCAAAAAAGGGCUGGCUACUGCUAAACCAAGGAAAGUAGUUCUGUGAAGGAGUUGGGGACCUUCAAGAGAGAAUUCUCAGCAUCCUCACCAGACUAUAAUUCCUAGGCUUAUUGCACUGUGGGGAGGCUAUGACAAUAUAUACCAGUUGUAGUGCAGAUGUGCCCUUGUGUUACUCAUGACCCCUGAAUUCAUGAGGUGGCAAAGCUACUGGCUGCCUAAUUUAACAUGGUCUGAUCUUACUUGCCCUAAUGCAGUGGCAGCUCUUAGUACUUAUUGCUGAAGAAAGCAAACAAGAAGUACCAAACAUGGCAUGGAGAAUUAGUUGAAAAGUAAACCAAGGCAGAUUUGUCGAUUUGUUUCAGCUGGAAGCAGUGCUCAUUCUUCUUCAUCUGACAGUCAUUCCAGCAUGGAGUGACUAACGCUACUGGACCGAGUCACUUAAGAAAUAUUCACUUGCUUACUCAAAUGAGCCCACCCAUGAGAGUGACUGCGAAGAGUACGCAGCAACACUAUUGAGAAAAGGGUGCAUCUAAUUUUGGACCCAGAAUACGCUCUUGCUACUUUCCCGCUGUGAAGGCGAACAAAACAAAUAUAUCCGACAAGUAUCUUUGGUUCUGUUUCUUAUUUGCUUUUGAAGCUCUCUCUUGCUUCAUACCCAAAAGCUAACGAUGCAUUUAAAAACUACAAAGCAAGCCACUUGCAAGGGAGAGAGUAAUACUUAACACAUAUAUUGAAUACUAGCUUAACCUCAGCUACCAAAAGCCAACAAACAGAAGAACACAGUGCUUUCAGAAUAUCCUCACAUGCAAAGUCUGAAGUCUCUAGAGCAGGGCUGGGCAGUCUCUAACCUCUAGUCCUCCAGAUGUUCCUAGACUGCAGCUCCCAUCAUCCCUGACCAUUGGUUUUACUGGCUAUGGCUGAUGGGAUUUGGAGUCUAACAGCAUCUGGAGGGCUACUCUCCCUGAUCUAGCAGAGCAUUAAGUAUAGCUGUGAAUAAAUUUCUCCACACUCUUGCAAUCCUCACUGGGCAAACUGGUGGGCGUAACUAUGACUCUUUAGAAGUCAAAAGUCACUUAUUGCCAUAACUACUGGGUGACCCUGGUGGAAACAAGUGUAUCUUUUGCUACAUGCCAGACAAACACUGUGUUUUCUUUCCAAUAUUAAACUAAACAGGCACUCUGAUCAAUCAUCCUCCCAUCUGUGGGUAAGUUCUAAACUUCCUUUAAUGAAGUUGUUGGCAUCCAUCUGUCUCAAGAGACAAUGGAGUGUUCCUUCAGGGGUGAAGUCGAACUACUGCAUUAGCAGUGCCAAAGUGACCUCCCUGGGGCACAAAGGACAAUUCUUGGUUCAUUUUAGGACAAGUUUCCAAGCUCAUUUCAUAACCUGAUGAUAUUCAAUUGAUUCUGCGAAGCAGAAAUCCUGUUCCAUAAUAUCUAAUGCACUCCCAAUUUUGCAAAUAUUUGAAAUGGGAACUGAACUAAAAAUGAAACCAGUUAUUUGCAAGUUUCACCAAUAUUCAAAUCAUGAAUGCAUAACCAUUUUCCCGUGGGCUCUGUAACAUUUUCAAAUAUUGGUUUAAAUGAGGAAGUGGGAUCACCUAUGAAAACGAACUGUUAAUAAUGUGAGUUGCAUCUACUGAAAAGUUGAGAAAUGGUUCAUGCUUUCAGAAAUAUUCCAAGAGAACAUUUAUUCUACCCACAGUUGAUAGUUGUUGGUUUUCUUUCUUUUUAUCAGGGGGGGAAAUGACACAACACAAAACUGGAUUUAUUUAUGUGAACUUGGUUCCCUUUCUUGUCAUGUAUAAAUGUAGGAUCUGCUGAAUAGCAUCCUCCAAGCACUCAUGAUUUUGGAAGGGUAUCCUGUCCUAUUAGUAAGGAGAAAAAUAGCAAAUGUAUUUUAAUUACUUCUGCCUGUCAGACAAAAUUAUUAAAAUGCAUUGUGACACUUUGUUUUAUAGAGAUCAGGAUUCAUCAAUGUGGUACUUUCCAGAAGUUGAAGCCACAGCCAGCAUGGCCAAUCACAUAAUCAGUCUUGGGUUAAGAAGCUGGAUGCUAAGCAGGACUGGAGAGGUCCUGGAACUGUGGUUCUUUUUAAAUGCCACUAAGAAUAGGAUGUACUAGGAGAAAGGACCUAGGUAGACCGGGGUUGUUUGUGUGGACCUACCAAGGACCUGUAAAGCUCUUUCUGAAUCCCAUACUUCCAGUUGAGGGACUGGAGGACUCCCGGAGUCCUGGUGCCACCCAUGAACAAAUUGUUCCUGGAUUUGGGAACUGAUCUUCCUUGAAUGCUAUAAUUUGUAGAUUUCCUGAAAAUUCAGUUGAUAGACCAGUAGUACUAGCCUAUGUAGUAAUUUGCUGUUUUAGCAAAUUGCUGUUUCAUCACCAACCUUUGACUCUUUCCACAGUUGCCUGUGAUUUUCUCCGAAUGCAUUCAGUUUGCUUGUCAAUAUUUUUUGAAAAAAUGUGAGCACAAAGAAGUUAGGAAACAAUGCUCACAACCACAUAGGGCUCUUGCUAAUGAUUCCCCUUUGUGGGGCAAGAUGACCAGCCAUUCUUUCUCUCCCUUGUCAUUUUGUGUAAUGAGUACUUGCUUUAACUAUAAAAGGGCAGUUGAUUUUAAGGUAAGUAUAUUUGGCUCCUCUGGGGAACAUGCUUCAGACUUCAGGGACCUAUAAAGCGAGCACAUGUAAUGUCCACAGGGCAUAUCUCAUGUUGAUAUUUGGAAUGUUUCUAAUUAUAAUGAGUUGGGAAUGAUUCGGGCACUGAGAACCAUGCUUUUACAGUGGAUGUGGUCAAGUGGGAUUUACCAUAAUUGUUGCAGUUUACAGAGUUCCGACUGCAAAAGAAAACCCUCAGUGUGCUAUCUGUCUUAAAACAAUUAUAGAGACCACAAGUGUGUGUUCCCAAAAUUCCACAGGGAGCAAACAUGAAUUGAGCAACUACUGACGAGAAUCAGUAACAUUGUUUUAUUGCUUUUUUGCUUGUUGUCGAUGUCGCCUUCUGUUUUACACAUCUAGCAGAGGUAAAUGCUUUUUAUCAUUAAAACCGUUGUUUCCAGCUUUUAUUAUCUGAACCUUCCUGGGGACCUCAGAGCCUUAGAGACUGUGAGCCUUCACAAUCACUAAAAUCAAUCAGAAACACCAGCUUAAUGCAACCACACUUGCACAGGUCAAAUGGCAAGAGCCUGAGUAGAUGUGUCCGUCCCCCUCCUUCUUCCUUGGUAGAUGUAGAAAAACUAAGAAGGUGGAGCACCCAGUUAGCAGGGAACCAAAAGAACAGAAUCAGUGAUGAUCGGGAGUAGAAUUCCCCUCUGAUGUACACAAAGCAUUUUGGGAUUCCCUUUUCUUUUCUUUUCUUUUCUUUUUUUAAUAAAUCCUGCUUUGUACCUAUGCUAGUCUGUAAACUUUUUGGUUAUAAGACUUCCUUGCAUUGGAGGUUCAUUGGAAUCAUUUACAAUGGUACCUCGGGUUAAGAACUUAAUUCGUUCUGGAGGUCCGUUCUUAACCUGAAACUGUUCUUAACCUGAGGUACCACUUUAGCUAAUGAGCCGUGCUGCCGGAGCACGAUUUCUGUUCUCAUCCUGAAGCAAAGCUCUUAACCCGAGGUACUAUUUCUGGGCUAGCAGAGUCUGUAACCUGAGGCAUCUGUAACCUGAAGAGUCUGUAACCCGAGGUACCACUGUAUUCAUUUACCACAGUUGUAUCUCAGCUUUCAUCCAAGGAGCUUAGGACAUUCAACAAGGAAUAAGCCCGUUGUAUGCAUGCAACUACCAUGAGAGCUACUGUAGAGUAGCAGGUAGAGUGUUGGCCAAGGGUAUGGCAGAUCAGGGUUCAUAUCCCUACUCAACCAUGAAGUUCACUAGGUGAUCUUGAGCCAGUCUGUCAGCCAAAUUUACCUCACAGGGUUGCUGUGGGGACAAAAUAGGGAGGAAGGGAACAAUUUACAGCACCUUGAGUUCUUUGAAGGAAAGGUGGAGUAUAAAUAAUAAAUAAACCUGUGGUGACUCAACCCCCUUGAGUCCCAGACUGGGGAGGUAAAUGUGGGAUGUACUGUAAAUAAAUUGUUGACAUCCAGCUGUCUCAAGAAACAAUGGAGUGUGCCUCUGUGGGUAAAGUUAGCAGCACUGAAGUGACCUCCCUGGGGCGCAGGCCUGGGCAGUGUGCAUGGAUGUCCUGGGCUGCCCACAAGACACCCUCCCCCCUUUCUCAGCCUCACUGAUGUGGUCCGAAGGAAAACAGAGAAAUAGGUUUGGUACCAGCUUGGCUGCAGGAGUGGCUGGAAGGAGGCCUACAAGCCAACAUCCAACCUUCUUAAAGAUUCCACUCUAGAUUUGUGUAUGUUUUGCUCCUUAGCCUUUUCUUCUUCUUAAGAUCUCCCGCAAGGCAGCAGAGCGUUAGGAUCAGAGUUUUCCUUCUCCUAGAUGGGCUACCUCCCCAGGCUGAUGAGCCCAACUGCCUCUCACUUUCUACAGCACAUGCAGAAACUGCCUUCUUGACCAUUAGACCAACUAUUAGCCUCAUGCUCCAUCCACCAGAGCCUGCAGGGGAAGUUGCUAAGUCACUUAGGAUCUGAGAACAAUUGACUACUCUUGCCUUGUUUAGCCAGCCAGUCGAAGCCAUUUCCCAGGAUGUGGCCACUGUUGCAUGCUGUCAGUUUCUAGGAGCCACAGGUGAGAACUGAGUGCAGGGUAGGACCAAAGGUGAGCAAACUACCUUAGAAGGAGUAUGACGUGUCCCCUACCAGACCUACUACUCCUUCCCUAACACCCCGUACACCCCAGUAAAUAAUGAUAAUAAUGAUGAUGAUAUGUUAAGGUGAGAGUUGAAAGGUUAAAUUCAGGGCAGGGGUACACAUACAAGGUCCCAGUCUGGCGCUGGGUUGUUUAUCAGAUCUUCACGCAACUAGGGACCUUUCUUCACUUACCAUAUACAGUUGCUGCUGAACCCAGAGUUUUUAAGAAUGAAUUUGUAGCUGAUGGUCUGUUCCUUUGGUCACAUGUCACUGUUAUUACAGAGUGAGUAAAUGGCUUUCAUUUCCAUACUAGAAGCGAGUUGUUCCUAAACUGAGAAAAGUGAAUAGGCUGUAGUCGCACCCCUUAUUUACCCUCAUAUUCCUCCAGCCAGCAAAUGUCAGAGAAUGAAAACAUGUGGUGUGUGUGUGUGUGUGUGUGUGUGUGUGUGUGAAUGAUGCCUAGCAUUCUCAAAUUCUAAUCUUGUAGAUGAGAAAGGAAACUGCGUACACCUCAGCUAUGGUGAACUAGCUUAUUGUGAUGACAUUUUGUCUGCAGCUAAUGACUGAUGUCACGGGGAAGCACUUUGACUCAGUACCACUGUCUCUUAUCUACCAAAUCUCUCCUCUGAACUGAGCUCACAAAGUGACAGCUUGCACUGGUCAGAGGGAAGUGGUGUCUUCUAUGAUACGCCCACCAGCCCCAGCUCCUUCACUCAGAAGCUGGGGUGAUGCUUGCACACAUGCCACAUGAAUUAAAAUAUUAAGCAGACCUUACAGAUCUUUCAGAAAAGCUGUAUUUUUUUUACAGAAAAAGAAAAAGUGGAGGUGGGGGUAGUAAUGUCAUUCCUGAAUAUUAGCUGAAUAAUGGCGACGUCAUGCGGCAGCAUGCCAGAAAAUCUUGAGAAUCUUUUUUAAAGCCCAGCAGCUAUACCACUAUAAAUGAUAAGUGCAGAAAAGUCCUUUCACAAAGGUGUUGGUUGUUUUUUUUUAAGGCAAGUCCAAUGGAAUGCUCUAAGAAACCUCCCUGCAAGCAAGAAUUCUGGACAGAAAUCUAGUGACUAAGAUUCAUGCCUGAAACAGGGUUUGAACCCAAGCGCCCCUGGAUUUUUACUCUGCACUGUUACUUUCGCUUGGCUUGAAUAUUUUCCAGAAGUGAAACAUUUCAAAUAUUUUGUUGCUUGGGUUAAGCAAGCACAGUGUUGUUUUCAACAUCUAUGCCGGGGAUUCGACUCAGUUGUUGCAAGUGCAGAACGAGGUCCAUUCACACAACGGCACUUCCCACCCCCUGAAAGGCAGAACAGAACAGGUUUAGGGGGUGCACAGGGUGCAUGCAAGGAGGCAGUCUUGUUGCACACAGAAACCUUGUCCCCUGUGUGCAUACUGCACUUUGUGCUGCAUUGAAUUCCAGCCAGUAUUUUUAAUAUUUUACAUUGGGUCCUAUUAUUCCCAUUCAGAGCUAGUUUAUAAAUUACACAGAAUGAGAUGGGAGAUCCUAUGGUAGGAGAAUGUUUGGUAUACCACUACAUCACACAUUUUUCAAUUAUGUCCCUAAUUCUUCUUCUUCAACAACAAAAUUAUCCAUAUGUAGCCAGCUAACAAACCAGACUGACAGGUUUAGCAUAGCGCUCUGCCCAAUCUGCUAGUUUAUUGUGUGCAGGAAGUGUGUUUUUAUGUAGGGAAACAUGAAAAAAUAAGACAGACAGACACACAUGCAACCUGAAACGGUAGAUCCCAGAAUUUCAUCACCUCUGGCAAGUACUUUAUUCUGCAUAAUAUGCAGAACAGCUGAGGUCUGGAUCUGCCAAGAGGCAAGGAGGAGAAAUGCCUUGUACAUCUGAUAUUUUGUGCUAUUUUCAGAGAGCUAUUUGGGACCAAACUAUAUGUGACGUUAAUUGCGUGGUUUUCUCUUGAGUGCAAGCUUUUUCUUUCAUAAAAUGGCAAUCUGGAUCCGGGCCAUGACUUAGGAGGUAAGUUCACCCCUGCAUCUGCUAUUUGCAUUGGCGGAGUCGGGGGGAGGCAAAGGUAUUGAGGCUACAGGGGAGGCAAAGGGUUAAUGCCCCCUAUCACCCACAUCAGGGUUCUGAUCUGGAUUGGGUCAUCCCCACCCUGCCAAUUUGUGAAAGAAAAACUGAAGGACAAAUGCCAUCUGUAGUUUGGACUUAGGAGCUUUUAUUGUGGGUUUGGGGAAACUCUUGACCCUCCAGAUGUUGCCGAACUACAACUCCCAUCAUCCCUACCCAUUGGCUGUGAUUGCUGAGGCUGAUGGAGGUUGUACUUCAACAUCAUCUGGAAGCCCUGAAGUUCCCCACACCUGCUCUGCAGCAUUAUUACUAAGAGAAAUAAAGUUUUAAGUGGAUAUCGUUACUUCAGGCAUCAAUAUCUCCAGCCCUAUUAGAGAAAUAGUAAACUGACAACUUAAAAAAAAUCAAUAAGGAACCUUGUGGGAAAUUGUGAAACUAUUUAAGAUCUGUCUUCCAAACCCAUAGCUUAUACAACAUUGCUGCAGUCUAAUGAUGUGUUUUUAUGUUCCAUUUUUACAGAAUAGUGUCCUCACAUGCUUUCUGUUAUAGUUUGUACUUUUUUAGACAUGCUUCUUCAAUCCCAGCCCUCCAGGCUUGGAAACUGACAAGAUAAGGCCCAAAUCCUGACUUUCCUUUAACAUGCAGGCAAAUGGCUCAAACACUCAGACAUGUCAGGCAUGUAGUUGCUUGCUGCUUUUCAUGAUUUAUAUCCUGUCUUUCAUUCUAAUGCCUUUUUAUGGUGGCUUGCAACAAGCUACAAUAGUACAAAGAACAACAGCCAAGAUUUGCACAUACAUACACAGGCCAGCAGCCCUUACAUCUCUGGCUGAUGAAUACAGCUUUCCUUUCUUUGGUUUUGCAGUCCCAGGGCAACUGUUGCUUGGAAUCUUUCUUUCUUUCUUGAGUCGUAUCUGCAUCAUGCUAGAUGGACUGAUGAUUCCUUUGCGGAUCCAACUAGUCCGGCAUCCUAACCUCUUGAAAGAAUACUGAUGUUCUGUUUAAGGUAUGGUCUGCCUUAGUGAAGAAUUACAAAUUCUCUGGGAAGAGUUCUUGAGUGAUUCGACUAACUGCUGCAGAUUCUAGAGGCUUUAGGGUUUCAUGUAUGUUGUGGUAUUGUGAAACUGAACAGAAAAUAUCAACGAUUGUCAGGUUGAGCGAUAUAGACAUCACUCACGUAAGCCCAGAAAUUCUUGUCAAGGUUCUAAGAACCAGUGAAGACUGUAAGAGUGCACACUCUUCAGGAGAGUAAGUUAAGAGUUUUGAAGCAUGACUCCUCAGUUAGAAAGUGUUUGCCACUUUCUGUAAGCCUUUGUUAUGCCUGUUGGUUAAAGGUCUGACAUUACAUAGGGAAAAUGGAACCACACUUUUGUUCACUCUACUUUUAUCUCUGCCAUCUUCACAACACCCUUUUCCUGUUACUCCCAAGAAUUUUGACCGAGCUAAUGCAACCUAUGGGGUUAUAGGCAGGGAUCUGAGUCCAGCUCUCCCAUGCUGAUACCUAACCUUUGAAUUUUACCGCUCUUUGAGAGUUGGCCUCAGAAGCCACAAUGCUCACAAUCCUGACCCAUCUCACUUUUUUCCAAUUAAGCUAGAAAUGCAGUGUAGCCUAACAGUACGUAGUGUGCACCUUGCAGCUUCUAGACCACAAACCAACACAGUUGAUGCAAUGAAACCCCAAGGUCAGGGCUUGUGUUUGGAGUAGAACAGGGUGGAGAUAACUUGGAGUGUUAAGGUAAGCAGGAGGGGAGAUUUGAAGGGAGUGUGGAGGGAUUUUGUCAAUGGACAGUUGGAAAAGGAAGACAGUGGCAGGUACAGGGGACUAGCCAGGUGCAGAUGGGUUUAGAGCAAGGAUGGGAUGGGAAACCUGUGGUCUUCUGGAUGUUGUUGGACUUCAGCUCCCAUUAUCCCCAGUCAACUUGUUCAAUGGUUUGGGAUGAUUGGGAGUUGUAGUCCAACAACACCCGCUGGCCUUCAGGUUCUCCAUUCCUUGUUUGGUAAAUUGCUGGUCCUGAUUGCAUCCACCCCAGAUUUCAUUUUACUGUGGAUUUGUUUUCAUAGUUCAUUAAAACUCUGCCUUUGUUUACUCUGGGGAAUUGUGAACCCAGUCCAUAAAGGGUUUGCAGUGUUGCUGGUGCAGCUAGACUGUGACAGCAUCAUAUCUGGUUUGAUUUAAACAAGCAUAGUGGAACACAUUCACAUUUCAUUCCUGUGGCACACAGUGUAAAUGUGAUAACUUCACUUCUGAUGAGUUUCUUCUAGGUUACCUAAAUAUGGCUAUAAAGGAUAAAUGGGAGGAUGUGACCAAGUGUUUCUAGAAAAGUGUUGCAUUAUGAUAUAUUGUACUAAAAUGCACUGCACAGGCCAAGCGGCUGUAUCAAAGCAAAAUACAUGGCUGGAUCAUUCCAGUCCUCAACACUCGCCAGUUUCAGAUUUAAACAAUCUGCUUUCCCACUCUACAGCACCCAGAAGUUUCACAAACAUUUGAAAAAUGAUACUUUAUUAGUCGAUCCAACUGCAGUUUGUUUUAAUGUGUUGCAAUCCUUACAACUAUAAUAUGAUAAAAAUAUAUAAUUCAAUUUUGAAACCAUUUGAGCAUAAACUAAUAAAAUUCCUUGAAAAUGCUAAUGCUGUGAGGAAUUAAUCCAACCUGGCAUUGCAACAGAAGCCACAACAAACAAACAUGUCCUUAUGAAAUAAUAGCUUGUGUUCUUCCCCAUUUCUGUCUAACAAGUGAAGGACCAAAAGCAUAUCAAUCACGACAGGGAAAAGAUGCCAGCUAAAGCGACAGUGGGAAACAACUAGGCCGGCCCUACCAUUUGCCAACAGUGGAUUGCAGCAGAGUGCACAUAAUCAGCCUGACCGCUUUCUCCUUCCUAUUUAACAAAACUAGAUUAAAAUGGACAGAAUUUUUUUGCCCCUUUCUUUUUGAGACUGCCAUGCCAUCUGUGAGUCAGAUACCAGACGGCACCACUCUGUCUGUAUGGCGUUUAACAUGUGAUGGGCUCCACACCCCAUGACCAUUGAACCACAUAACUGUAGCAUUUCCAACAAACAGUGGCUCUGGAGUCCAUUUUUGGAGCCAGUCCUUUCUGAAGAUUGAGUUCCAUUUGAUUCUAACUGGGGAAGUCAGCACUUGUCGUAUUUAUUUUCAUUCUCACAUUCACACUCCGCCCUUCCUCCACCCUUAACAAAAGACUUGACUAUAUAGGAAAGUUGGCUUUGAAAUUGAUGCAAGGGCACAAUCUGAUUUAGGAAGGGUCUCGUAUAUGACAUGCCACUGUACUUGUCCUAAUUCACACACAGUGUCUAGGACAUCACAAAGGUCUCUUGAAAUUUGUACCCAUGCAUCUCUUUUAGAAAAUGUUACCAGCAUUUAGAGAUUUUGAUUAUAUCAAGUAGUAUAAACAUUUUAUAAAUAAAUGAAUAUGCAAGUUUUCAGACAGCUACUAAGACCAAAGAGGUAUGUAGAUUAGUGUUGAUAUAUUUUGUGUUUGUGCAUAUAUGGCCAAUAAAGCUAAUCUGCUUUUUUAAGUGUGUAUUUGGAAGUGCUGGACAUGUACGCACAGCCUAUCCCUGUGAAAUGCUGCCCGUAGUUGUUUGGGGCGGGUGAGAGAAGCUAAACAUAUUUUAUUAUGAACAGACUGGAGUGGUUUUUCUGUUAUCUGACUGAGCGAGACAAUGUGUGGCAUCAGAGUUAGCCUAACUAUACUCCAGAAUGUCAAACACGCUUGCCAAGAGUGGAUGUAUCAGCUUUAUAUGGCUGGGAGAUUUAGUUUUAUCUUAAUGUCCUAAAAGGAAUAAAGUGCUUACCACUGUUUCUGUGUUUUGGGAUGACUCCGCCGCUCUAUUGCCAUAUGCUAUAGAUUUAAUUUAAUGCUGUGGUUCCUAUGUCUCUUUUGAUAAAUUUCGGUGAAAAUCUACGCUAAGAAGGGUUGAGCUAUUUCAAUAUUUAUGGAGUUUCAAAUAGAGGAAUAGGAAAGGAAACACGGUAAUUGAAACAACAUUUGUGUAUAUUCUUGCCGUGAAAGUUUCUGAAGCGGGUUUGUCAGUCGCUCUGGAUAUUAACAGGAUUUGAGUGAGGUUUGAAAAGAUCCAUUUUAAUUCUAGCUCUUUAUCAUAGUUAUCCAAAACAUCCGCCCUUCCCCGCCCCCCCCCCCCCGCACUCUCUCCCCCUGCUUUAAUGAUGAGAUUCCAAAUCUUAGACCUGAACCAUUCUCAUUUUCCUUUUCCUUUUCUCCUUGGAUUGUAGGCAUAUUGGAGAUAACAUCAGUGGAAAUUGGAGUUGUAGCAGUUAAAUCCAUUAGCAGCAACUAUUAUCUAGCCAUGAACAAGAAUGGAAAAGUCUAUGGUUCGGUAAGUAUGUUUUUCUGCCUUUAUUUAUUUAAUCUGUUGUAUACUGUUCCUACGCUGGUCCCAUUGUUCUGAGCAGGACUGUUUUUGGAAUUGGGCAGAAAGAGAGUCUGCUAACUUGUUUUCAGAAGCAGUUGGUUUUUUACACACACACACACACACACACACACACACAUAUCAUGGAGUAAUAUAUCAUCUCUGAACAAGUUUUGGCAUAGAUUGUGGCAUUUGAUUUGAGGCCAUGUUUACUGAAGUUUUAGACCACUCUUCUUCAACCUUUGGUCUCCAGAUAUUGUUGGACUACAACUCCCAUCAUCCUAAGCCAAUGUACCAAUGGCCAGGGAAGUUGGGAGUUGUAGUCCCAAAACAUCUGGGGACCCAAGGUUUGAAGAAUAUUGGUUUUAAAAAAUAUAUAAAUAUCCAAUCUUGAUCCUUUUAUCAUCUCACCUCAAUCUUCUUCCCAAACCUUUUGCAGCCCUAUUAAAUUUCCCCAGUCUAUUAAUGCUCUGUAUAGUUCAGAAAGCAACCCUUUUACUCUGUUUUCAGCCACCAUUAAAAUAGUUUCAAACAUAGUGGUUUGAGAGUUCCUCCCCCUUUCUAGAAUCAUUAGAUCAAUCAAUUUCUGAUGAUCUACAACUCAGCCCAAGAAGAUGUCAUAAAUAGAUAUUUGUGGCUGUCUGGCCAAGCCCCGUAACUUGUUGGAAUCCCCAGCUGGUUUCUUCCACUUCUCUCAUGCCCAACUGUUUUAACCAUAUUGCCUCUUUAAUGUAACGAACAUUGCUAGGUUGUACCAGAUGCUAAAUGAUACAGGACCGUAGCUCAGUAGUAGAGCCAACUGCUUUGCAUGAAGAAGAUCCCAGAUUCAAUCUCAGUGGAAGACCAGGAGAUUCCCCCUGCCUGACACCCUAGAGAGCCACUGCCAGAUGGACCAAUGGCUUAAGGCAGCUUCUAAUAUUCCAUAUUCACUCUGCCUGAUUCCUGAACUAUAGGAAGCUUGCUUUAUCACUUCACACCAUACAUUCUAAAGCUCUUUGAAAGCGCUUUAAACCAUCAUGGCUUACCCAAAAGACUUCUGGAAGCUGUAGUUUGUUUAGGGUGCUGAGAGUUGUUAGGAGAAUCUUGCUCCCCUCCCAGAGCUACAAUUCUGAGAGUGGCUUAAACGUCAAUCCAGGGAACUCUUGAAACUACAGAAGUCUUUGUUGAUGGCAAGGAUUGGAACAGGGCCCUAUGGCAUCCAAAACAUAGGCCCUUCCACUGAGCUAUGGCUCUUUCCCUAACUAUGAAGCCACCUCCUACCAGGUCAAACUAUUUUCCUUCUCGGCAGUGGCGCCCUCCUUCAGUGGAAUGCCCACCCCCAUCAGAUGUCAAGGAGAUAAGUAUAGCUUUUAGAAGACACCUGAAGGCAGCCCUGUAUCAGGAAGUUUUAUUAUCUUUUUAUGUAUGUUGGAAGCUACCCAUGGUGGCUGGGCAACCCAGCUGUAUGAGCGGGGUACAAAUGAUUUAUUAUUAUUAUUAUUAUUAUUAUUAUUAUUAUUAUUUGAUCCCUUUAACUGGUGAUGCUAGGGAUAGAACCUGGAAACUUCUGCCUGCCAAUCAUUCGUUCUACUACUGAGCUAUUGUCCGUCCUUUCAAGGUAAAACUACCUCUUCACUCUUGAGUGGGCAAUGAUCCACUCAUGACUCAAGCAAGCAGCUAGAGAAUUCUCUCAUCAGCUCGUUUCGCCUAAGAAGCUGGGUGUUAAUUAUUUCAAGAAAUGCUUAUAUUUGCUUCCUGGAUUAAAUAGCCCCUGAAAUAUCAUGCUAUUUAAACUUCAUUGCUGCCUAUGAAAAUAAACACCUGCCAUUCAGUAGCUACACCGUUUGAAAGCCAUGUUAUGAAAUCUCAAAUAAAGCUGAAGCCCAGCUGCAUUAAUUUUUUUAAAAAAAUAAUCAAAAGCUUUUAAGUAAUUCUCAGGUGUGUGUUCAGUUUUCUUUUCACCAUUUUUGCCAAACAAACUUGCCGUGAUAUAUCUCUCACAACUGUGUUGUAACAUCACGUAAUGUGAAAGCAGGACUGCAGCAGUGGGAUUUGAGAAGUGGGAUUUGAAAUCAGCCCACCCCGUUUGCAAAAAAAGGGACAAUGCCGGCCACUUGCAAUUUCUAAAAAUACUUCUAUUUUAAAAAUAAUUUAUAUUGUUGCCCAACAAAUCAGGCGUGCCUUUUCGGCUUCUUAAAAAUGAUUUAAUUGAUUGAUUUAAUCAAGCUGCAGUUCUCCAAGCUAGACAUUGAUCCAUAACAUACUUAUGCCCACCUGUUCACAGCGCAAUCCUGACAAUGUCUCCUCAGAAGUAAAUCUUAUUCAGUUCAUGGAGGCUUACUCCCAGGUAAAUGUGAUUAGAAUUGCAGUCUCGACUCCAAACAUCUAAAAUUCACAAAAUAUUUAAUGUUAAUUUUUAAAAAAUUAAGGUGUUCAACAUUGAUCUUUCCUCCUCCCAUAAGUCAAAGAAGGAAUGCCUGCCUGCAAAAUAGGUAUUUAAAAAUUGCAUAUUUUUCCAGAGGCCGUCGUAUAGUCAGAACAAUGGAACCCACAUGCUUAUGAUCCAGAUUUGACUGUCUGGAAUUGAGAUCAAAAUACCAGAGGGUCGAGAGUGAAAGUUCCCUAUUGGCUCUGAUAUGCAGAACAUUUUGUACCUUAGCACCAAACCCAUGAUUAACAGGUUAUUUUAUAACCUUUCCAGAAUGUUCUAGUUAGAACUUUUAUUCCCAACAAGACCUCCUAUGCCUGGAUUCAGACUGGCAUAGAAGUUUGGCUUUUAUAAGCAGAUGGAUAUGAAAAAUAGCCUCAAUAAAUUUUUCCUAAGGAAACCUCUCAAAGAUUUCCAGCCCAGUUUUUUCAAUAAGGUAUGAGGCAUGUGCACAACAUGUGUAGAGCAAAGGCGAAAUCAGUUCAUAGACUUGAUGCUCAACAGAACCUCCAUGGAGCUAUCCUCAUGCAGGGAGAGAGACUAUUCACUUCACACAUAUACAGCCAUACUUUGAAAUUUGCACUUCUCUGAAUUUUGCAAUGCAGUUCUCUUGGCAAGUAGUGUCUAUGAAAAUAUACACUCACUAGGGUAAAGCUUGCAUAAAAGUGCACAUAUUGGUGCAAAUAGCAUGCAAAAAUGCAUUCUAUAAGGGGGAAAUAAUUUUCAAAAAUGUGUAUUAGGCAAAAAAACGCAUGCAAAUGUGUGCAUAUUAGGAGAAAUUCACACUAUAACACUGAUAAACUGUUACGAGAACUUUUUUAAAAAAUAAAUCACAAACUGAUGUGGAAAUGUGGAGAAUUUAAGAGUGGGAAAAUGAAAAACAAAGUGAAACCAAAAUUCUCUAAUUUGCCAGUCCCUAUCCUCUUGUUUGAGUUACAUACAGUGGUACAGUGGUGCCCCGCAAGACGAAUGCCUCGCAAGACGGAAAACCCGCUAGACGAAAGGGUUUUCCGGUUUUGAGUUGCUUCGCAGGACGAAUUUCCCUAUGGGCUUGCUUCGCAAGACGAAAAUGUCUUGCGAGUCUAGAGAUUUUUUUUUCGCUUUUCCCCCCCUUUAUCUAAUCUGCUAAGCCUUUAAUAGCCUUUAAUAGCCUUUUAGCAGCUAAUCCGCUAAGCCUUUAAGCCUUUAAUAGCUGCUAAACCGCUAAUAGCGCUAAUCCGUUAAGCCGCUAAUAGGGUUGCUUCGCAAGACGAAAAAACCACUAGACGAAGACUCUCGCGGAACGGAUUAAUUUCGUCUUGCGAGGCACCACUGUACCUCGGUUUAUGAACAGUCCUGUUUACGAACUAUUCGGUUUACGAACUCUGCAAAACCGGAAGUAGUGUUCCGGUUUGCGAACUUUACCUUGGUCUACGAACAGAAUCCAAAAGGUGGAAGGGCACUAGCAGCGGGAGGGAAAGCACACCUCAGUUUAAGAACAGAUUUGGUUUAAGAACAGACUUCAGGAACGGAUUAAGUUCGUAAAUCGAGGUACCACUGUAUGUACUACUGUUUAGGCCCUAAAAGCCCUAAACGGCCUCAGCCCAGUAUACCUGAAGGAGCGUUUCCACCCCCAUCGUUCAGCCUGGACACUGAGGUCCAGUGCUGAGGACCUUCUGGCGGUUCCCUCGCUGUGAGAAGUGAGGUUACAGGGAACCAGGCAGAGGCCUUCUUGGUAGUGGUGCCCGCCCUGUGGAACACCCUCCCAUCAUAUGUCAAGGAAAUAAACAACUACCAGACUUUUAGGAGACAUCUGAAGGCAGCCCUGUUUAAGGAAGCUUUUAAUAUCUGAAGGACUACUGUAUUUUAAUAUUUUGUUGGAAGCCACCCAGAGUGGCUGGGGAAACCCAGCCAGAUGGGCGGGGUAUAUUAUUAUUAUUAUUAUUAUUAUUAUUAUUAUUAUUAUUAUUAUGUUAGCUUCCUUGAAAAGCAGGAGGGAGGCAUUUUAAAUGAAUUAGAUUAAAUUUACUUUCCUAUGCUUCUUUCUUUUUAAAAAAGAGGAAAGAAAAACCCACCACACAGGAAACACAGGGAACUACCUCAUACUGACUGGUCCAUAUUCAGAUCAUUUGCUCAGUAUUGUCUGGUGUGACUGACAGUGGCCUUUGAGGAUUUCAGAGAGGAGCCUCCCUCAGCCCUACCUGGUAAUGCUGGGGAUUGGACCUGGGACCUGCAAGCUAAGCCAGUGCUACACCCCAGAGCUACAGCUCCUCUCCUUUAAGGACAGCAGUGCAGCUGAGAAUGUGUGAGACAAGCUAGACACCAAGUCUGGUGUGGCUUGUGCAAACUGGCUGUACUGAUCGAUGCCAGAAUGUGCCCAGCGCAGACGUGGCCUGAAUCUUCUCUACUAUCCUGAGUUUAUGCUCAUCACGCUAUCUUUGAUGGGUGGAUACUUCUUCAGUGUGAUCAGAUCCCAUGCCACACUCCUCUAAUAUUUGACAUGGGGGAGAAAUCAACUGGGUAGGUGGCUGGGUGAAUGGUGCAAUUGCUUCCCACAUGAGCCAAGCUGCACUCUGAAGUUUUUCCCUUCUAGGCAUGAAUGCUGCAGUGUAGGGCACAACCCUGUGAAAGAAGUCGUGCAAAAAUCAGCCCCGCAAAAUGUACAUGCAAGUUCAUACCCAAAUAAUAAUAAUAAUAAUAAUAAUAAUAAUAAUAAUAAUUUUUAUUUAUACCCCGACCUCCCCAGGGCGGCUAACAAGCAAUAAUAAAAACAAGUUGAAUGAAUACAACUUAAAAACAAGAUUAAAAUACAACAUUAAAAUAUAGAAACAUUAAAAUAUUAAAAUGCAGCCUCAUCACAGGAGGAGAAAGGAAAAAGAAAAAAGAAAGAGGGGGAGGGAAUCAAAUUCGCUCCAAUCCAAAGGCCAGGCAGAACAACUCUGUCUUACAGGCCCUGCGGAAAGAAAUCAGAACCUGCAGGGCCCUGGUCUCAUGAGACAGAGUGUUCCACCAGGCUGGAGCCAGUGUUGAAAAGGCCCUGGCUCUGGUUGAGGCUAAUCAACUUCCUUAAGGCCCGGGACCUCUAGGGUGUUGCUAUUUAUGGACCUUGAGGCUCUCCGUGGAGCAUACCGGGAGAGGCGGUCCAGUAGGUACGAGGGUCCUAGGCCGUGAAGGGCUUUAAAGGUCAAAAUCAGCACCUUAAAUCUGACCCUGUACUCCACUGGGAGCCAAUGCAGCUGGAAAUCAUGCAUUUAAAGCACUGUUAUAUGACAUUAACAGUUAUGGAGAAUCCUGGGAAUUGCAGUUUGUCAAGAGUGCUGGGAACUGUAGCUCUUUGAUGUCCUUACCCUACACCAGGCUUCCUCAACCUUGGCCCUCCAGAUGUUUUGAGACUACAAUUCCCAACACCCCUGAACACUAGCUAGGGAUCAUGGGAGUUGUAGGCCAAAAACAAAUGGAGGGCCAAGGUUGAGGAAGCCUGCCCUACACAAUCUACAGUUUACACCUUUCUCUAUGACUGUUAAAGUGGUAUAAUAGGGCUUUGAAUGUACAGUGCAGAUGUGCCCAAAAUUUACCAAUUAUUUCUUUCUUGUAUCACAUUGCAUUCUAAUCUUCUCUCUGUGCAUGUGUUUCUUUUUUUCAUGUGAAACAGAGGGAGUUUAACAAUGACUGCAAACUAAAGGAGAGAAUAGAGGAAAACGGAUACAAUACGUACGCAUCGCUGUUUUGGAGAAACAACGGGAGGCAAAUGUUUGUGGCCUUGAAUGGAAAGGGAGCCACGAGGAAAGGACAGAGAACCAGGAGGAAAAACACAACCGCUCAUUUUCUCCCCAUGGUCGUCGAGCAACAGAUGAAGGGCCUGUUCUAUUGAUAGCAGUUGAACCAAAGAUCAUUUGUCAGGAAUACUUGGUAAUCCUCUUGAAGAGGAAAGGCAGAAACAGUGCAGACGUCUGCUUGAUUGAAAAGAGGGGGGAAGCCUUUGAAGGUUUUGUGCUCUCUGCUGGCACGUGAAGUACUGCUAAUUAGUUCUGUGUCAUAUCUUAUAAUCAAGACACAAGCUGAAUCAAAUGGGAUGGGAGCUCUUUCCAGUGUGAACAAAAUUAUUAUUAUUAUUAAUAUUAUUUUUUAUCUCCGCGAUAGAACUUAAAGGACAUGAGACAAUGUAUGGAAUGAUGUUGGGGGAAAGUUAUUUAUGGAAUACUAACUCAUAUCAAAGACCUUCAUUGCUCAUUCAAGCCUAAUGAUCCCAUGAACGGUUAGGCAUGCAAGCAUUUACUGGAAAUUCAUGGAUCCUCAUAUGCAGCGAUAAAGAAGAUUCUGGAAUGGUCUUGUGAAAGAAAUGAAUAGGAUUAAGAAAUAUAAGCACAUUAGAGUAAAACUGUUCUAACAAAAUAAAUAGUAUGGUUCCCCCGCCUUGUAUGCUUAUGCCAUGCUUUUGUACUUCUCCCUAAGUUAUUUAUUUAAUAGGAUGUUAAAUAUCUUUCUUCUCUCUUUUUUGUUUGUUCGUUUGAAGGAUUUUCUCAGUUGCUUCCUGUUGCGUUGUUGUUCUUUUUCCUUCUCUGUGUUUCAUACAAGAUUGACCAAGUCAGAUGUCAAAAAGCUCACACAAGUGUCCAAGAGUAGAGAAUAGAUAAGGCUAGGGCUGUGGUUUUUGUUUGAUCUUGUUUGUUUGUUUGUUUUUCCUCUUGAAACUGGGUUUCUUUUUUUCUUUUUUUAAUUUUGCACUUAAAAUCAAUAGGAUCAGAUAUGCAUGGGAACUGCAACGUGACCUGUGUGUUUGUGUGUGUGUGUGUGUGGUUUUUGUCAGCAUCACUGAUAGUCUUUCCCUGCCACAGGAACAAAAGUUCUCAUUCUGCAUCAUCUGAAGAGUCUUGCUGCUGUUUUGAAAUGGGCUGAGUUGAACUGGUACCCAGAUGUACAUUCCUCUCCAACUUAUUUCAGUUAAAUGCCUGGUCCCAAAGAUGCUGAAAUUUAAUCAGAGCUGUUCGGCAGGUUUUGUGGAACAGACCGUAAAUGCAUCCAACUGCAUCUUAUAUUGGUGGGAUUAUAUGUUUUCAGACUAAAGCUGAAUUAAGUCUAUGGAGUUGCUAACAUCUGACAGAACAAAUUUGCCUUCUCCUUCUCCCCCUGAAAAAAGUAAGACAGAAAAGAGCCAAAUCAAUUUCAGAAGAGCCGGGAUGUAUGUGGUGUUGAAAAAUUGCAGCCUCAAUCUGAAUAAUCCUCCCUUUUUAGCAUAGGGUAGCUCCAGAUGUUACAUAGGACCUGAGGGAGAAGAUGUAGGAGUGAAUGGCUCUGCUAGUGUAAUGAAAACUUGCCUGUGGUCCUCUGGAGAGAUGCAGGUGCUUCAUAUCUCUAUCUGUGGGAAAGAUACUAACAUUCCAACAAGGAGUGGGUCCAUGCUGCUCCUAUGUAACAUUUGGAAGCUGGCCUACAGCUAUUCAUCAUCAUACUGGCUUUGGAUACAACAUACAUACCACUGGUGUGAAACAGCAAAAGUUAGUGGUAGCCCCUAUUACAAUCAUUUGGAAACAACAGGGAAUAUGCCCUUAACUGAAGAUAUGGGGUUGGGUUGGAUGUUCGUUUGCUAUCUGAUGAGAGCAUUGUGCAUCAACUCUUGUGUUCUCAUUCCCUUGCUUUUGAAAACCUGAGGAACAAUGGCUGAGUGCAAAAUGGCGGAACAUGUAAGUGGGGUGGUCAACUUUUUGUGCAAAACGGGCAGCAGGGAGCCCUAGAAACACCUGGGAGUGAUCAGCAAGACCGAGCAGUUGUCUCGUGCCUCUCUCAUGUCAACACUGUGAUAGUUUGGAGAUUUAGCUGUACCUCUGAGAUAGGAGCGGGCGAGAGCAUUCUUUCAGCUUUAUGCCAUUUUAAUUUUAUCCCUUUCUUUGUUUCACUGAAAAGAACCAAUGACAUAUAAGGCACCCCAAGCCAGCUUUGCUUUGCUCACCAUGCACAUGAGCCGGUGACAGGCCCUUGUGUCUCUGUCUGACUGGGACCUAACAUGGAAGAACUGCAUAGUCCUUUCUCAAACCAACUCGGACAAAUAGGGAUAUCUGGAACCCCCUCCCUGCGAAGUGCCUCUGAAUCACUGAUAGCUUAUACAAAGAGCAGACCAUGUGAUAAAACUAUUCCUGGACUUUGCCAUUUCAGUCCGUUAGGGAGGGCAUCAACAUCUACUGUAUAUACUCAGUGUAGAGAAAUGAAGGUAUCAGGGAGAUACCAGAUUCCCUUCUAGCAUUCUUCCUGGUGGUUUUUUGUUUUUUGUUUAAAUGUGUAGGGACUUUUCCAUGGGAGAAUAUUCAAAGAGUGGUCUGAGGCAGUAUAGCCUGGAAACAGUUUGAGCAUGUGAUCUGCUGUUUGUGUAGACUAGACGUGAGACUGGAGGUCUUCAAGCUGUUGGGGAUGCUUUAGCUCUGGAUUGGGCAACAUGGCGUACAAGGUCCCCUCCAACUCUAUGAUUCUAACCCGAGAGCCCAGGAUUUCCUGUAUUUAGCAGGAAAUGGGCUGUGUGGCCUACAAGUUCCCUUCCAACUCUAUGAUUCUGAAUAAAGCUGUUUGCCCUCUUGCGGUAGACGUUUCAUAACCCCUCACUGGCAAGGUGGAUACUGCCAUUCUUGCCCACUUUAACACUGACUAGAAUAACCACACUAAAGUGAACAGAUCUACUCUGAAGUAAGUGACUUGAGGAUUGCAGCCACUAUUAUUCAUAUGUGUAUAUAACUUCUGAGAGCCAGUCUAAAAGCAACAUCUUAAAUGUUCUUCAUUUAUCGCAAUAUAUACAAUGGCUCUGAAAUGCAAUAUUGGGCACAUUUUUAAAAUGAAGUGCUCCUAUUUUCACAGCUUACACUGAGUAAAUGCGAUCUUCAGUUAAACAUAAUUAUCAACUUCGUUCAAUCUGAGAAAAAAAACACCUAUAUGAUUUUUUUGUUUUACUUUUUUUUUUCCUUUAACGUUAGAAAGCUGUGGAUAGUUCAUCAAUAUAACCAUAAAGAGAUUCAUUUUGUUAGAGCAAGUUAAGUAGAAUACUGUACAUCAAGCCAACAUGUACCACUGUCUUCACAUUGUAUUCCACUAAAUAAAUGAAUAAAUGCGUAUGUCUUCUUUGCAGUGUCUGUAGCGGGAAACAGAAGUAGUUUUGUUAAUACUUUGAUUUUGUUCAAAAUACUUUAAGGGACUAUGUCGAUGCUGUGACUUUGAUAUUUCUCGUCACGAAAGAAGUCAGUUUGGUUUCUCAUUUUGUUUGGAAAUAGAAUUUUGAUACAGAGAUUUGUUAAUUGUGUCCCUUUUUAAAAAAACAAACUAAUGUAUAACCUCUACAAAGGCUGAUGAUUUUGCAAUCUGUUAUUAUCUAUUAGCUACAUAUCCGAGUCCCUGUUAAACCAGCAUGAGGGGAAAAUCUAUAUGCACAAUCCAUUAUAGUGUGGAAGGGAUUGGUAUAGGGGAAACACAGCCUGGCUUCUGUUCGCCCCAUUUUUGGCAGAUGUGCAAUGCGUCACCUGAGCCAUGUGAUAUGAGCCAUGGAAGGAGAGUGCAUCAAACUAUUCUCAUCCGGCUUUCCCUCGCACCUGGUUGUGAGUCAUUUGGCCAAAAGGGCCAGAACAUUCCAUUGAGCCCAAAGCCAGUUCUUUCCUAUUUGGACUGUAGAUGUGUGCUAGGAUGGAAUGUGCCUACAGCUUUCUCCUCGAAGUAUGUAUUUCCUGAAGUCUCCCUUUAAAAAAGCGCUUCCCUUAUACAUGGGAUACACUAGGAAGUUCUUCUACACAAGACGCCCCCCCCUCCAGUGAAACACAUGGCAAUCCCAGUCUGAUGUGGCCUGAGCUGACAAGGCAGCCAUAGGACGUGUAGCUAACAUGGUGUGCUCCAUUUCUUGCUGGACUACAGCUCACAUCGCCACUGGGCCUUGCUGAUGGAAGCUGAGGUCCAUCAACUUAUAGAGGGCACCACACCACACUGACUACCCUGGGGCUAAUGCAUACUCUUAAUUUCGUUUGUGGAUGGAAAAUAAAAAAAAUAUGUAAAGCUACAGGCAGUGGGUGUUUUGAGAUGCUGGAGGUAAAUCUAGUAACCUCAGACUGAAUAACGAAAUGCUCGUUGUCAUAUCAGGAGAGCACUUCCCUUGCGUUACAUUUGCUUUUGUUUUGUUUUCAAAGUGAUAAUUGCAUCUGACAAGGCACCGUGGACCACCCACAACAAAAAUUAAAUGUUUGUUUGGCAAAUAAAGGAUUGAAUGACCACUCUUCUGAACAGCAUGUAGGGUACAAACAAGGUUCUCAUAUCACAGAACCAUUAACGUUGCUUUGGGGUCUGGGGGGGGAGGGGUGUGUGUAAACAUUCAAAAUUAUAGCAUUUCGGAAAGUUUUUUUUUUAAAAAAAAGCUUCUUGCAAAAAGAAAAAAGAUAUACUGCUGCUUGCAGAAGCUUGGAAGCAAUAGUCCCCAUCCCAUCAUGCAGAAAGACAAGAGUAUGGAUAUGUGUUUUCUUUGCGGUGGGAGUAGCUGAAUUUUUCUUUUAUAGCCUUAUAGAAAUUUGUUUGUUCUACCCCUCCCACCUCAAAAUCCCGCUGAUGUUUCACCUGAGGAGCAAACAUCCAUAUUUGAUUUUUAGUUUGCUUUCAGUGAACUCAGGAGACAAUCCUGGGGUGUGCUGAAAGUAAAACUCACUCCCUGAUAAAUUCUGCUAUUCUUAUUGAAAUUCCUCUGGGGUUUCCUUUGAAAUCCUCCAGGUAGCGUUUCACUUGAGGAAGAACCACCAAAUUCACUUCGCAUUUUGCUUUAAGCAAAAUUUUGGGAAUACCUCUUUAAGUGGAAGCUUUUAACCACUUUUCUGGUUCCUGGGGAUUUUUUUUCUCCUCCCCCCGCCCCCAAAGCUGCCAAAAGCCUUUGUUCAGCUGACGUGCUUUGGUGCCCUCUGUUGCAGGACUGUGCUGCAGUUGGGUUUCCCAGAGUAAUAUCGUUCCACCAGAACACCGGCAUGAUCCGCAAGGAACUUCUUGUGCACAAAUCUAAUUGAAAUGAAUCUGAGCACUGGUAGGAUUCUCAUUCAUUUCAAAGAGGCUUGGGCCAGAAAAGUUCCCAGGUAGACGUGCCCUAAGUAUUUUUCUGUCUCCGUCAUAAAUAUGAGACAAGAUAAAAAGAAGGUUAUUGUAUGGUGUUUUUUAUUAAAAAAAAAAGAUUGAACAUGUAUAGUAUAUUUAAAUAAUAAAAAAUAAUAAAAUUCUGGGAAUAGAGAA